GCCUUGAAAGAGCUGCAGCCAAUCCCAGUGCUGGAGGAGGUGGGUUGGGCUGGGCCAGGGCUCCCCCUCCCCUGUAGAUACUGAUCUCUCACUUGGUUACAUUGUAGCGCUGGCUCCACGUUCUGGAUCUGCUGUUGCUGCUAGGGGGUCCACAGAACCACCACAAAGUCCUCAAAUCGGAGACCAGAAGGCAAGCAGGGGACAGGGAUGGAUCAUCAUUACGACGGGCAGCACAACGAUUAUAUGCAACCAGAGGAGGAUUGGGAUAGGGACCUCCUGCUGGAUCCAGCCUGGGAGAAACAGCAGAGAAAGGUGAGAUCAGAGGGAAUGAGGGAAGGAUUGCAGUGAUCCGGCCCUGCUCCAUGAACCUACAUAGCAGAAGGAAGCUCUGGGGUUCUGAACAUUCUCUAAACCGAUCUAGAAUGUAUCAGAUCAGUGCUCACAGUUCUAUCCUAACAUUACUGGUUCUGGAUCCCUUUUAAUAAUAUAUUAUAUGUGCAGGGAGACACAUGGUUGUGAUCAAUAUAUGUCUCUCUGUUUAUUCUAGUUUCAUUACAGUUGAGAAAGUAAUUCAUAGAACACUGCAUUCAACCAUCAUAGUUCAAGGGGAUGUAUUUUAUUAUCGUUAUAGAUUUUCUAUAUCACAAUCAUAGUUGAAGAACAUGGCUUUUUUUCUAGACAUGAGGGUAAUUAAUGGAAUUAUAUCGCCCCCUUUCUGGUCAGGAUGAGCAGAAUUUGAUGUAAAGUUAGUUAGAGAAGAAAAAAAAAAAAAAGCUGCUGUGAAAUUGCAGACAUAUCCUGUCUUUCUAGACUGGAGGAGGGAGGGUGUGAAUUUGAGCACAGGUAAAUGUGGCAGCUGCUCUAGAGCUGUUACUGAUUGCAGCUAUGCAGGAUGAUUCUAGAGGGCAGCUUAUGGAUGAAUGAAACUGCCUAACUGUGCUAUGCUUCAGAGGUGCUAGAACUGCAACCAAGAGGCUUUUAACACUAAUCCAGUUUCUGGGUAGAUGCUGCUAUCAUCUAGAUUUUGUUAAGGCCUCCAGUAAUCACCUUUUUGGCUGAGGAUGAUGGGCAUUUCAGUGAAUCAGCUGACUGGCCCAGCUUUCUCAGUAAAGCCUGGUUAAUUUUAAUGUAAUACUUUCUAGAAUAAACAACCAAUAGGGUAUUCUCUAUAAUGUGAAUUGUCUGGAAUUUAAAAAAUUUACCCCAAAAUAACCGAAAAUGUAGCAGAUUUAGCAAAUAUUUCAAGUUUGGCAACAUGGCCUUAGAACUUGAAAAACACUUAAAAAUUUCAACCAUUUUAUAAUUAAAUCCAUAAUCCUGAGCGUAUUAUCAGCUUCUAGGCCUGUUGAUAGGGUAGAUAUUAGUCAGAGUUCAUGAAGUAAGUGUCCUAGAUGAAAGGGGUUGUUAUAAUUAGGUUUCUGUAGUUUGUUUUAUGUGGUAAUACAGUUUGGCAUCUGGGAAUAUAAAAGUUAGUUCUCUGCAGUAUGUGGAAUAAAGAGAUUUUAAAUGGAGUCUAUACAACCCUUCUUGUUACAGGUGUAGCUACUCCUAGAUCAAAGAGAUAUUAUGUCAUUUAUAUUUUUGAGGUAAAACCUACAGAGUCAUAUGCUUAACUGUGCCUUAUUUAAAAUAUAAUGAGAAUAUACCAAUGGCUGAAGAUAAAAGUUGGCCAAAAGUCAGCCAUUUUAUUUUGGUAACAUUUGCCACUCCUUUAUGAAUUCCCAUUAGUUUACAGUUUAAUGUUAAGAUUAUUUGCUGAAGUAUGACUACAACAAACACUGAAUAUUAUUGAAUUGAAAACUAAAUUGCAAAAUUCAAAAUCAAAACAGACAACUCCUCCCCCAAAAAAAAAUCUGUUAUUUUGUCCUGCAUCUUACAGUUUAGAUUUCAACAGUUUAGUGAAUAAGCCAUCUAGUGUUUUUAUAAAGAUGUGAUGAAUUUGCCUCUCUGUUGCAAUCUUUAGGUCAAAAUUUUUUUUACAAAAUAAAAGGGUCUGGCUUCUAGCCACCAUUUUCCUAGAUUUGAAAAAAAAACAAAAAAACAUAUUUUUGAAAAAAAGUCUAACUUGAACAGACACGUUGAAUAGAUAGUCUAGAAAACUGAUGGUAAAGGAAAUCACUAUCUCUGUUCCGUUAAUCAUUGCUGGCGAUUUUAUAUAUGAAGGGUGUGUGAUUGGUGGUAAAGUCUGAAGCCUGGGUGUGUUACUGAGUACAUACCUUGUAACAGUACUUUGGAUAUUGCUAACAGAACACAAGGAGUGAUUGUGUUUUAUUGUAUGAAGUUAUCUGUAGCAGGAGGGGUAGAAACAUGCAGUUGAGUUAUUGCUGGUUUAUGGCGUUUUGCUUACUACUACAUCUGGUAUAUUUGUAUAAAUUAAUGACUUGCUGAAAUAAGCCCAAAUCCUGUAAAAGAGUUUAAUGUUAAAUAAUAAAAAUUCAAUAGUUUUUAACAGUCCAGACUUCUGACUCUGUAUGAAUGUAUAUAUAAACAAAUACAUUUGUAUAUCUGUCUAUUGUCAAAUGGGGGGGGGGGAGGGACUUUUUAUGUCACGCCAAUUUGACAAAUUUCACCAGUAAUUAAAACUCAGGGGUUGCACAAACCCUAUUUAUAUUAUGAUCUAGGUAGUACUUGGUUGGUACUUUAAAGAACACUCCAGGCACGAUAGCCACUACAGCCCGCUGUGUCCUCCUACCUUUUAAAAAACGGUUUGACAAAUUACUUUGGGUACACCGGGCACCUGUCAUCAACGCCUCUGCAGCAGGGACCUACUGCACUGAGCUUGGCCUAUUCUGUCUAAGCACAAAUUAAGCAGAUCCCUCGGUGUGAAUGUGUCAAACUGUGUAUUUGAAUGGAUUGAUAAACACAGGGGGUCCCUGAGGCACUCUGUCGGUCCCCUCACUCGCAGUAUCGCUAAUGCUAAAUUUCAGCCAUGGGCAACCUUCGGCACUCCAGAUGUUUUGGACUACACUUCCUUUGAUGCUUUGCCAGCCUUAUGGGUGUAAGAGCAUUAUGGGGGAUGCAGUCCACAACAUCUGGAGUGCUGAAGGUUGCCUACCCUAACCCUAUCACUGAUGUUCAAUUAUGGCUGUAAUUGUCUUUGCUAAUGCCAAACCUUAAUUUACAAAUUAAAAUAUGACCAGCAAGGGGCCAGACUGCCAGUGCCUGGGGACCAAAUUUUAUUUAUUUAAUUAUCUUUUGCUUGAAAGCCUUUUGAAUGGGUUGGUUUGAAAGAAAUUACCAUAACCACUACAAUGUGUUAUGACGCUUUACUAAAUGACCUGUAAUUUCCAUAUGAAGAUGGAAGCAUGUUAGAAUUGCAUUACAGCUGCUGAAAUACUCUUACACACGUUUUUGUUUAAUCUUUUUUUUUUUUUUUUCUGUUCAAUCUUCCUAGCUAUGUAUGAGAUUGUGAGAAUUGUACCUCUCAAUUGCAUUUAUCCUUCUUAAACCUGCAUAGAAACAAUGACUUCUUCAUCAUGUACAUGUAUGCUCAUUCAUGGUAAAAUAAUAGUUUUGUUGUCAUAGCAACAAAAUACCAACUUUUUUGUGUGUGUGUGUGUUCAUUCUACAAUUGUUGAUUGAAAGUAUGCGCUGAUGGAUCUGUUUAAAUUCCUUUUUAGGGCUGCAGCGCUCAAUGUCUGUUUCCUGAAACCCAUUUCUUCAUCUGUGUAUUAUGCUAGCUGAAACGCUAGGAAGUGUACAGAUGUUAUGUUGCAUAUAUUUAGUAUUUUUAAAUAUUUAUAUUAAGGUUGCUCAAGGUACUGGCCACAGUUGUUGCUGCAAUGAUAGUUUAAGUGAGAUUCUAGCGUCCCAUCUCCCUUAAAUUUAGCUGAUUGGCUAGCAAUGUUUAUAGAUUAUAUUCUAGAAGUUAAAGGUUUGUAUGUGCAUAGUGUUUAAUGAGAGAUUUGCAGCUUACAUGAUUGGACACAAAUUAUAUUCAUCCGUAAAUGCCAUAGGUGCCACCAAUGAGCUUAAAUAGAAAAUUAACAGCUGUACCACGUAGCCCGUAAACCACUUUAUGGUAUGUGUACCUCACUCCCACUGUAAAUGGCAGGAGAGUCUGGAGUGGUUAAGAGGUCUCGUCCAUUUCCUGAUUGCUGAAGAAUCUGGAGAAUCACAGCAAAUUAUUUUCAGAGGCAAGUAUUCUCCCUCUUCCAUACGGCAUAAAAAAUAAAUAGAGGUAUGUGUGUGUGUGUAUAUGCCCAUCUAUCUUUGUAGAAAAGGGUCCACGCUCAGGUGUUUGUUAAGGUGUUUUAUUCAAAUUUGUGCGUUCCAUACAGUUAUGCAAAAGAUCAACGUUUCAACCUGUUUUGGCCUUCUUCACGAUCGGGCAACCUGGAAGAUGCAUCGAAAACCACGUGACAGACAUGACAGGUUGCUUGUGUUCCAUCAUGUGCUAGGUUAUUACUGUUACCACACCAGAGUUUCACAUACCGUAAUUAACAUUGAGAAGUGCUUCAUCACGUUAUCACUCUCUAGUUUUUAUUUUUUAUUUUUUUUUGUUGUAAAUUCUUUAUUUUGUCAUACAGGUGAGUACAAUAAACAUAAGCAAACGCUACAACAGCGUACGUGUGCGUGUGAACAAAUCGAGCAUUAGUUCUGAUAAUACAAGUGUUGAUCAUGCGCGAUCCUGAAUACUCAAUAGUCGUCAAGCGCCAUAUCGUUUAACAGGAAAAUGAAUACAAUAGUAACAUCGGUGCAUAAGAACGCAUUUACAGAACAGAUAAACACUCUAGAUUGAAUAGCUUAGUAAAAACGUGGCAACGCUUCCUCUCUAAAUUAUAGUAUGCUGCUAUAGAACUAUCAGUAGAACUAUCUACACGUCAUGGUAAUAUCUUGUGCGUCAACGUGUUCGAGCCCUCCCGGUUCCGACCCCCUCGGCCGCAAGCCGCACCGCCCCCGCGGUGUCCCUUAGUGAAGUUACACGUAAGCAGUAGUUGUAGCAGGUAUAAAAAGGGGGAAGGAGUAGGAGGAAAAGGAAGGGGGUGUGGAAGGGUCUGUGAGCAGUUUACACCGGAGUGCGCCCGGGCAUCCCCAACCCCCGGGUGUCGCAGUGAGCUCGUGCCUCUCUAAGUUCUGGUACGGGAGAGAUAAACAUACCAUGGGGUCCAGUUGUCGACAUGUCUGGUGCUUCUCCCUAGUAGUUCUGCGUAUCGUGCCUCAGCUGUGUGUAUUUCCUCAACUCUCUGUAGCCAUUCUGCUACGGUUGGUGGGUGGAUCUGCUUCCACUUAGCUGGUAUAGACGCUUUCGCAGCAUUGAGCAGGUGUCUCAGUAUCGAUCUCUUAUAUUGGGCUAUCGAGCUUUCCGUAAAGUGUAGUAAGGCCAUUUCCAUGGUAAAUUCUGGUAAGUCACCCACGAUUGUCGUUAUCUCCCUCUUGAUGUCUUCCCAGUAUGGUUUAAUCCGCGCGCAGUCCCACCAGAUAUGUCGUAGGGUGCCUGUUUGGGAUUCGCAUCUCCAGCACGUAUCUGUCGUUCCCGGGAAUAUCCUGUGUAAUAGAGAUGGGGUUCUGUACCAGUGUGAGAGUAAUUUGAAGUUGACCUCCUGAUACCUUGUGCUUAUGGAGCUCUUGUGUUGUAAUAUUAAUAUCUGCUCCCAUUGCGCCUCUGUGUACGUCCUUGCCGUCAGUUCUUCCCAUUGCCUCUUAAAUGCAUUUUUACGUGUGCGAUCCCCUGUGAUCAACUGCUGGUAAAGGAUUGAUACUCUGCCGUCUGUGUCGGUGUUUGUCACGCAGAGGUGUUCGAACCACGUCUGUUCUCUGUGGAUCGCUUCACGGUUGGGAAGGUUGUAGUAGAAGUGCCGCAAUUGUGUGUAUCGAAAUCUGUGCAUCAGCGUGUGUAGUGUCGCCGUGCUCCAUUCUGGCAGGUUUCUCAUUCCUGUGUUGCUCAGGACCUUGGACAACGGGAUAUAAUCUCCGUCUCCAUCUAUCGGCCAGGCAGAUCGGUGUAGUCCCCCGCCUAUCAUGCUAUUGUGUGUUAUCGGGAUCAAGGGGCUUGGUUGUGGGGAGAUAUAUUGGUUUCGCCUCAGGGAAGACCACGUCUUCAGCGUUUGUACGAUGGGUGAUUCAUUGCCCAGUUUUGGUGCCGCGUCCGCUGUGCCUUGCCAUAUAUACAUGUGGAGGGCCUUGUUCGUACUCUCCCUGUCCAAGGCAGCCCACAAUUUGUGUUCAGGUGCUGUGUGCCAAUCUCUAAUCCGUUGUAAAACCGUGGCCUGAAAAUAUUUGCGAACGUCGGGCAGCGCCAGUCCGCCCCAGUUCUUGGGUAGACACAAUUUGUCGUAGCUGAGUCGUGCUCUCUCUCCCUUCCAGACAUAUUUUAUCACCGCCGAUUUAAGUGUUGUAAAGAAUUCUGGGGGUACGUGCCAGGGGAUGGUGUGAAAAUGGUAAAGCAACCUUGGUAGAAUAUUCAUUUUAACCACCGCUAUGCGUCCCUGCCAGGAUAUGUGGUCAAAGUUCCAAUUUUUGAGGUCGAGCAGUAUUGUGCGUAGAAGGGGCGUGUAGUUUCUGGCAUAUAUCUCUUUCGGUUCGCUGGGUAUCCAAAUUCCCAGGUAACGCAUCUGGCCUGGGCACCAGUGGAAGGGGAAUUCGCGUUCGAUCCGUUCCCUUACAGCUGUUGGGGCCGACACGUUCAACAGUUCGCAUUUAGUUUGAUUUAGCUUCAGUCCCGAUACCCGGCCGUAUAUGUCAAAUUCCUCCAUCAGAGCCGGCAUGGAGUUGAUAGGGUUGUCGAUAAAAAAGAGCAUGUCAUCCGCGUAUGCGGCUACCUUAUGUUCCUGGUCCUUAUGUCUAAACCCCCUAAUCUCUGGGGUUUGCCUUAUCCUGUCCAAGAACGGCUCCAACGAGAGGGCAAAUAGGAGCGGCGAUAGCGGGCAGCCCUGCCUGGUGCCAUUGUGUAUGGUAAAGCUGUCUGUGAGCGCGCCAUUCACCCUCACUCUGGCACUAGGGUUAGCGUAGAGCGCCUCUAUCCAGGCUAUCAUUCCCGGUCCUAGGCCGACCUUAUGCAGUGUUGCCAUCAUGAAGCUCCACGUUACCCGAUCAAAUGCCUUUUCAGCAUCUGUGGAGAGCAUUAGCAACUCCGUGUCUCCCUUAAGGGCCAAUGCCUGUAUAGAGAAUGCCCUUAGAGUGCAGUCCCUGGCUUCCCGGCCUGUCACGAAACCUGUUUGGUCAGGGUGGAUUAGGCGCUGGACAUACGUUUGUAGUCUUGUGGCGAUGAUUUUGGAGAAGAGUUUCACAUCCGUGUUAAGGAGUGAGAUCGGCCGGUAACUGCCGCAAUUUUCGGGAUUUUUGCCUGGCUUGGGUAGCACCGUAAUUGUGGCAGCUAGUGUUUCUUGGUGGAACUUGUCACCCUGUUGGAGUCGGUUGAGGGCUGCUGUUAAGUGUGGAUUCAAAAUGCCUCCAAACAUUUUAUAAUACCCCGCCGAUAGCCCAUCCGGACCUGGCGCUUUCCCCCUCUUCGCUGCCUUAAUUGCCGCUUGUAUUUAUUCUAUGGUGAUCGGGGUUUCCAGCAUUUCCGCUUCCUCCGGCGUGAGGGCGUCCGGUCGAAAUCUUUGUAAAUAGCGCGUUGUGGCUUCCUGCAGAGCGGCACGUUGAGUGUCGGGCGUCGACGAGGUGUUGUAUAGUCGUUGAUAAUAAUCACGGAAUUCGUUUGCUAUAUCCUCCGGGAAUUGUGUGAGGGUGCCAUUGGUCCUUCUCAGUGCAUGUACCUGCGCCCUGGCUUGUUGCGGUCGGAUCAUGUUGGCCAGGAGUCUCCCACUUUUAUUGGCAUGGAUGUAGAAGAAGGCUUUAGAUUUCUGCGUCGCUCGAUGGUGUUUGCGUGCUAUCAGUUCUGUCAAUUGUCGUCGUGCGUCUAAAAGACAGCGAUAGUGUUCCUCGAGUUGUGACCGUUUGUGCAGAGUUUCCAAAUUGGAAAUCCGGCCGGUAAGUUCCAGCAUGUGUUGCUGUAUUUCCUUCUUCUUCCGUGAUGCAAUCCUUAUGAGGUGGCCCCGAAGCACACUUUUGUGCGCUUCCCAGAGUGUCACUUUAGAAACGUCUUCCGUAUCAUUCUCAGUGAAGUAGUUGGACAGGUGUUCCGUCAGGAGUGUCUUUACUCCCAAGUCCAACCAUGGUGUUGGUUCAAUUUCAGCUGAUCGCAGACGUUGUAACCCUUCCUGCUGAAUGAGGAUGUAGUCGAUACGCGAAUGUCUCCUGUGAAUGGCCGAGUAGUGCGUAUAAUCUCGAGUCGUCGGGUGUAAGGUUCGCCACGCAUCCACCAGUCUCAGGUCUAACAGUGUCUUCCUUAUCGCCCUGAUCGCGGUUUGUGGUAUGCUGCUGUGUCCGGUCGAUGAGUCGGAUAGUGGGUCGAGUGGCGCGUUAAAGUCCCCCCCUAUGACAAGCGAACCUUCCGUGAACGUUGCCAGUUGGCGAAUCGUUUUGUUCAGAAACGUCGCCUGCUUUGCAUUUGGCGCAUAGAUUGAUGCGAAGGUGUAAAUUCUUCCAGAUAUAGUGCCUUUGAGAAAAAGGUAUCUGCCGUUUGGGUCCGUGAGUUGGUCUGUCUGGGUGAAUUGGAUAUUAGCGGCUAUCAGUAUCGCCACUCCUGCCCUUCGGUCAGUAGGGUGGGUGCUGUGGCAGUUGGUUGGAUACCGUCUGUCCUUCAGUCUGUUGGUGUCCACCGAUUUGAGGUGCGUUUCCUGCAACAGAGCCACUGAGAUCCGCUUACGGUGAAGUUCCCGUAAGAGAUGUGAGCGCUUCUCAGGUGCGUUAAGGCCCCGACAGUUCUGUGUUAGGAUGCUGAGGGGUUCGGCCGUGUAAGCCAUAGAGAGAGAGUGAUUGCGUGUACAAUUCCUGCGGUGUUUGGUCUCCCGUGGGGAGAUCUAGGUGCCCGUGCGCACUCCUACUGCAAUAAGUGGGGGGGGAUGAGUGAGCGCUACAACGGGAAGUGGGUCGGCUAUGACACCCAGUCGCAGGUCAGCGGCUCGGCCCGCGCCCGGUUUGGUCCGACCCGGGAGGUCUCUGAUUGGAGGCCACAAUAAUGUGGUCUCUGUGUGGUAUAUCCCUCAGUAUGAGGGGAACCUGUGUAGCUGGGCGGAGUUCAAAGCCGUACCGUCUCCUAGUUGGGCUAGGGCAGCCACGGAGUUGGAUCCCCCAGUAAUCAGGUCUAAACAGGUCUGGUCGGGGUUAGUGGAAUUGGCUAGUCCAGCGUGUUGCCUGCUGAGUAGCAGGAGUAUACUAUCUAGUGUUUACGGUAAAGUAUGAGGGUUACCUAGUGAGAUGUCCGUGUCCCACAUGUUCCAAACUGACGUCAUUGGCUAUUUUUCUUAAAUGAACGGUCUGUAUGUCUCGUGACAAUGGGGCGUGGGUGGUUGUCCAGGAGUCUUACCCUGCGUGGAAGGUUAUCGGUGUGUCUCGGGGCGUCUACCCGACAGUCCCCCCUGAGUCGCCUACCGUGUUGUAUGACCAGUGUAACGCAAAGGUGGCAUGCGGUGUGCAAUGGGUCGUGCCGGUGCGGCCGGGGGAGGAGUCGUCACCACAUGAGCCUGCGUCACACGGGGAGGGCCUUGGGUGGACGUCUCUAGGAUAGUUAGCGUUGCGUGACCUGUCCGUUAGGGGGUCAGAUCUUUCGUGCUUAGGUUUACCAUGCCGUAGGAUGUGCAUGUGCAUGUGGAGAUGGUAAUAACACUGUGUCAGGGGGGAUACGUGUCCUGUAAAGUGUGCAACGUUUUAAAUAUACAGUGCCCCACCAUUGAGUGUGCAUCUCCCAUCCCCACCCUCAUCAGUCCCAGCCCAUCCCCCAAGUGCCAUCCACAUAAACAUGGUGAUACCUUAGGCAGCACAGCUAGAGCCCCAGCCCCCACCCCAUCCCGGCCCGACCCCUAGGCCAUUCUACUAGCAUAACCUAUACAUACAUCACCCAUAUUACAACCUGGAAUAACAGUGCCUAGGUGCAUGUUCCCUCAGGCCCCUUCUUUUCCCCCCCACUCCCGCCACCCCCAGACAAAAGUCCAGUUAUCGGUGUAGCACGGCAAGUUCGCUCUCGCUUCGCCCGAAUGGCUUGUGUGUUGGGGUGCCCGCAGAUGACCAGCAAUCCAAAGCAGCUGUGCGGCUUGUAUGUGGCAGGCAAACCUAAACUUAGUCCCCCACUUUGGGCCGCUUCUAGCUUGUCCAAUGUUCCUCACCCCCAGUAGGCCCCCCUCCCCAUUCAACUUGGAGAUGCUGUCCAACCCAAGGGGUGUGCUAUCAUGUUGCCACUAGGCCUUGCUGUGGGUGUCCGUGUAUAUGACCCCACUCAUGUAUGUGUGCAAGCAGUACUUAUCUAUUUUCUGCGGUACACAGGACAACGGUAGCGUCCAUCAGGGUCUGCCAUCUCGGGUAGAGCGUGUGUGCCAUGGUGGAGCUGUUUUGCCUGGUGGGUGUGGUGGGGAGCUCCCGCCUCUACUCCUCAGGAUCUGAGGGUGCUAGUUGUCUGCGGGCCUGUGGGCGUCUUGGCGUGGUGUCUCGUCUUCUGCGUUGUUGGCCUGGGGUCUGAUGGCCUUGUCUCUGCUCCGGUGGGCCCAGAAUCCAGUUAGUGACUUCCGUCGGUGGUAGAUUGAGGCGCUGUAAGAAUCUGGGCACUUCUUCUGGCCAUCUUAACGGAAUCCAUUCACUUUGAUGUCUGGCUAAGAGCAUAAAGGGAAAACCCCAUUUAUAUGGGAUCCCUCUGUCUCUAAGGAGUGUCGUGACGGGUCUCAGGGCCCUGCGGGCUUCAAGCGUAAGGGGUGACAGGUCUUGAUACAGGGCCACUUCUGCGUCGCGGAAUCGCCAGGUAGGUCUCGAGCGGGCCUUGUACAUUAUUUUUUCUUUUAGUUUGUAGGCGUGCAGGCAGCAAAUAAUGUCCCGUGGUGUGUUAUCAGCUGCACGCGCUCUGUUUGCUCUGUGCGCCCGAUCAAAAAUCAUGGACUCUGGUGCCUCCUGUCCCAGUAUGUCGCGGAAUAGCAUCUGCAGUGUUGCCUCUAUGUCUUCGUCCCCUUCAGGUUCAGGUAGGCCGCGGACCCUUAUAUUCGAUCUGCGGCCCCUGUUGUCUAGAUCUUCAGUUUGUCUCCUGAGGGUUAAAAGGAUAUUGCCUUGCCUGUUUAUGGCAAGGUUUGUGGCUUCCACUCUGUCCCCCAUGGCCUGCACAGUCAUGUCAGUUACCUGGAGCUUGUUUGCUUGUGUGGUGAGAUCAGCCCUGAGUGCAGUCACUUCUGUGCGGAUCGCUGCGUGCAGGUUGUCAGACAGGAUCUGCAGAUCGUUUUUGGUCACCAUUGCCGCUGCCAGGGCUCUAAUGUCCGCCCUGAUAUCUGUUAAUGAGGGCCCUUCCUGAUCAGAGGUGAGAGGGCGGGUCGGGGAGUCGGCCAUGCUUGCGCCCGCCACCUCGUGGUGCCCGGCCUUCGAAGGUGCAAGAUACCCAUCCAUGGGUCCCGUCUGGGAGCUGCUUGGGUGAGCCCUGGGUGUUUGUGUGCCCUCCGGGCGUUUUGUGCGCCCCAUUAGCACGCUGUGCUGCGGUGGUAGCCGGCUGUAGGAGCUGUGUGGGACGGAGCUCUCCUCUUAGGCAGCCAUCUUCCCUCGCGGCCAAACCACGCCCCCACUCUCUAGUUUUUAUAACACAUUCAGUUAUUGAUCCUUCAGCAUUUACACGCACUUUAAUUUGCUAAGCAUUUCCCCAAAUUAUCCACACAUCUCACAGGUUUGGCUACUGUCCUCUUUACUGUAUAUAUCUUUCCAUGUUAAUUCAUGGUGUCAAACUUUGGUUCUGUAAUGUAUACUCAUUUCUCGGUAACCUGAAUCAUCAUCAUGCCUCUCACGUGGUUAUCCACGCACUUCCGAAUUUCGAGAUCUGUCAUUAGCUGAGCGCACGCUAUUGGUUAAUCACUUUAUUCCUUUUAGUCUUUUAAUUGCCAUUAUCUGCUUUAUAUUGGUGAUCUUGAGAGGCCCAAACGGGUUGCAACAUCGAUUGUUUGCAUAACUGGAUAUAAUGCACAAUUUUUGAAUAAAACACUUUAAUGAAAACCUGAGAAUGGACCCUUUUCUACAGAUCUAUCACAACGCAGGUUUGGGCAUAUAUAUAAUAAUUUAGUUUUUAUUCCAGCAUUGUAAUAGUCAGGUGGAUCCUUCUCCAGGGAAGUUAUCAUCCCUUAUUACUUUUAUUCAUUCAGAUUCUUCCCUAUGGGCAGCAUUGAGGGCACCCAACAAUCUAGGGGAUCCGCUAAUCACAUACCUUGCAUGCUGCCGCUGGACAUGAAAUUGAUAUUCAUCUGGAGCUCACAGUGGCUGUCUGUCAGCUUCGAGUAGGCAGGGAAAAUGCAAAGAUGCAUCUGUGGACCAAUAUGGCUUCACUAAGGGGGUCUGUCACCCCAAACUUACAUUUCUUCAGUUGUUUCAUCAUCUUGUUCCUUUUCCCCAGUUCUGUUCUUCUUUUCUUCCUUUCUGAUCUAUUUAUCUUUAAAAACAGAAGACUAAGUAGAGAGUGCCAAUAAUUAUAAGAUGGUGGCAUCUGGAGUGAGGGUCCAGCGCCAUGAAUUAUAAAGAAUAUAAGGUACACACAAGUGAUAUUUGGUUAAAGGGACACUAUAGGAACCUAGAUCAUUUCAUCUCAUUGAAAAGGUUUGUGUGAAGCUUCCCUCUCUGUUUCACCCUGUUCUGAGAAACUGCGAUGUUUACAUUGCAGGGUAACAACGUCCUCCAGUGACUGUCUUCCUAACACCAAACUGAGUUUUACUCUGUGAGUCGACAUUGGAUAUCCUCAAGCUUUGCAAGAAGUAGUCGAACAUUUUUAAAAUUCUCUAUAGGAAACCAUUGAUUUAUUGCUUCCAUAUGGGGGAGCUUCAAUGCAAGAGGUAGACCUGGAAAGAGUUAAGUGAAAAAGGGUUUUUAACCCUUUUAUUCACCAGGCGGCGGAUAGUGACCGAAAAAGUUUUUUUGAACAGAGACUAGCAUUAGGAAUACAGGCUCGUGUUCCAUUAAAAUAUACAAUUACACCAAUUGCGGAACUAAAGUAGAUAAGGGCCCUGGUGCAAGAAUGUUUAUGGAGCACCAUUAUCAGAAGGGUGGCCAAAUUGUAGAUCCCUAUCAGUUGCCCGACUCCCACAGGGCUUUGCCAGCUCGGGAUCUACCUUUUCACACAUUCUUGCAGGGUUGUAUUUAGCACUGAUCCGUGUUUGUGUGUUGGAUUGUAAGUGUUUUUGUAUGGAGUAUGUGAGAGUGAAUGUAGCGGUGUGUUUUGUAUGUAGUGUUGGUGUUUUAAUGCAGGCCUGCAUUUUUUUGUGUGUGUAGUGUUGGUUUUAGAGGCAGAGGUGUGUUGAUGUUUGAAUGCAGGUGUGCAUUUGUGUGUGUGUGUGUGUGUAGUGCUGUGAUGUAUGCACAUAUUUACGUACACUGCCACACACACACUGAUACUCAUGCAGAAACACAUACAGAAACACACACAGACACACUGACAGACACAUAUAUGCUGGCCAAUAUUUUAGCAAUGCUCCAGUUUUCUACCGUUUGGAUGCAAGAGGCUGGUUUCUGCUGUCUGAGGCUGUUGUGAGUUAGGGGCUUGGUGUGUUUUAGCAGGGAGGAAGCGAAUGUCCAUCAGGUGGCCCUAAGUGCAUGGGCACACAAUGGGCCCCUCUCGGCAUGCAGGCCUGGGUGCAGCCGCACUGGCAAUAGUUCCGCUGCUGAUGAUACCCCACAUGUAAUUUCCCCAAAUCCACCUCAGUGAUUUCAUAGCUAACAGUACAGCACACUCUGUAAGCAUUCUGUAAUGUGGGGAUGCAGCAUGCAAUCUCCCUCUCAUGCUGCAGCUUGUGAAUCAAUCAGUAGGCACGGAGACCUGACUCUCUUUAUGCGGAUACACUCAGAAUCACUGAGCAAUUGUGCUUAGCCAUGGUAUUUAAAUUGACUUCACUUUGAGCACUGAACAAAUCUCAUCUGUCAGUCUGACAGAGGGUACCCUCAGGUAUUCAAUGAUUUUUGGGACUCCUUUGUACCAGCGGGGAUUCUACCCAGCUGGUACCUUUUAAUGCAUGAGAGUCUAUGCCAUCAAUGGGCGUUAAACCGUCAUGUGGUAUACCCACUAACAUUUUUUAAUUGAGCUGCUGUGGAGUUCAGAUUGUAGUGGAUUUUAGAGCAUAUGUUUAACCUUGCCCAUAUUUGCUAACUAGAAGACAUAUAAAAUAUUAAAAAGAAAAAAAUACAAAUGAUAUAAUUUGCAAAAAAGUGUCCGGAUGAUUGCUGGAAAGCAUUGUUCCAAGGACUGGUGACAAGGUAUGUACCUUUCUAGAGUCAGAGGCCUUUAAGAGGCAGAGAGUGUCAGCCGAUUCUCAAGACUAUUACCGAUGCCCAAUCCAAAGUUUUUCCAUUGAAGCUGGGCCGUGAGGAGGAGACAGCGGCACCUUGAGGACUGGCCCCAUCUGUGGCACUUUGGAGUUAAACAGCUCAUUUAAUCCAUUAGGGUAAGGUGGCGCCCAAGAACUCCAGGCACCAUACCAACUGAAUUGAUAUUAAGUUGUUAUAGUGCCUGGGAUGUUCCUUUAAGCAUUAACAUUGUACUUCUGCAACAGUGCAGGGAUCUCCCUUCUGGCCACCCCUGACAUAUGGAGUAUAUUACUGGUCAUGGUCAAUAAUGGGGCUAAAUAACCAAGAAUCACUGUGUGGCCGUUUUCCUAUUUGUGACAUUGCAGCUAUACAGAGAUGCUUAUAAGUGAACAUCAUGGUAACUUUUUACAAAUUGAUGACCCAUGCAAUUACAUGUCCUCAAAGACGUUCUGCCAGCAUAAGUCUCCUACUUAUCUUGUAACUGGAUGCUUUACACAGGCCAGCAGUCCCUAAAAGAGUAAGACAGUUCUUUUUGGAAUAGGAUCUUAAUAGUCUGCCAUUAACGGGUUAAGAAAAUCCAAGGAUGGGGUCAACUCCUUUUAUGGACACAUCCAGGUGUCCUCUUACACUGAGGAUCUAGUUACCAGAUUCCAACACCUGACCCCACCAGGUAGAGCCUUGCAGCUGUACAAGUAGACACAGCACACAAAUGUCUGCAUGUCAAGACACAUUUAUAGAGUAAGAUGCUAUUCCUACAAUCGGAGUGAUAGGUGUGUGUUCAUGCACUCUGCUGGAACUGGAAUGCAAUGCAUGGAUAGCGAACGGUUGGUGGCUCUUGUCAAACGUGCGUCCUGUGGGGGGGGACACUAGGCACAGCCCACUGCACACUUCUCAAAACUGUAGGAACUGUAUUGGGAUUAAAUGUACGUGUAGCAUAUGUGUUAAUAGUACCCUGGGCUGAUUGUGUGAGGUGUGUAAAUAUUUAGACAUGGGAUGGGUGUUAUUAACUGUGAUUUAUUUAUGGCACGGUUUUGUUAAGUAGAAAGUUAAAGGUGCCUGGGAAAUAUUUACAUGUAGUUUUGGUGUGUGUAUAUAUUCUGUGUUAACGUGCUGCAAAAUCUGCUAGAAUGUUAUUGUUUUCUAUGUAUAUUUAAUGUUGAUCUGAUGUGAAUCGUUCAAAUAUUUGCAGUGACUCGUGUGGCCUAUUGUAAUAAAUUGUCUUAUCUAUUAUAUAGUGCAAAUCCUGUUUUCAUUUUAUUUUUAUUUUUUCAAGCACAUUGUGAUGCAACAUUGAAUCAGAGGGUCAAACAUGUUUCAGGCUGUCUAGAGUGGACGGAAUCACACCCAGAGAUACAGCCAUGAUUUGUGGCUCUAACUUAGAUGACGCUAGUAUACUCCUUUUUAAAGAUGUAAGAGUAGGGCAAUCCCCAUGGAAACCAAUGGAACUAGUAGGAGUAUUUGAUUUUUACAAAAGAGCAUCACUUUUGGGUCAUAGUUACAUAGUUACAUAGCUGAAAAGAGACUUGCGUCCAUCAAGUUCAGCCUUCCUCACUUUUGUUUUUUGCUGUUGAUCCAAAAGAAGGCAAAAAAACCCAGUUUGAAGCACAAUUUUGCAACAAGCUAGGAAAAAAAUUCCUUCUUGACCCCAGAAUGGCAGUCAGAUUUAUCCUUGGAUCAAGCAGUUAUUACCCUACAUUGAAAGAUUAUAUCCUUGAAUAUUCUGUUCUUGCAAGUAUGCAUCUAGUAGCCGUUUGAACAUCUGUAUGGACUCUGAUAAAACCACUUCUUCAGGCAGAGAAUUCCACAUCCUGAUUGUUCUUACAGUAAAAAACCUUUCCUUUGCCUUAGACGAAAUCUUCUUUCUUCCAGUCUAAACGCAUGACCUCGUGUCCUAUGUAAAGUCCGGUUUGUGAAUAGAUUUCCACACAAUGGUUUGUAUUGGCCCCGAAUAUAUUUGUAUAAUGUUAUCAUAUCCCCUCUCAGGCGACGUUUUUCUAAACUAAAUAGGUUUAAAUUUGUUAACCUUUCUUCAUAGCUGAUAUGUUCCAUUCCUUUUAUUAAUUUUGUAGCCCGCCUCUGCACUUUUUCUAGUGCCAUAAUAUCCUUCUUUAGAACAGGUGCCCAAAAUUGCACAUCAUAUUCAAUAUGGGUCUUACCAGUGAUUUAUAAAGAGGCAAAAUGAUAUUCUUGUCCCGAGAAUGAAUGCCCUUUUUCAUGCAUGACAAUACCUUACUGGCCUUGGCCACUGCUGAUUGACAUUGCACAUUGUUGCAUAGUUUGUUGUCUAUAACAAUUCCUAAGUCCUUUUCAUGUGUUGUUAUCCCUAAUUCGCUUCCAUUAAGGGUAUACGUUGCUUGUGUAUUCUUUACGCCGAAGUGCAUAACUUUGCAUUUUUCAACAUUAAAUUUCAUCUGCCAUUUGAGUGCCCAGUCUCCCAGUCUAUCUAAAUCCCUCUGCAGCAUAGUACUUUGAUAAAUCUGUCCCUGUAAAAUAGAAUAUUUCUGUCCCUAUUUCUUGUGGUUUUUAGUUUUCCUAAAUCAGAGUGUGAAGUGAUGGGCCAAGCUAACCAUUAUAUUGAUGAUCUAAUAUUAGGUUAGUAAUCCAAUUGUUAGUUAUCUAACAUGGCAUUGUGUUGCUAGGGCAAAGAACUUGGGGUGAAGAAGCAACCUGGUUACAUUCAGUGCAGGUUUGUGGGUUAAAUGCAUAUGCUCACAUAGUAUAGUUUACAGGUUUAUGUAAUAUAGGCCAUCUUGCCGCAGUUUGUCUCCAGAUCACAUGAGUGAAAUUGCUGAGUGAGGCACUUGAAGCUGUACUUCUGUUAUCAGCCUGUUGACAGCUUUGAGAAUGGAGCUGUGACUGUGAUCACAUAACUAUUGUGACGCUUGAAUCAAUUUUUAAAGGGUAACCACCACUUCACAGCAAAUUACAAAACCAAAUAAAAAUAAAAAAAUCACAACUGCCUGUAACUUGUGUUAAAGGAACAGUUUGGGAGCCAUAACAACUUUAUUGAAAUUAAGUUAUGGUGCCAGGAAGUCCCAGGUGAUGAAUUGCCUUUUAGGAGUUACACUGUUCACGAACUGUUUAACCCCAAAGUCUCCUCUUUAGUUUUGUUACUGUCUACUGCCUCCACAUCCACUUUGUCAAAAUCUUCAGAAACCCGUGAGAGCCACAGGGCAGGGGCGCCGCGUAUUGGCUUAGAGCGGUCAGCUGACGCUCAAAGCCGAUUAGUAGCUUUCUAUUUAUAAAAACGGCUUGAAAAAGGUACGUACCUUUCUAAGCUGAUCAGUGGCGCCCCUUCCCAGUGCUGCUUGAGCCUUCUGUAAUGAAAAAUUUUGAGAAAGUGAAAGGACAUAGAGGCAGAGUGAACAGCGCUGGAGCACAUAAUUCAGGGUUAAUCUGAAUGUAAGCCAGCUCUAGGAACCUCGUGGCAUCAUAACAGCUUAGUUGUUAUGGUGCCGUGAUGUUUCCUUUAACCUUUUUUUUUUUUUUUUUUCAUGCCAUGUUCUGUGUUUUUAAAUGUAUAUUAAACUAACACUAUGGUUUUAGGAAUACAUUUGAUGUAUUCUUAAUACUAUAGUGUUUGGACUUUCUUUUAGGUCCCUGGGCCCCUCUCUGUGGAGAAAUAUGGUGAUUAAACUUAUCUUUUAUCCCUAGCACUCUGGUGUCACCGUGACUGGCCCUGCCUCAGAUCUUCAUGCUCUGAGCCAGUCCAAUUCUUUCCCAGAGGUACAAGCCGCUCUGCACCAAUCAUCUCUAUGGGGAUCAUUCAGCGUCUCCAUGCAGAGGUGUCACUAGCCAGCAAUGUAAACACUGCCUUUUCUUGGGAAAGGGACAGACUACAGACACCAGAACCAUUACAUUAAGCUGUAGUGGUUCUGGUGACUAUAGUGUCCCAUUAAAGAUUUACUAGUUGACUUCACAAUCCUGUUGUUGUAGGUACAGCCAGAGCGUAUGGUGUAUUGAUUUCUCUACCUCCACAUACUAUAUUCUGUGACAGAAAAGGCAAAGCUUAUAACAAUGAUUGAUUGACAGGGAGUUCAGGCAGAUCUGCUCUAUUCCAGGUUAACACCAAAUACAGCAAUGUGGAUUUCUACAAUUCAUUUUAUUUUUCGGACCUCAUCAAUACAUAUUUGUUCAGUUUAGAGAAAAUGUAUAUUUAAAAAUCUCGGCAAUUGACAAUCCACCUACAAGGAAGACAAGGACAACAAGCUCCCUGCCCCGUAGCCUAUACAAGGAGCCAGGUGGCUAUGAUGUGUGUUCCUUUUAUUACACUACUAAAAGGGCUGUUAGACUGUUUAGAUUGCAGAUAUUCACCUGGUUCCAUGAACCUUCAUGUAUGCCGUGGUUACAGCUUUUUACCCCUUUCCCCAGCUUUCAGUACAUCUCAAAUCUUCUACGUGCAAACGAAGGGACAUGAGACGCGGGAUCUGCUGAUUUAUUAAAUAUACACAGGCAUGAAUGGGGUGAGGACAGAAUAGCCUACUCCUGGCUUCUGUACUUGGAUUGCGGCAUGUCUUUGAAGAUAAUUUUUAUUAAUUGUUUAGUGAUGCUCCUAGAAACAGACUGGCGGUAUUACAAAGUGUGACCACAUGAGCAAGCCCUGGAGCCUCUAAUCCCAAACCCACAGCCUGUGUCUGUCUGUCUGCAGAGUAAAUCGGAAACCUGCAUUGCUUUCAUCCAUCAGUCACACUGAGGCCAGAUUUCUCGCUGGUUUCACACUUUAUUAUAAUUUUAUUAUUUAUAUAUCGCCAGCAUAUUUCGUAGCGCUCUACUUCAGGCCGUAAAGCGGUUGUCAGGCUUACACACUACAAAGCUUAUUUUUUGAGGCGCGGUAUCCAACAGGCUACUUUUUACAGGGGUAGGCAACCUUUGGCACUGCAGAUGUUCUACACCUCCCAUGAUGCUUUGCCAGCAUUAUGGUUGUAAGAACAUUGUGCGGUAUGUAGUCCACAGCAUCUGGAGUGCCGAAGGUUGCCUACCCCUGGGCUACUAUAUAAUGUACAGGCCCGUCCAUCACUAGAUUAGAGGCACUGUAUUUUACCUUUUAAAUAUUCAUACUGCAGGUCAUUACUCGUCUUAAUUCAGCCCUGCAACAUGUUUGCUGUUAGCAUCCAUCAACUUAAAGGGACCUUAUGGUCAUAAUAAGCUAUGUGUCUGUCACAAGGUUUUACAGUGUAGCAAUGCAAGUACUAUACGUUCUUUCCAAACCAUGUCGAUAACUUGGAAAAGUCAGAUUUAUUUCAGCGUAGUAAUUGCUUCAAUUGUGUUUAGUGCAGAGAGGGAACGAGGAACUGUCAGUUGCCAUUUAACUUCGUUACAGGUACUUAAUUCAUUAUUAGCAAACACCUACUGUUGCUGAACAGUGUUAAUAAAAUAAACACUGCCAGACAUAUUGUGCCAGAAAAUGAUGUAAGCAGUGUUUAGCAAUUUUAAAACAAAACAAAAUAACACUCUCCAAAGAUCUGUUUUUAAUUACCUAAAUUUGUUCCAUAGAUCCUUAAGAUAUUUUGGUAAGAUGGGUAUUUUUAACAUUUAAAAUAUUGAAAAUGUUCCCUUUUUUUUUUAAAAGAGGGACACAUUAAGUGGAUCGCUUACUUUCAGGGGUCCUUGCAUAUUUUGAGGGUGUGCAGUGGAAGGCUGGUUUAUUUUCCUGAAACUGUGCAUUGUUGCUGUAGCAGUUUUUUUUUUUUCACGGCUCCAGGUGCUUCAUUUCCCAGAUUCUGUCAGUGCUGUAGUAUUGCGCAUGUGCAAGAGUACAAAACUGAGCUUUGUGAUCUCAUGAAACCGCAGGAGCUUCCAUAGAUAUCAUUUUGCUAGGUCAUCCAUAACACAAAGUGGUCCCUUUAGAUAUUUAGAUUAUCUUUAGAGUGUGUUGAAUUUUAAUGAAAUUUCACUAUUUAUAAAAAAAUGUUUUUACUGAGAAGUGACAUAGCUGGUUUAAGACAGGAGCUAUGCGUUGGAGACUGAUAUACUAUAAACUUUAUUUAGUGCCAAAUUGUUGUAUAUUCUUAAAGGGGCACUAUAGUGUCAGGAAUACAAAUGUGUGUACAGGCACAUGCUGUUAAAACUGUGAUUUAACUCUCCUUUUUCCCAGCGCCGGGUGGGUGCUGUCUCUGCUGGCCUACCCACGCUCCGUCCCCUUGGCUGAGAUCAUCAAACUUGAUGAUCUCAGCCUAUCCAAUGCUUUCCAUUGAGAGGCUAUCGCACAUGCUCGGCAAAACACUGCUCUACGCCAAUCGGCAUCUCCUCAUAGAGAUGCAUUGACUCAAUGCAUCACUGUGGGGAACCUGACGGUGACCCAGGAAGCACCUCUAGUGGCUGUCUAAAUGAUUGCCACUAGAGGUGUUGCUAGGCAGUGACGUAAACACUAGGUUUUCUCUAAAAAGGCAGCGUUUAAAUUAAAAUAUCUACAGGGACAUGCUGUAGACACCAUAACAACUACAUUAAGCUGUAAGAGAAAGUUUAGAACUAUGACAAGAUAAAAGAGAAAAUUAAUGUUUGUGCAGACCUGUGUGUCUGUCUUCCAAUUACAUGAUAUGGGAUAUAUUGUAUCAAACUGAGAAAUGUAAUUUAGUCAAUACAAUUUGUAUAUAAAGCUGGUUUUAUUUUACUAGAAUACAUCUUGCAAAAUAAAAAAUAAAAUAUAUAUGGACAGGAGAUAAUGCUAAAUUAAGCACUAGCAGCAAUCACAAAAUCUUGCCACUCUGUAUACACAUAAUUCUAAUGGUAAUAAACAGAAAUUACUUUUUCUUUUGGUAGGUAGUGAAAUAGUAAUAAAAUGAAACCAUGUUAACAUUUAAAAAAAGAAAAGGGAAAAAAAAAAAAGGUUCUACAUAUAUAUACUUGCUUGCAGAAUUGGGUCCUUGAUGUUGAGCUCAAUCUCUUAAAGGUACACUCUAAGUACUAUAACAACUUCAUCUCAUUGUAGUGGUUAUGGUGACUGGAGUUCCAUGCAGCCAACCCGAUGUAAAGUGAUAAAACGUUUUCUGGAUAUUAACAGCUGCUUGAGUGACAAUGAACUUCAGUGAUGGCCUGAGAACUCUGGCUUUUCUCGGCUUAUCACUGGUAUGCGUUGGCAUGCCUUAGCCGUACCUCUAGCGCAGGCCACUAGAAACCUUGCUUCAUUGUUAAACUGAAUGAAUACUGUUACAAACACAACUGUGUGAUGGUAUCAGGAACUCAAUGCAUCUUAACCACUUCAAUGAGAUCAAGUGCUGGUUGGUAUGAUGCUGACAUUUAAUAUUCCUUCCACUAAUUUCUUGGAUGCUGGUUUCUGAAUACCUGCAGUAAUAAUAUUGGCGCGAACAGCUUAGCUUGUCUCAAAAUAGGAUGUAAAUGGGGAAUGAAUUGGCCCAUUGAGUACUACGUUUAGAUGUUCUGUGGCGCAUGCCUAUCAGUGAUAUUUCCCAUGUUAAAAUGUUACUCCAACCACCAUGACCACUUCUGUUUAUGUGGUUAUGGUGGUAGGAAUCUGUAUAUGCAGCGUAUCUGCUUAAAACCUUGCACAUACAAAGAGUAAUCUGCACUAAUGUGAAUUUUGUAAGAAUGUCUGCUGUUUGCAAGGGGAAGCUUCAGUGUCCCAUCCCUUUAUGCCAUCCCUCUCCGCCUCCUUCCAGUGAUAGUUAUUCAAGAUAUAUAUUAUUAUUAUUAUAUAUUUUUUUUAAUCCUCUCCUACCCCCUACCUGCCUCAGACAGAGCAUGUGCUCUGAGCUGGUGAACUGGUCCAGUCCAAUCAAAUGCCUUUUGUUGGACCACGAGAGGGCACUGGUAACGUCGGACAAGGCCUGGAGUCCGUCAAGUGGGGGUGGAGGCUUUGUCCAAUGCUGGAUUGUAGGUAAGUCUUCAGCUUGUUUGCAGAUUUAUAAGGGAGGGUGGGAUAAUGAAUAAUGCCGUUAGGGCAUUCUAAAGUGAGAGGUUUUAAUUAAGGGUUUGAGUAACCUUUAAUCACAGCUGCGUCCAAUGACUCCUACGUGCCCAUAAUUACUUUCAGUGCAUACUGGCAUAGAGAAUUCUUGUUGCCAUGCACCUGGUUGGCAUUUGAAUAGUUAUAGUUCUAUCCAUGCAAUAGCUAUGUAUCUGAAAGAUCAGACUUGGGGCAUUUUAAAAUGCUAGUUUAGUUUACCAUUCGUGAAUGUUGUUUGUGUUUAACUGAUUCACACUUUAUUUUUUUUCCUUUAUUUUAUUCCACCUUCUUUUCAAUCACGUGUCUCCAAUUACCACCAUAUUAUCUGUGCGCUGUAAAGGGUUUUACACCAGGAAUACAUCUACUGUAUUGUUCCAAAGGGUCAGGGUGUUGACACAGGCUGUUUACAUUAGAGCCAAUUACAAUUGUAAAUCAAAUAGGUGAAACCAAUACUUCUGCAAACCAUUUGUACAUAACUGCAGGGAGCGUUAUGUAGAUAGUUGCACUUUGUUCAUUCCAAAGUGGUUAUAGAAUUUUCAGGUAUCACUUUCCACAUGUAAUUUAAAUAGAAUUCAGAAGACCUGUUUAUCCUUCUCGCUCAACACUUUUGGAAACGUCCGUGUUAUUCGUUCAGAUGUAAAGUGUCAGAAAUUCAAGUCUCAGACCAAAAGUGCAAAUUGGAAGAAUCAAGUCGGCUAUGUUUUCAGUUGAACUAAUUUGGCCUAAAAUAUAAGGUUGUAUUCCUGGUAUUCAGUAAUACGGUCUGUUUUCAGUUAUCUAGUUUUUAGAUUUAUACAAGAUGCAUACUGACACAUCAUCAAAGAAACUGUAGUUUGCAGGUGUCUGUAAAAGGAACACUCCCUAAGGUGAAAAAAAAUAAAUAAAUUUGUAUAUAGUUAUUCUUUCUUUAUUUUUAACCUUGGUGUGCUUCUUUAUAUGGUGUGCUUCUACGGACUUACAGAGCAUGUGCGGCAUUUGUCAUGCUCUGCCAGUCCCAUGGCUCUCAAAGAGAAGUUUGGAAUCCGGUACUUCUCUUUGAGAAGUAAUAACCGCAUUUAGCAUCAUCAUGACCACAAAUGUAAAGGCUUUCAUUGUUCUCUGGAAAAAAGUAAACAUUGCUGUUUCUCUGAAGUUGCAAUGUUAUCAUUGCUGAACGAACUUGGUCUGUGCACCAAAGCCACUAUACAAAGAAGUAGUACUUUUGAUGCAUCCCUUUAUUCCUGGUUGCCUAACAUGGAGUAAGGACAUUUGACACCUCCAUGUCUGAGUGCCUUGAACAUCUGCAAUGAUCAUCUCUCCAUACUUUAUUUGGACUGUACCCAAAGCUUGGAUAAGCAGGAGGUAAAAGUUUAAAUGGUCUUUCUUUUCUUUUGCCUAUCCAACCCUGUUCCCCAUGACUCCUCGCUCUCUUCCUUGUUCGCACCCCAACAGAAAAGGCAUGCAGGGACAGUGAUGGGUAUGCACCUACCUCAUGAUAGCACAGCCCCAUAACACCUAGGACCUCAAAUAGGAUCAAGGUCUACACCGCUGCGUAGCUUGCUGCCAAAUGAGGGGUAUGCUUAUUGCAGAGGAGAAAAGGGAACACUCCACUAUACUUGGCUUUCUCAUUUCUUUUUCCAAGCUUUUAACACACUAUAACAAAAAACAUGAUGGCUAAAUGGAUUGUCCACAAAUAAGCACAUACACACUGUUACUGAUUUAAGAUGUCAAUGUGUUAAACGUUAUUACCCGAUGUCUGAUGUUGAUGUCAUCUUGUCGUGGAUGUUUACCAAUGGCACUGCUAUCACGCAAAAAUAAAGAAUUAAAAAGAAGAAAAAAGGUGUGUGUGCACUGGUUCUACCAGUCCAGCACAAACCUUCAAAUUCCAAGAGGCGCAUUUACUAGAUUGCCAAAGUGAAACUAGUAUAACAUUUUGGAAAUCAAGUUUCUUAGAUGACUUCACUGUCCGAAUAUUUACCUGCUCUGCUGUGAGUACCUCAGAAUUUGAAGGUGUGCUAGACUUCUCAUCCACUAAAGUCUAAACCUUUAUUGCUAUACAAAUGAGUUUUAAAAAGUUACCAGUUAUGACUUUGUAGACUUCCUAAGUAACCUAAUCAUGUAACCAAGCCAAAACGAUCUCCAGCUGUUGGGAAACACUUUAUCAUUUUACUGAAGCUGCUGAAGGUUUUAAUACAAAGCAUUUUUUAUCUGGUCACAUAGAUCAAAGUGUUGAAGAGGAAGACAUUGAUGUCAUUAUAGAAUUUAGCCAUCUUUCCUUCUCUGAAAAGAAUGUACAUGUGAAGUGAAUAGCAAAGUAAAUCAUUCGGGUGACCUCCGUAUAGAAAGCACUCUGUAAUCCUUGGUAUGAAGAAUGAUUCAGAAGGAUCCUUUUGAUUUUUUUUUUUUAACAUUUUUAUAAAUAUUUUUUACAUUUUACACAAGCUAUGACCAAUGAUAUAUAACCGAUGGACUAAACUGCUGAAUUGUGUUGAUUGAUGGAGCACACAAAGACUUUUUCGGUUUUAUUGGAUGAUUUCCAAACAAUCGACUUGGAAUUUUCAGCCGAGAUCUCAAGAUUCCAGAUAUAUUUCUCAGCAAAAAAAACUAUGCACUUCCAGACAGUGAAUGUUCCUGUUAGAAUGAAUGAUGUAACCGUUCGGCCCAUUUUAUCAUUUUACAGUUAAGGUUCAUGCAGGUUGCUGUAAAGGAACACAACAUUACUCUAUAUGGGAUACACGUUGGCUUAUUGAUCACAUUUCCAUUCAUGGCUGCUUAAAACGAUCUUGGCUAGUUAUGAAUAUACGUUAUUCUUAAACUUUUUACUCUUCAGGACUAUAUUAUGGCUUUUCUGUUUUUUGGUUUUUCAAAACAAUUUUUACAUUUUAUUCUGUUUCAUUUCACUUUUUUAAAUUGUGUGUUUUUAUAUUUUUAGAUUCUUAUGCUUUGACAUUUUACUAUCCUGAGCUGUAGUAUGAAUUAGUUUGUUAAAAUUUUAUUAAAAAAGAAAAAAAAAAAGUAAUUUUUUUUUUUUUUCUUUUUUCUUGUGCAAAUGAGCAUAAGUUCUGUUUGGCAGUGUUGCUUUAAGGCAGAACUUUUUAAAUUUGGUAUUUUUGCUCUUAAGGCAUGUUUCUAUUAAUGUUCAAACUUCGCACAGAGCUGAAUUGUGUACAUUUGCCUUACUUGUUUCUACCUCUCCCACAAGUUCCUCUCAGCUGAUCACAGCGGGAUUCAGUUUAUGUCCUUGUCUGAGUCUGUGGUUUAAGGCAGGAUUUCGACAGCUCCCUCAUGUCCUAAAAUGGAAAUGUUCAUUUUUUUUUUUCUACUCCUGGUAAACUUGAGGGGAGGUUAUUUAGGAGGGGCCUUUCCUCUAUUGCAAAGCCAAAGGAAUCCUGUAUUAGAUCACGCUCAGGAAUUCUAAGCUCUGAAACACUAUCCUUUUAGUCACAAUAUUAAACAAUUCAUUCCUGCUUUGCAAUGGGAAAUCUCCUUAUGUGGCUGUCUGAACUUACAUUGAACAAAUUCUGCAUUUUUUAAAUUUUCUUUUUUCUUUUUUUUUUUUUUUUUUAGGACAUAUUUGUACAUGCUACAUUUAAUUCUUUAUGUUAAAAAUGUAAAAUAUCGUAAUAAAAAAAAUUAUUACAAAAAUGUGUGUGCAUAUAUACACGUGUGUGUGUGUGUGUGUGUGUGUGUGUAUAUAUGUACGUACAGUAUCUCACAAAAGUGAGUACACCCCUCAUAUUUUUGUAAAUAUUUUAUCUUUUCAUGUGACAACACUGAAGAAAUGACACUCUGCUACAAUGUAAAGUAGUAAGUGUACAGCCUGUAUAACAGUGUCAAUUUGCUGUCCCCUCAAAAUAACUCAACACACCGCCAUUAAUGUCUAAACCGUUGGCAACCAAAGUGAAUAAUGGUGGCCACACAAAAUAUUUGGGCCCAAUUUGGACGUUUCUACUUAGGGGUGUACUCCCUUCUGUUGCCAAUGGUUUAGACAUUAGAGGGGACAGCAAAUUUACACUGCUAUUGUAACAGAGUUUAAUUUCUGUAGUGUUGUCACAUGAAAAGAUAUAAUAAAAUAUGUACAUUUUGGAAGUGUGUGUUAGUUAUUAUAGAGUAUGCAUUCCCAUAGGCAAUUAAAGGAUGCCGAACGGAGCACGACAGGGUAAUGAUCAUUUAAUAGCAGUCGGAAUUUCAAGAGGUUUUUCUUUCACCGUUCUGUUAUCCAGAUUGCACAUUAUUAGGGACAUUGCAAUCUCAUACUGGAUAUUUAUAAACCUGGUGAUGACAACAAUGAACCUUUUUAACUAUGUCGCUACGAUCCCAAUUCUACACUUGUGAAACAAUCUGACACCACUUUUAAUGUUUUCGAAAGCGUGAAAAUAGGCCCCAUACCCUACAUUAUGCACCACUGAUUAUUGAUAGUUUAAAGGAACACAAAACUGUAUUUCGAACACUAUACUGUCCCUCUGCCACUAUCUGCAUGGUGAUGUUAAACUUUCCCCAUAGAAAUGCAUUGAUUCAAUGGAUCUUUGAGGAGAUGCUGAUUGGUCAGGGUGGCAUUUGGCUCCAGCCUCCUUGGCUGAGAUCAUCAGAAUUGACUAUCUCAGCCAAUUUAAUGCUUUCCUAUAGGGAAUUAUAGAAUUGGCUGAGGUCAUCAAUUCUGAUGACCUCAGCCAAGGAGGUGGAUCGGGGACAGAGCCAGCACCGGUUAACCCGUGCGACUCUGGAAUAAUGGUACGUUUUUACUUUAAGGGGAGCGGGGGGGGAAGGGGAGUGUUGGGGGACGGCCACAUAAAUAGUGUUUUUAAUAUAAAAAAAAAAAAAUACACACACACACACACACACCCCUACCUACCUACCUACCUACCUACGUCUUGUGGAUGUGUCCAUUUAAAAAUGCGUGGACUGUGGCCAUGAAGGGAUUCAUUUAAUCAGAAACACUGAUUGUUUAUUCUGUUUCAUUCCAAUAAUGCUAAUUUGUUAUUAAUUGGUGUAAUGUGUGCCAAGAAAUAAAUUGCCAAACAAUGACUUCACUCUUCUGCUGUUAUUGUUAUAAGACAGGAUGGAUCCAUAGAGUCAUGAUGUCUGUGCAAAAUUCUUCCUCUUAUGUGUUGCGUCAGAGAUUAUUCAGACCAGUCGACGUCAUUCCAACCAACAAAGAUCUGGUUUUGGUGACUUGCGUUCUCUGUCCCCUCCUCUUCAAAAUCUUGGCUGCCAUGUAGAACCACUUCUGUUCUGCUGUCAGCUUGAAGUAACCUGGCUUCUCUCCAUGACCUCUUUCAACGGCUAGAUGUUUUACUGCAUUAAACUUUUGCUCAUGUUUUUAUUUUUUUUAUCACAGAGAUUGUGAAAUAUGCAGAUAGAUGUUCAGCUGUCUGAGUGGCCAGAAGCACUGUGGCUGAUACUAACCACCAUACUAUGGCCAAGUUCUCUUCAACGCUUCUCUUCUCCUGUGAGAGGAGUAUUUGGGUGUCAAAGUGAGGAGGGGGCAUGUCGUCAUUGGUUGUCUGUCACCAGCAUGCAACGUGUACACAGAUUUAACAUUAGCCAUCUCAGAAUUCGUAUUCAAGCCUGUUUAAUUUUUUUUUUUGUAAAUCUUCUUUUUUUAUUGAACAACAAGAUAAGAUUACAUAGUUGCGUCAUUACAAUAUUUUAGUCAUUGUUCAGUAAACCUAAGAUAUUGCAAAUCGAAAGCGUUGAUCCUGUACACAGUUUUGAGCAGUAAAGUUGUUGUUUCCCUUUUUUUUUUUUUUUUCACUCUGUUCUCCCCCCUACCCCCCCUUCUAGAUUCCUUUGUUACUUUGUUUUGUUUUGCGUUAUUGUGUGUUUGUGUCCCAAAGCAUAGUUUUGUUAAUUGCAUAGGGUAUCUAAGUAUAACUUUGAGACUCGCAGGUCUCUGCAUUCCAAAUGUUUAUACGGUUCAACAACAUACUGUGUGUGUGUGUGUAGAUUGAGAGGGGAUCUAAGUGCUAGACGAUAAGGCAGCUCGUGUAAGUCAGGCUUUUUGUCCAAGUUCGCCAUGUUAGGUAUGCGUCGCCGAGCGGGUGUGGUGGCGAACAUUGGGCCGUGUUUAUUACUUGUGUAAUACUUAGCUGGGUUUCCCCGCUAGUCUGUUUUGUGAGCGUGGUGGUUAGUUGCUAUGUGAUGGUUAAUAGUUUGUGUUAUAUGUGUCCCUGUCUCUGUUACGUUAUCCUAUAUGGCUAUGGGUGUUGUCGUCAAUCCUUGCAGCAGAGCCUGCGGUUCGCGUGAGUUCCCGUACGUGAUUCCUUAGUUGCGUUAUUGAUGUGUGUAUCAGUGACCUCGUAAAAUGCGUUUGGAGUGUGUCUAAGAGGUGGCGUGCCCUUUGCGUUAUAUGAGCGUUAGCUCCUCUCUCUACACUUUUCCGUGCUGGAAUGUGUAGCAAGGUAUGACUCAUGUUUCCCGAGGGGGUCGGAUUAUUUCUCAGAUCCCAUCAAGGCUGGGUGUUUAUCCUUUUAGUUUUUAAGAGGUUAAUGUUUCUUUUGUGUGAUGAUAUAUCUCCCUGAUCUCGCCUCCGCCCUCCCGGGCCUGGGGUCCGUCUGGUCAAGCCUGUUUAAUGACACUUAUGGAGGUGGGGUUACACCUCCAGGUACAACCUUGGGUAUCUAUGUAUAUACAGAAUUUCUAAUUCAAACACUCUACAUACAGACUACUAUGACCACUUCAAAACACUUGAAGCAGUUAUGGUGCUUGGAGUAACCUUUUAAUGCCUGUUUAUAUACGUGCCUUGUCCUUUUAAUUAGCCAUGUUAAUUAGUAUUGUAGAUACAAAAUGGAGAAUUAGAAUUAUUAUUAAUUUGACUUUCACUAUUUUAGAAUGUUGUGUUUUUGGAAUUUAAUCGCUUUGUCAGGCCUACAAAAUCUAUACCAUUUUAAAUUUAUUUAUUUAUUUUUUGAUCAUGUCAAUAUUUGUUUUCUAAAUUUAAACCUAUAUGGGCUCUGAAGAGAUUUAAAAAAAAUGGAGAAAGGAGCCAUCUGUGCAUAUAUAUUAUGUCUUAACCCCUUAAGGAUACAUGAAGGAAAUAUUCCGUCAUGAUUCCCUUAUAUUCCAGAAGUUUUGUCCUUAAGGGGUUAAUUACUGUACUUUCUGUUUUAUUGUGCUGUAACCUGUAAAGUUCUUAGAGUACCGGUUUGUGCUAGAGAAAUAAACGAUGCAGAGUAAAUGGUCGCGAUAAGAAUUGUAAAUGUAUUCUCUCACAGAGGUUAAUCCAAAGAUUAGCCGCUCUUGACACUCAUUCUAGCAACCAAACUUUGUCACUGCCUGAUGCUAAGGGGAUUAUUAUUCACUAACAACUGACAAGGAAAUUGUACAUUCUAGGUUCUAAUUUUUGAUUAUUUUAUUUAUCCUAUUUGUUCGCUUAUUGUCUGAAUCACAGUUGACAAUAAACUAAUUUCGUUUUUCUGUAGACGUGCUGGAAGAAUCUGUAACUUUUUAGAUUAUUUUCUUUAUUCAUAUUAACCUUUUUUGUGAAUAAUUUUUAUAUAUAUUUAAUUUUUUUUUUUUAAUUUUUUUUUUCUAAACUUUAAUCCCAGCUUAGGUUGACCUUUUUUCCUUUUGACAGCUUGUUUGUCAGCCCUGAACAACCUCUCUUUUAAAAUCAUUAUUGUCCCGGAUAAGAAAAGGGCGUGAUAAAAACACAGAUUGUAACUCUUAUCUACUUAUAGACUGUGCCCAGGGCCAGAUUUACUCUCUGCUGUCCCAAAGCCACUUUUCCCCAAUACCCCCAAGCCUGUCAUGUAUAUGAAGCCUGGUGUGUGUUUGUUUGAAUGGAUAAAUGUGACUAGUUUGGUGUGUGUGAAUUAAUGGAUGAAUGGGACUAGUUUGGUGUGUGUGAAUUAAUGGAUGAAUAGGACUAGUUUGGUGUGUGUGAAUGUGAGUAGCUUGGGGUAUGGCUGUAUGAUAAAUAUGACUAGGUGGUUGGAUGGCAAAAAAUGCAAGGUGGGUGUAGGUGACCUGUUAUGUGUAUGAAUGUGACAGGGUGAGUGGGUAUGACUGGGAGGUAAGAUGGGAUUAUCUGACUGAGUAGAUAGGAAAUAUGUUCAGGUCAGAGUAUGUGGCUUAUCGGGUGGCUGUGUAUUUAAGAGGAUAUUUGUGUUGCAUGUUAGUGACUGAAUGUGAAUUAUGUAUUUGUAUAGUGUGUGAAUUUAGUGGUGUGUUUUUAUACAUGCUGGAGUAUAUUUGUGUGACGUUUAUAGUGUGUGCGAUUGUUUGUGUAUGUAUAGGUGUGUUUGUGCACUGUUUCCCGUUUGCUUUUUAUUUCCUCCUCAAAUUAGUUCCUCUCCAUCUUUCCCCUUUUCCCAUAACUCUCCCUUUCUCCAGUUGUUCCCUCCUCUUGCUCCUCCUUUCCUUUACUUGUUCCCCUCUUCUUUCCCCAUCCCUCAUUAGAACCCCUCUUCUUUCCCCAUCCCUCACUAGAACCCCUCUUCUUUCCCCAUCCUUCACUUGAACCCUUCUUCUUUCCCCAUCCCUCAUUAGAACCCCUCUUCUUUCCCCAUCCCUCACUAGAACCCCUCUUCUUUCCCCCAUCCCUCACUUGACCCUUCUUCUUUCCCCAUCCCUCACUUGAACCCCUCUUCUUUCCCCAUCCCUCACUGAACCCUCUUCUUUCCCCACCUCAACCCUCUUCUUUCCCAUCCCUCAUAGAACCCUCUCUUUUUGAACCCCUCUUCUUUCCCCAUCCCUCACUUGAACCCCUCUUCUUUCCCCAUCCCUCAUUAGAACCCCUCUUCUUUCCCCAUCCCUCACUUAGAGACCCUCUUCUUUCCCCAUCCCUCACUAGAACCCCUCUUCUUUCCCCAUCCCUCACUUGAACCCUCUUCUUUCCCCAUCCUUCACUUGAACCCUUCUUUUUCCCCAUCCCUCACUAGAACCUCUUCUUUCCCAUCCCUCCUAAGAACCCCUCUUCUUUCCCCAUCCUCACUGAACCCUCUUCUUUCCCAUCCCUCGCCCAAUUCUUUCCCCAUCCCUCACAUGAACCCUCUUCUCCCCACCACCACAACCCCCCCCCAUCCCUCACUAGGACCCCUCAUCUUUCCCCAUCCCCUCCUUGAACCCUCUUCUUCCCCAUCCUCACUUGAACCCCUCUUUUCCCCAUCCCUCACUAGAACCCUCUUCUUUCCCCAUCCCUCACCCCAGAACCCUCUUCUUUCCCCAUCCUCACCAGAACCCCUCUUCUUUCCCAUCCCUCGCCAGACCCCUCUUCUUUCCAUCCCUCCUUGAACCCUCAUCUUUCCCAUCCCUCACUUGAACCCUUCUUUCCCCAUCCCUCACUGGGAACCCUCUUCUUUCCCCAUCCCUCACUAGAACCCCUCUUCUUUCCCCAUCCCUCACUAGAACCCUCUUCUUCCCCAUCCCUCACUUGAACCCCUCUUCUUUCCCCAUCCCUCACUAGAACCCCUCUUCUUUCCCCAUCUCUCACUUGAACCCCUCUUCUUUCCCCAUCCCUCACUAGAACCCCUCUUCUUUCCCCAUCCCUCACUUGAACCCCUCUUCUUUCCCCAUCCCUCACUUGAACCCCUCUUCUUUCCCCAUCCCUCACUUGAACCCCUCUUCUAUUCUUUACACAAUUGUUCCACUCUUAUCUCCCCCAUCACCUGUGCCCUCUAAUCCCCCCUUCAAUCACUUGUUCUCGUCUUAUGUCCCCUCUCCCUCAGUUGUUUGCAUCUGGUCUUACGUCCUUCCCCUGUGUCUCUCUUCUAAUUCGCCCCCUUGCCCAACAGUGUGGGGGCUUGAGCAGUAACUGCAGGUAUCCGGAGUUACGGGAGGUCGUGAGGGGUUAUGAUGCUAUUAUCUCCAUGCUCUCUCCUGCAGUUCCUUUGACUGCCUGCAGGGGAGAGAGAGGAUCUGCUGCCACAUGUUCCGGAUGAGAAGGGGAAAGAGCUUUUCCACUUCUUACCCGAGGUCUCAUGCUGUACCACCGAUACAGGAUUUUGAGCAGGGCUGCCCCACUCCUGUAUACAGCCUCGGCGGCUUUAUGGAAUAAGCCGGCUAUCACUGUACCUUGGCUCUUUUAAACUACUUAUUUUUACUGUCCGUUAACGAAAUCCCUCCACCUGCUAUUGCAUCAUUCCAUUAUUUAUGUUUUUGUUGUUUUUGUUUCAUUUUCAUAGAGAACCUUUUAUGUUUGCAUUGUUCGGUUACACCUAACGUAUUUAUGAAUAUUUAUCAUAUCACGCAAGUGUUUUCCAAGUUUCACAUGGUUUUAUUAGAGCUUGUCGAAAUUACAAUGACCUAGGACAGGGGUCAGCCACCUAUGGCACUCAAGGCUGCCAGAGCCAAACAGAUAUCUGCUAGUGCAACCUUAGCUUGGAUUUCAGAUGGUGACGGACAAUCCUCAAUUUAUGUAUUGCAGCACUUAGAAAAGCAUUUGAUUGGGCCAUUCUCUCCGGCUCGGAGUGCAUGCGCACGCUCUGAGCUGAGAUUGGGAGACAGGGAGUGUGGGUGGACACAGGGAUGGAGAGAGGGGAUGGUGAAAAAAACAAAACCUUUAAUAUAUUUCUGCAGAAGUAAAUGCAGCCAUGUUGACUUGGCAUGGUCAUUGGCUGCCUAUGAAUUAAAUCUUCUGCUGAUCAAAUACUGGCUUUGUGGCAUGCCUUGGUAUAAUUUUAAUUUGCCAAUCACAAGGCAUGUUCUGCAGUGCCGUAAAUUUGUAAAUCUACAAAUAUAUAAUGAGACAAAUCUGUUGUUCACAUAUACACUGUAUCUUGUGUGGUUUUCAAAAUUUCUGUGAUUAAGUGUUGCAUAACUUGCAAGAUUUGGAGUACAUAUUGGCAUGGAAACUGUAAUUCACACUACUACUAGUUGCUAUGGUAAUGAAACGAGCAUUGAAAUCUAUUGUUUGCCAUUUCAUCUCUAAAAUUAGUCUCUGGGUUCAGGAGCAUCAUUUAUUGAUCCUAAAAUGCUAAAAACAAAUGGCUAAUCUGUAACUCCUAACUUUUUAUAGAACGGCAACAGCCUUAAGGCUGGCAAUGCAUCAUGGGAGCUAUAGUCUUACAGCAGCUAACUGAUAAAUCUAUUGGCCAUCCCUGAGUUCCAGUUCAUACAAUCCACUUAAUUCGAUGGCGGGACAACCCCACUUUUUAAUGGGCAAGGAUUUUAUCCCUGGGUUGUGCCUUAUAAAAUAAUUAACCUCAUUUAGUGACUAUGCUGCUAUUCCAAGUAGUCUAUUUUCCUAUAUAUAAAAAAAAAAAAAAAAUAGUUGCGAAUCUGGUAUUCACAAAAUCAGGAUACAUUGAGAUUGAGGCUGACAAAUGCAUGGUGUCACUGCUCAGGCUGAGAGAAAAGGUUAAAAACAAAAUAAAAAAAACAAACAAUUGUGCCACUUGCCUUUAACCUCUAAUACAGGCUUCCCCAAACUCCGGCCCUCCAGAUAUUGCUGAACUACAACUCCCAUGAUUCAAUGAAUGAAAUAGGCUGAUAAUCAUGGGAGUUGUAGUUCAGCAUCUGGAGGGCCGAAGUUUGGGGAAGCCUGCUCUAAUAGAUCAAUCCUAUAGGGGUUGAUGGGUUUGAAGGUUAGUUUAAUCUGCGCACAGGCAAUUUUGAGGGCUGCUGUAACAUUUAAUGUGGGUUGUCUGGGAAGAAAAUAAGGUCCUAGACUUAUAAUUUGAUUAAAUAUUUGCCUGUCACUUAUAUAUCGAUAUCCACAGAUUCUCAUGCCUGUUAGGCUAACCUCGGGUUUACCAGCACAUACGAUGCAAAAACUAAUCAAAAUCUCAAGUAGCUCACGAAAUAAAGAACGUCAUUAAAAGACUAGAACAGUCAAACCGUACAUGUAAAUUAUCACUGUUCUGAAAGAAGAGAGGUUUAUUUUUAAAGGUGCUUAUAUUUCUGCUAAUUUAGUAUUGGAGUAUAAAUAAAGUCUGUCUGUUUUACUGCAGCGACUGAUCAAACUCUUCGAUUAAAAUUUUAAAUCACAACUUAUUUGCUGUGCAGAAAAUAGUUUGUUCAUAUCGAACUUGUUUUGUUGUAGUUAUGGACUUGUCAGUUAGUUAUUCCACUCAAAAUCAGUCUUCUAUUAAAACACUGUUUUUUGGAGUACCCCUCGCAUGCGUAUUCCCAAGCAAAAAUUACCUGUAACUCCUCACCAAGGCAAAUUUCUCCCUGCAGUCUAAUCCUCCUUUUGUGACGUCACUCCCCCCUCAAUGGAGGUGUAGGGAAAUCCCAAGAUGACGUUUAUGCAUAGAAUUAACAUUAACCUGCCAGAAUCCUCGUUCCGGGCUGGUUCAUGUCGCUGUUGGAGGAAGAGUUACUUUUCUCUGUGAAAUCACGGCACAUGCAGACUCAAAGCACCAUGUUACUGAAGUGGUCAUGGUGCUUGAAUAACCCGUUAGUUCAAUGUUUAGGAUUAUGCCCCGACAAAGGGAGACAAAGCACAUUUUAGAAGUUCUACAACUCCCUUAACAAUUUGCUAUUUUCUGGUUUCGUGAAUAAGCCCACUGGGUUAUCUAAAGCAGACAUUCAGCGUUCUUUGUACGUUUGCUAAUCAGUGCAACUUUUAAUCAGAAUUUAAAAUAAAUAAAACUCUGGCAUUUACGUUUUCUGUAACCCUGAAUAACCAGAAUGUGCUAGAAUUAUUCAUCCCGGAAACGAUAAACAUUACUUGGCAGAUUCCCUUUAACAUUCUUUUUAAAGGUUAGUUGAAUUUUGGGGGGAAAAAAGCAGAAAAGGGCAAUUUUAUUCCCCAUUACUCUUUUAGACACUAUCCCUUGUCACAAUCUUGGUCAUUAUGCUGUUGGGUCAGCCUUCGAUGUUGGAAGCCACUUUCAAACCUUAUAUGUUUGUGUUUUGAAAGAGAAACAGUUAUCACAUGCUUGGACUUGUGCAAUUAUUGCUUAAAAUGUGUUUAUCAUUGUUUCAUCUAUGUAAACACACUCAAACCUGAUCUAGGUUAAAGGAACACUACACAAACGUGUUCGGAACAAGAAGCACAUGCACAGAACUUGUCCAAUUCCCUAUGAGCAACAUUUGAUGGUGUCCGAUGUCCUAAAGGAAGUCAAAUGUCACAUGACAGAGUCAAGCUAAGUCAAAAUAGUGGGAGCUCCUCUAGUGGCUGUCGGGAAGGAAACAACUAGAGGUGUGUUUAACGCUGUAAUGUAAACAUAGUCUUAUCAAUAAAACGGCAAUGAUUUUCAUUGCAGGGCUAAAGUGAGCGGCAAGACACCACGCCGAUGGGAUAAAGUGGGCUGGGUGCGUUAAGUGUCCCUUUAAAUAUGAAACUUCUGUUGAGUUCCAUAUUCGGCCACUAAAUUUCAAUAAAAGGGGCAUCUAAAGGUAAAUUCCACACCUCCAGCUGGGGCUCCAGUUCCCAGGAACCGCUGGCAGCCAAAACCACAGAUAAAGGCUAGCAAAUGUUCUUUGGACUUCAGGGGCCUGCAAUAUUUUGCACCCCAGCCCGUAUUUACAAAACAAAUCCGGACGACCUCAACAUUUUUGCAAAGCAGUCUCCGAAUUACAGGGAAUGUAGACAGGAUGCAAGUGAAGCACUUAAAUCUGGGCCAAAUUAAGUUAAUCUGCAACUGAAUGCUCAGAUACAGUGAUAAUUAGACCGAAUUGGCUGCCUGCUAUCAGAGUGAAUUGAAAUUCUGUGUUUGCUAAUUAUGCAAAUCCUUUUUUUUUUUUUAUUCCCAUUUAUAAAUUUUUUAUUUUAUUUUUUUUUUAUUAUUCCUGGAUGAUAUUGAAUGAGAUGUGCCCUUUCAGUAUAUAUAAUAGGAUUUAACCUGGCCUUUAAUAAAAGUGAGAAUUCGGUGAGAAAAACUCAGUUUUUAUCAUUUGGAUUCUAGCAGACAACACAUUUGGUAUUUCAGAAUUUGUCCUGUAUCUGGCUAAUGUAAGAGCUUUCUAUCAGCAAACAUCAGAAUCUAAACCUUGUAACAAGCAUGCCAUUUGUAAAAGAUAAUAAGAAAAAAAUCACAAUUUAUUAAUCCCCUCCCCCCCUCCCCGACUCCUUUUUGAUGGUUAUGACCUCCAUAAAUAACCACCUUAUUUUUUUUUCACUGAAUGUUGUAAAUUACCUGAAAAUUUCCCCUCAUAUUUUCCUUUAAAAAUUUGGAAGUUUGAAAGUAACACAAAAAUAUAAAUUUAUUUGUUAUUGCAAAGUGUCUGGUCUUUUGCUUAUAUUUUUGCCGUGUAUCUGUCAAAGCCAAUUGACAAGCAAGAGUUGUGUGUGUGUGUGUGUGUGUGUGUGUGUGUAUUUAUAUUCUCGGUGAAACGUUGUAUAAAAUAUAGGAUUGGCUGAGAGUAUAUUUUUUUUAAUUUUAUUGAUUUGGUUCCAACAUUGCAAAGGAGAUUAAUUAAAAGGGUUAAUGGAAGCUCAAACUAAAUUUAGAUCAGCCCACUUUUUAAAAAAUAAUUUUACUACUCUUAUACAAAUAAGUGGAAGCAAGGCGUGGAGUUGCAUUCAUGAAUUAAUUAGCAUUUGAACAGCUAUGUGUACAAUCUGAUCAGCAGUAAUUGUUGACUAAAUUGGCAGAUAUAUUUAUAUUCUCCGCCAGCGUCCAUUAAACACAUCGAAUAUGGUGUAAUUAUCUGUUUUUGUUAAAAAAAAAUAAAAAAAAAAUUUGCAUAACUUUUAUGAAAAUAUUGGCCUCGUGUGACUAUAUGAUUAUACUCUCGUGUGUGUGUGUGUGUAUGUAUGUAUAUAUAUAAUAUAUAAUUUAUUAAAUUUUUUGUAAUUUAUUUAUCCAGUGAGUGGUCCUCUCAAUAAUGACUUCCCUUUCUGUGGAGUAAAUUUCCUGUGAUAAUCAGCAAUUCAUAAGAGGAAUGUUUUUUUUGUUUUUAUGGUUUUUUUUUUUUAUAUACAAAUCUGUGGUUACAAUCGCUACAGCGCCCAAUGUUAUACCAUCACUGAUGUAAUUUCAUUGAACAACAAACAACCCCCCACUCCACAUUAUUGAAGAAUAAAGCACUGACAGGGACAUCUGGCAAUUAACUACUUAAAGACUGUUCCUGGGAAUAAUUAUAGGUGAGCCAAGAAUUCUUCCUUCUCUGCCAUUUAGAAAUGAGCAUGUAGGGUUAGUAAUUGCAGUAAUUACACAUUAGAAUAGAAUGGAUGUGUUUUGUGUGUGUGCUUUUUCCAUGUCAAAGGGGACGUCAGUCACUCUAUAAUAGGCACAGGCAACGUUCGACACUCCAGAUGUUGUUGUGAACUAAAUCUCACCUGAAGCUUUGCCACUACUAUGGCUGCAAGUGUAUUAUGGGAGAUGUAGUCCACAACACCUGGAGAGCCAAAGGUUGCCUACCCUUGCUCUAUACUACGAAUGGGUUUUCUUUAAUUAUUCAAAUUUGCAAGGAAUUACUCAGCCAAUCAUGGAUCUCCUUUAUUUCACAGGCAACAAUGUGCAUAACUUUUUUUAAACUACUACUUAAUAGGAGUUUUUUUUGCAAUUAUAUAGUCUAAAACACACUGCAAACAGUUGCAGCUCUGUUACCAUUAUAGUUGCACAUUAUACAUAAAGUAAGCAAUUUGCAUAUUUGACUGUUGUGAAAGCUAGCUCAAGAAAGACAUUGAGAGUCCACACAAGUCAUCUAGUAGUUCUGUGAUCUAGGGGAUAAGUGUCUAGUAUCUUUAUUACAAAAAGAAUCCCAGGAAACAUCACUGGAGAGUUAAGACUUGGACUUGUCACUUUCUGAGCUGCUGUGACUGGGUAUCUUUCAAUGAUCUGUAGGUAAUGCUGAAUAUAUCAACGUUGUUGUAUUUUGUCAUUUAAGGUACCAGUUACCAAAGUCCCUGGUAAUUUCCUGAUAAGAACUGCUCACUUAAGUGAAUUAUUCCAUUAACUUGAAAGCACAUCUACUAACCCAGUCAGUGCAUGUAUAAAAAUUAAAUUGCAUAAAAACGUGAACCUAAUUUGACAGGUUUUUGCAGUCUCUAAUAAACAAAGGGAGGGCCGGGAUUGGCUCAACAAUUUUGUUUGGUUAGGAUAUUCACAUUGGAUUACAACCCACAAAUUAGGGCUCCAUUUAAUACUGACUUUUCAUGACCGGUUCCCUUUUAAGUUCGAACAUCUCAGUUAAUAAAGCGCUUGUCAUAGUGAUAAAUGAUAUACAUAACUGCAUAAGCGAUGCAUGCUGGCAGUGCCCUAUUACAGGAUCAAUCAGUGUUACGCUGAUGGUACACUCACCCUUCUGCGCCAAACACUCAAGUGUGGUUACCAUGUUUAUAAUAUAUCACAGAUUAUUGUAUUGGGAAAAAUAAAUAUCAAUAUAUAUUUUAAAAAAUAUAUUUUUUUAUUCACUAUUAUUUGGGGGUGGGCACAGUUCCAUCAUCACUCUUUUGGAUUAAGAUGGAGAUCUGUUCUCUUUUAAAGUGGUCAGCUUUUGAACAGCCAUCUUCUCUCUCGUUUAAUAAAUCGGACAACAUCACGGAGCCAUGUACAGAUAAUCACCGUAACAAAGUUGAUCCCCUUUAUAGUGCCUUACACUGCAAGGGGCGUGCAGUGUGUGUAGUGUGAGAGAGACUUUGAAGUUUAGAAUUGGGGAUGAGUGUUGCAGGGUCUGAGAGGGGAGCAUCACUAAAGCUCGACUUUUUGUCAACCUGCAGUUAUACAUAAGUACACUCCAGGUGUCAUUGAUCCUGUUGACCUUCGCAUUAUCAAGAUGGUCAACUGAGGUCUGCUAAAGCCCAUUGGUGCACAGGUGUGAUUUCCAGAUGUCUGUUUUAAAAAGUUUUUUUUUUUUAAAAGCUGGUGCUGAGGAAGACCUUGCAAGACAAGAACUAAUAAAAAAACCAAAAAACACAAGUUACAUUGGACCCAGGGCCAAACAAAGGUUGGUUGGUGGGAUCAGAGUUUCCGGAGUAAGGGAACCCUCCGCUGGGAUCUCAGGUAUCAAAAAAGUGACAAAGCUGCUUUAAAAGCCAGAGGAGCCAAUUCAUGCAUGAGAUUCGCCUUUCUUUUAGAGCAGAUAUGCCGUUUUCACAGCAAAUAACUCCAAACCAUUUAAGGGAUCUAUAUCUGUCAUCUAGAAUAUCCUGUUUUUCGUAAUCUAAGUGUUGUAGUCUUUGAAGAUGUCAGCACAGCUUUGAAAGAUUAUAUAAAGAAGAUGCUUUAUUUGAGUGACACAGGUCUCUGGUAAAAUAUAACUUCAAAUUCAAAUGGGAAUGGGCUGGUCAGUACCAAAAAAGUUUAAUGUUUCCAUGUAGUUUAGCUGGUCACGUAGGCAGUGGUGGAACUCAUGUAGACAGGGCCCUGGUGAAAGGUUGGCCAAAAGGUAGACACAAUUCCCACAAUGCUCAUUCUUGCAGGGUUGCAUUUGUAACCAGGUUGUGUGUGUGUGUGUGUUUAACUUAUGCUGUGUUGGUGUUUGAAGGCAGGAGUGUAUUUGCAUGUAGUGUUUGCAUUUAAAUGCAAGGGCAUUUGUGUGCAAUGCCGGCAAUUGAACACAGUUGCGUGUGCAGGAGGGAGCUUCUUCUGAGGUCUGGUGCAACCUUGAGGGCUUCCACAAUCGGCCGCACAAUCAAAACAGCAGAACUACCGGUCCCCUCUACUCCCUCCAAAGAGCAGCUGAGGGCCCCCAAACAGUCUUGGGCAACGGUGCACCACUGGUAGUUCUGCCGCUGCAUGUAGGACAAGAAAGACUUUUCAAACAUACUAUCAUUUUAUCGUGUUAAAAACCUGAUUUUUAUUUAAAUUUUUAUAUUGUAGUCCAUACAAUCUACAGUCUAAUGAAAAAUAACUAGACACAAUAAUCGAUCUCCAGACAUUACUCCUAUUUUAUGAUUUUUAGUUGAAAUACCAUAACCACUACAUUGUGCUCUAGUGGUUAUGGUGUGAGGAGCACUCUGGUGCCGCCUCAAAGUAAGUAAUCAAAAGUUAUUUGACUUUUUACCUGGGCACUGCGGGCGUUGCUCCCCGCCUCCUCUCAGCGUCCAGGAGAGCUGCAAGUUCCUUCUUAGGAGCUUCCAUUAUCUCUCUGAAAAAGUAUAUUCUGCAUAAACUUCUGUUUUUCAUAUGUAAAGUAAAUGCUAUCUAUGAAAAUGAGAUAAAAACCAUGGUAGACACAAAGUAGCAAAGGACCUUAACCUUUAAUUUCUCAGCCAGCGUUUGGCUUGUCUGAUGUUUGUGUUGGCUGUGGUUGAGCUAGCCAUUGGCUACCCAUGUCUAUAUGCAUUGUGUCCCAUAUGAGCAGUACACACACAGAUCUGGCUCUCUGUUUAUGACUCUCAAUACACUGUAGCACUGAAUUAUACAGGUAGAUUUUUGUCCAUUCUGACAGGAAACAAAACCAUCUAGGUUCAAAAGCUUCUCUGUGUUUUAAGUCUAGGAAGUGUGGCGUGGUGUGACUGUUGUAAACUGCUGACUUUUAUAGAUGGAAAAUAAUUUGCAGUACAUUCUGUUUUCAGCUUGGGACUUCCUUAGUGCUGUGGCUUUUAAAGUGCAAUUAAAUAAACUCCUUUCUAGUAACUGUAUUGUACAAUUUCUACAAACUAUCAUUGAGAAACGUAAUCACUGGGAACCUUGUAAAACAUUUCUAGAAAAUGGCUGGUCUUACUUGCCCCUGUAAUAAUGAUUUUUAUUUUAGCAUUUAUUUAGGUUUUAGGCAGUGCAUUAUAGAAGAGAAAUAUUGCAAGAGUUAGUUCAAAAAGUACAAAGAGCAAAAAGGAUCUGAAGGGAUAGAUAGCAUUGCAACAUGUUUCCCAAAAAAUAAAUAAUAAAUAAUAAAAAAAUAAAAAAAACAGAUGCAAAAACAUAAUGCAAUACAAUUAGAAGCUAGCUAGUUUUUCACAUUUCUAUAAGUUAAGAGGUAACUCUGUUAGUUCCUAGGAUGGAGCAAGUAUCUUGUUCCUAUUCAUGGAGAUUAUCCACCUAUAUUUAUAUGAUACAUGAGCAAAACUUAUUUUUGCAGGUACCCUUGUUCAUUUGUUAAACCAAUUAUGGCAAAUUUGUAUCCCUUUGUCAUCCAGUGGGUGAAAAUGUUAACCCAAUUACAAAGUGACAAACAGCUUAACCCCUUAAGGGCACAACUUCUGGAAUAACAUGGAAUCAUUACGGAAUAUUUCCGUCAUGUGUCCGUAAGGGGUUAAACAUUUUUGUAUACUGUAGAAUAAAAAAAAAUCAUGUUGAGGCCAGUGGAUGAAACCAUUAACUGUGUUAAGGAAAAAAGUUCAUGCAAUAUAUAAAAUGGUCUAUUCCAGUCUCUAUCUAGAUAUUGAUGAAAUCACCACUACUCACUCAUUAUCUAGUACAAAUCUAUGAUGGUCGCAAUUUGGUACAAGUAAAGGAAAUAUUCGUCAAACCAAACAAAUAUUUGAAUCGUUGUACCAAGAAAUCAGGCUGUUUCCUGCUAAAUUCUCAUGUAAGCCAGGUUUGCAGAUAUGUAAUUUGGUUUAAUACCCCCGUGUAAAGGAAUGGUGAAAUCCACAGUAUCUCUAGGGCAGUUGCAUGGACCCAUGACAAAGUGAUAUGAAAAUAAUUUAUCCUGGAAUUUCAUACAUAGGAUAUUUAUUGCUCCAUCAAUUAAAGUCUACAGCUUUGUUCCCAGUGCACCGUCAAGGCUUUCAAAUGCAGUUAGAGAGGUAGCCUGUGGGAUCCUAAUCCUUCUCUUCCUUGGUGCAAGUCUCCUGUGUACCCGAAUGUUUGGAGAGUAAGUGGCACCAUCUGUGUAUGCACCACGUCUCAAGUUACAGAUCUGAGAUCUGAGCAAUGAAUUUGAUGUUUAGAUGCAGAGUGUUUUUAAUGUACCCACGGGAUUGAUUUUCAUAAGAUCCACGCAGGGAUUUAUGGAGGCAUUGUUGGGUACUCGGGGUUACAGUCCUAAACGCCAUGAAGGCAGGUAUCUCCUACCCUAUCAUUUUCUGAGUAACCGUUCAAAACAUGUUGAAAGCAACUCUUGACCAAAUAACAAACCCUAAAACUCCAAAAUUAUCCAAACCCCGAAUUUUGUCCUUACCUUGGUGGCAGUUUUUUAGAAUGGAGUCUACAUUUUUUAUGGCCCAUGACAUUGUGCGUGUUUAGACAAACUGUGUAUAUAUUCUCUAAUCUGCAUUCACAGUGUAUCUGAUUCUAGAAUAAAAGACUACGUUAAAAAUCCCAGCCACCAAUUUGCACUCUAUUCCAGACCCUCACGCAGAUGUACAAAGUAAGAACGCUAAACAUCCGGUCCUUAAAAUACCACAGAUUCCACCCCCCACGGCUUAAAUUUGAAAAAGAAAAUAGGGUUUACAGUGGGGUGGUGGGACAGUGGAAUGUGUGCAAACAUCUUGAUGUCUCUUUUAGAAAACAAGCCAUAUGGUUACUGAGACUGUUCUAAUGAAUGUCUGUCUUGAUACAAAUGGAUUGUCAACACACGAUCCCAUGAAACACUCCGGCACUCGUAGAGCAGUCGGCACACUUACCGUUCCAUAUCUUUGUCUGAGACUCCUCACUAUUGAGUGGCGUGAGUUGUAAGCAAGCAGAUGCAUUGCAAAUACCUGUUUUUAUUAAAUUACAAUCCAGAUGAGCGAAGGCUAGGAAAACGCAUCAAUGUAAUGAGAAGGUUAAUGCUUUCAUUGACAUCUGGCAACUCUACGCUAGAAUGACAGAGAACAUAAGCCGAACGACGAUAAUGGGGAACGUUUUGAACAUGAUGCUACAAUGACUUUGAAUAGACAAAAAAUGGCAAUGAUGGACUAUUACAUUAGCUGAUGAUAAUGGUUUUAAUAAAAAAAAAAAAAAAAAAGCUAUUCAGGGAGCCUGUUGCUUUAUAUCAUGACUGAAUAAUAUUAUACAGUAUUAAUCAAGUGUAACAGUAGCAUGCUUGAUGUUAAUUGAAAACACACACAUAUUAAAUCUUGUCAUAUGGAUUCAAAUAUGCUUCUGCCUUUGUACGAAAAAAUCUGGUGCUCUGUGGAGGAACACUGCACCGUAGUUUUUGAGACAAUUUUUUUUAUACAUUUUAGUUGUUUAUUUCUAUUCUUUUUUUAUUUUAUAUAAAGAGGUUCUAUUAAAGGUAAGUGUUAUUGGAUGUAGUUGCCAUUUUGGACUAUAAGUAGGUUGAGCUUUGGUUGGUUAAAAAUAAACAGCGAAUCGAAACGCCACCAUGUGUCUUCCUACCAUAUGUCAUGGUCUGCUCGCUAUACGAAUGCCGCUAGCAACAGUAAACUUAAUAGAAAAGACCUAUAACUCUUAUUAAAUUGCCUCAUUGUGCGGUUUGAUAAAAGCCAUUUAUGUUAAGGUGUUUAAAGCAUUUCUCUCAUUGUACACGGGUAGGCGUUCAUUUGUGGGAAACAAACAUUUAUUUUUUUUCCCCUUUAGGCAAGUGUUUAAUCGAUAUUGCACAAAGGUUAGGUUUAAAUAUAUGCAAUGAUUGCUUUCAGGCCUGAAAGGUAUAUUUAAUGUAAAAUGUUAGAACCACUACAAAGUUUAUUCAUUCAUGUGAAUAACCUGCAAGAAAAAAAAACCAUUAAUUUUUUUUUUUUUUUUUAUUUAUUUAUUUUUUUUAAACCCUCAAGAUUCGUACAUUCUUUUGAACAACAAAAAAAGUAUAAAUUAUUUUCCAUAAAUAUCAAGCAGAUCACAAUGUUUGGAGAUAUGCUUCAGCAGAAAUGGCCAAACAUGACUUAGAGAUUUAGGGGUCUGGCCCUUUGCAAGGACCCUGGAGUGCUAAUCACUACUUCCGUGUGCUGGACCAUUUCGUUACAAUGAAUAGCAUUUGUGAAUAGCAUUUGUGAAUUCUAUGUGUGAAUAGCAGCACCAAGUUAACACUCCAUCGCCGUAAAGGUUUUUAGUGUUUUACUGUUCAGCAUAUGCGUGUCCUUAUAGAGUGUGGAUUCCUUGUUGUUGUUAUUAUUUUAUUUAUUUAACGCUAGCAAAUUCCGUAGUGCUGUACAAUUGUUCAGCAAGGGAUGACCUCUUCUGGCUACUGCUGUUGGCUAGUGCUUUCAUAGUGAGGAUGGUGGUCCAAAUAAACUUGAGUGCUCUAACUUGUGUAUGCCAAUGGAAAACGUGUGCAUUAUUAAGAUAUUAACUGUCUUGGUAUCUUUUUCUCUUUGCAGACCUUCACAGCGUGGUGUAACUCACAUCUCCGUAAAGCCGGUACACAGAUCGAGAAUAUAGACGAAGAUUUCAGAGAUGGCCUUAAACUCAUGUUACUGCUUGAAGUCAUUUCAGGUGAGCAUUCUCCGUGUGACUUUCAUCACAGAGCUCAAACUGCUGUCCUGCCAGGAACGUUAUCUAAAGUUUGUUUCACUUCUCUCUGUUAAUCACUUAUUUGAAAGCUAUUAACCCUAAUAUGGACCCUUUUCUGAGGUGGAUUGCCCUUUAAAAAAAACUCCAAAAAACAUAAAAUAUAAAAUAAAAAAUGGCAGCUAAGGGGUUCAUCUCUAAAUGUGCAGCAUUUUAAAGCAAAAUACUGCACAUACAGCCUUCAGGCACCAUGACCACUGCAAAUCAUUGAAGUGUUAAUGGUGCUUGUAGUAACCCUUUAUAGAAACACUAUAGGUUCAGGAAUACAAACAUGUAGUCCUGUCCCUAUAGUGUUAAAAUCACUAUUUCGGUGCCCCCACCCCUCACUUUAUACCAGUCCAGCGUUGGUCCUGCUCCUUGGCUGAGAUCAUCCUAGUUGACAAUCUCAGCCAAUCCAAUACAUUCCCAUGGGAAAGCAAUGGGAGAUUAUUGCACAUGCGCGGCAAAACGCUGCGCCGAUCAGCGCUUCCAUGCAGAAUUUGGAGACAUUGAAUAUCAGUGCUGCAGACUGUGCAGCACUGAUCCAGGAAUUACCUCUAGUGGCUGUCUGAGUGACUGCCACUGGAGGUAUCCCUAGGCAGUAAGGCAAACACUGCCUUUUCUCUGAAAAAAUACCCAUCAGAAAAAUUACAUUUAGCUGUAGUGGCUCUGGUGACUAUAGUGUCCCUUUAUCCAAAAAGUGACACCAAACAAAUUUCCUUCUGUAAAGGUUUGUAUUGCAGAGCUGCAUAAAUGAAAGGUAAAUAUAAAUCUAAAUUAACCAAUGCCUUAACAAGGAUUCUACAUGUUUACCAAUAGUAAGAAGUUGGGUAACCAUAGCUCCAAGAGAUCCUCCCCUUUCUAUUCGCGUCCUGUUUUAUAAAUCUCCAACAUACAACUCUUGGGAGACACCAUGACAUGGAUCUCUGGUGAGAUGUUUCCUAGAUCAUUGUAUUUGCCAAAUAGCCUUUUGCUUUUGAUGAUAUGAAUACAUUGGGAUUCUAAAUACAAUGAAUUAACCCACAGGUAACAAUAUAUCUUAUUGAAUUGUUUUUACCACGGAAUAGGUGAGCGUUUGCCCAAACCAGAGCGAGGCAAGAUGCGUGUACAUAAAAUCUCCAAUGUCAACAAAGCCCUGGACUUUAUUGCCAGUAAAGGGGUGAAGUUGGUGUCUAUUGGUGCAGAAGGUAAGAUUUCUACAUUUUGUGUGUUCUGUGUAUGUUUUAGAAAUAUUCAGCACAGUCUGUGGAAACAUUUAUUUCAAACCCUUACAUCAGAAGUACAUACCUGCUAGCUGUUUGUUUGUAAGAACAUGUGCACGUCCGAAGAGCCCCAAUUACAGAUAAGUAUGGAUCUCGAAGUAUUAAUUUGAUCGCAAUUAACCUUUGUUAAAUGCUUAAUGCUGUGCUACUUCUGAUUCUAAACCGUAAUAAUGUGCUGAUCGAAAUUGUGUCAAAUCCUUGGAAAUUCUGUUUAUUUAAUAUACCAACAUAGAUGGUGUGUGUGUGUUAGAAUAUAGAAAGUGUGAAAUAUUGUUUCUAGAAUGCCUGUUUAAAUUAUGCAGAUUCUGCAUCUAAUUCAGAUGUUUUACAAGGCCGACAGAGAAUCUCUGUCUGACCUUUUACUCAUGUAGUUAAAUUUGUGAAACCGGGACUUCUUAGCUUAAUAUCGAAUUGUUACUCUUUCUAAAGUCCUUAUAACUGCUGCCAUUACUGUGGGGCCCCCGCUGCACGAAUAUAAAUUAUAAGCUCCUAAACAACCUUUUAUCUAUACAUCUGACUCCUGAAUCACAUUGUCUCUCUGAUGGUGGAGAUAAAUCUCCUUGGGUACAAAUAAUAGUACUCUGGCCUCAACUGCUUAGCGUUUGUGCUCACAGAGCAGGUGUUUCCUUUUUUCAGUUUGACAUAACCGUGACCGUUUCUUAAUUUAGGUAUUUUUUUUGUUUUGUAUGUCUUCGAGACUUCAUUUGUUUCAAAAGCUUUAUUCGUCAAAGUUCUAUUAUUCAAAUGAUUCAAAAUAUUUUUUGCCAAAAGGUGAAUAUGCCCCAAUUCAAAACGUGAGUUUUUUUUUAAAUAGAAUUUGAUGACCCAUACAGGAGGAUUCUUUCAGUAUAUUACUACAAUUUACGUGGUUUUACCAUUUUUAAUGGAAGUGCUAAUAAGCAAGUCAAAAAUAAUUUUCCGUAUUCAGUUCAAGUUAUUUUCAUUUUUCCUGUUCAUUUAUUAUCUAUAUAAUUUUUUACAUUUAUUUUACUAGUUGGGUGGCUGCCAUAUUAAAUUUGACUUAAAAUCUAGAAAGUCAUUCUUAUUAUAAAACUGUUCUAAAGAGUUUUGUUUGCAAUAUCUACCAUUUUAUGUUGGGUGUUUUGUAGCCUAAAACAUAGCGAUGAAAUAUAUAUUUUGAGUUUAAUACCAUUAUAAACAGUUCUUUGUUAAGUAAAGAUAGUGGGUGAUUUUUUUUUUUUAAUGUUAGCCAAUACUGGGUGUGAAUAUAAUUUAUAUUGAAAUAUAAUUUUCUAAAUAUUCUGUUGCAUAGCGUGUUAGUUGUGCUUUAUUAAUGAAUGAAAUCAACAAGAUCAAAUAUCGAGUAAAUGCAGGACCUGAAUUAAACCUUUUUAAUAACAUAAAAAGUGACUAAGCAAGAGUUACAGAAACACAGGCGAUUCUAGAGCUAUUGAGAGAACGUCCUAAAUCGCUCAUUCUUUGUUUAACUAUAUUCACUUAUAAGAGUUCUACCAUUCUGUUGUAGCCUACCAAUCAGUCUUUUUACAUUAUUCUUGUAUUUAGCAUUUACAUAGCACCAAGAUAUUCUGCAAUGCCUUAAAAUCAUAGAAAGGGGCUAUUUAGAGGUGAAAAAAGCCCAGCUUAAAGGAGCUUACAAUUUAUGAGGCUUUGACUUAGGCGGAUAUAUAUCAUUCAAUGUCUUGCUCAGGGGUACUUACUGGAUAGGUGGCAUGACCAGGAUUUGAACCUUAGCCAAAAUAGUAUUAUAUGAUUUCUGAUGCUGCGGCUCCAAAUUAACAUGUAAAUUGGUGGCAGAUGGACGCUUGGUCGCUUGCUUAUUUAAAAAAAAUAAUAAUUUAUAUGCACCUUAACAUACAAAAACAGGUGGUUGUGUGUUUCUGUAAAAGACAAUCAGGACUCGUUUUUUUUUUGUUUGUUUUUUUUGUCUGACAUACAGAGUGAUUAUAUUAAACAAAUCAUCAUAAAACAUCUUUAUUUUCUUUUUAGAAAUUGUAGAUGGAAAUGCUAAAAUGACUCUGGGAAUGAUUUGGACGAUUAUCCUCCGGUUUGCUAUCCAGGACAUUUCUGUUGAAGGUGACGUUUGUUUGUUUUUUUUAACAUUUUUAUUUAGUUAAUCGAACAGAAAAUGCUUGUGUAAUUUACAUUUUGUUUAAUAUUAAAUGUAUUUAUUUUCACUUUUAAAUUGUACAAUCAAUGGUGUAACUUUGACAAUGAUGUGGGUGCUAAUUAAUAUUUGUAAUUUUAAAGAACAUUUACAAAGGUUUUCGACAUUUAAAUGUAUAUGUUAAUACUUUUUUACGAUAUUGAUCGUAGUCUUCAUACAAAUAUGUAUCGUAUGUUUAGCUUUAAAGUGAGCAAAUAUAGCCGUAAUUCCAGCUAAAGCCCUACAUCUUGCCAAGUUAUAAUCCCGAACACAAGGUGCUAACGCUGCGGCUACAAGCAGCAGGUCUCACGACUGUAAUCAGCUGCUCCUACCUCGAGAUAGAUCUGAGGCCUGCGGAGUCCUGCUCGGAAGGCACAAGGGAGGCUGUGGCGUGCCUGCCCGGGGGCAUCUCAAGCAAAAGCUCCCCCUCUCCCCCUGCCGGUGAGGGACAUCCCGGGAAACAUCACCACAUGCAGCCCUGCAUCCAGCUCUCCACUGCCCCCUCAGAACGACUCGAUCACCUGUUUGUUGCCUUCUGGGACACGCUAUCCCGCCGCAGAGGCACCAUCGAGCAGACCCAACAGAACACCAUCCCGAGUGUUACCACACAGGGACCUUCAGACCCUGGACGGAACAUCGGUGCUGCACGAACGGUGGAGGGAGAAGGCGAAGGAACAGACGAUGGCCUCAGGGCCGCAGAACAGCGGAAAGCCACCUUACAUCAGAGCAGAGUGCUGCACGGGGUAGACCCUCUCCCCCCAAAAAACCCUCUCCCCCCGGGAGUUCACUACACCGCAUCUAAAGAGACACCCUACCCGAGUUCAAGCAGCAUGCUGUCAUGAAACUCGAGCACAAGCCCUGGACGCAUACAGCAACGAAACCUGCAAACUCAGAACACCAGACUGUGUUGGUAAUGGGGGUUCGGGGGGCACUGCCAAUAAGGAACUGAACACUCAUUCGUGCCUGGAGAGUAUUCAGCACUCGAUGGGCAUCAGCUAAACCCCUAUGGGCAACUCACAAGCUUAACAGCCAAACCUCCCCUGGAGACAAUUGCCUGGCUCCUGGACUACCUCCACAUUGCCUAUUGCUUGUUCCUGACAACGGCUGGCUGCAAACUCACCAGAGCACACAUGAGUACUACCUAGCGGUUACCCAAAGCUUACAGUUUCACAUCUUGAAACACACUCAUAUUUUAAUGUAACCUACCUUGUUACAUCCCAGUCAACGUGCAUAAAAUAUACCUUUCUACCUCUCUUGAUCAAGCAACCACUGACUGGAACAAUUUAAACAUGUUUAAUAUAAAAUACCUGUGCAGUUUUCCUCAUGUGCCACAAUGCUUUACAAUUUGAAUUGCCUAUGUUUUACUAUGUUUUAAAAAUCUUUUAUUUUGUUGUGCAUAAGAUUGGCAUACACAUGUAUACCAAUCUUAUGCACAACAAAAAUAAAGAAUUAAAAAAUACACUGCAUUAGAAAUAAUAAAAAUAAAAAAAAACUAAGUUAAAUUAAAGUCCCAUUAAAGGGAUACGUAGAUCAAAGGAAGGUCCAAACAUCUUUCAUAUGAUCUUUACACUAGAAUGCCAACUUUUACAUGUUGAGGCAACUAAACCAUUUUGAAACAAAAUUUGGCAAGGUAUAUUUUUCAAUGUGAAAACCUAUAUCAAACAAUCCAGUAUAUUUUGAUCUAGGUUGGUGGUUAGUGACCAUUUUUGGUGUCAAGGUUAGCCCUAAUUGGUCAAAAGCUAUAGACGUUUAAGUCCAGGAGGUAGCUGUUGUGGCUGCAUGCUACAGCAGAUGUAUGGCCAACCUGCCAGAAUUGUGUGCAAUGAUUGUAAUGCAUUUAUGUAUUAAGUCGACGAAACCGUAUAACCUUGCGUGUAUAGUCUAUAUGUUACAUCACUGUUUUAAUAAUUCAUCUCUCACCCACUAUCAUUCUAUAUAUCCCUAACAACCUUUUAACAUGGUAUGUAUGUUACCUUUUUCAUAGAAACGUCGGCCAAAGAAGGUUUGCUGUUAUGGUGUCAGAGGAAAACUGCGCCAUACAAGAAUGUAAAUAUCCAAAACUUCCACAUCAGGUCAGUGGUGAUGUAUGUGGAAUACCCAAAAUGUACUUCUAGAAAUCUGAGGAUUCAUUCAUUAAUAUUGUUAAAGGAGCACUAUAGGGUCAGGAACACAAACCUGUAUUCCUGACCCAAUAGUGUUUAAAUCACCAUCGGGCACCCCCCUUGCCUCCCUAAAUAUAGUAAAAUCUUACUUGUAUUCAGGUCUGCAGCUGCUGCCUCUGCCUCUGAUCUGUCUGCUUGGCUGACCUCAUCAGAAGUGAUUCUGUGAGCCAGUCACAAUGCUUUUCCAUAGGAUUGACUGAGACUGUCAAGGAGGCAGAUCAGGGGCAGAGCCAGCACAAGUCAAUCCCUGGCCAAUCAGCAUCUCCUUAUAGAGAUACAUUGAAUCAAUGCAUUUCUAUAAGCAAAGUUCAGUGUCUGCAUGCAGAGGGUGGAGACACUGAAUGGCAGUGCUGCUCACUGUGUUGGUAAUGGAGGUUCGGGGGGCACUGCCAAUAAGGAACUGAACACUCCAUUCGUGCCUGGAGAGUAUUCAGCACUCAAUGGGCAUCGGCUAAACCCAUAUGGGCAACUCACAGGCUUAACAGCCAGACCUCCCCUGGAGACAAUUGCCUGGCUCCUGGACUACCUCCACAUUGCCUAUUGCUUGUUCCUGACAACGGCUGGCUACAAACUCACCAGAGCACACAUGAGUACUACCUAGCGGUUACCCAAAGCUUACAGUUUCACAUCUUGAAAUGCACUCUGUACAGCACUUCCCCAGGAAGCACCUCUAGCAACCAUUUGAGGAGUGGCCAGUGGAGUUAUCCCUAGGCUGUAAUUUAAACCCUUCAUGGUCUCUGAAAAGACCGUGUUUACUGCAAAAAGCCUGAAAGGAAUGAUUACACUCACCCAAAAAAAUGCAAUAAGAUGUAGUUGUUCUGGUGACUAUAGUGUCACUUUAAUGAUCCUGUUUGAAAAUGUUGUUUAAUAGAUUAAUAUUAUGUCUGGAAGCCUUAAUAGACCAUCUGUGCCAUACUAAAGUCACAGAAAAGUAUUGAUGUGAAAUGUUAAGGAUGUUCAGAAGGAACAAGAAUGUAUCUCAUUGUUUCCGAAUUCUAAUUAUCCACCCGUAGCUGUUCCUGGGAAAGCUUCAAGUUACAAUUAUUCUCAUGUGGCAUGAUUUAAAAAUGUUCUAAUUUUUAGGCCAGAAUUGUAAACAUUUAAAAAAAAAAAAAAAAUUUUCACCAUAUAUAUCUUUUUAUAUAUCUUAACCAUCCAAUAUUAUACAUCUAUAUAUUUAUAUCUGUAUUUUAUUUUUUUCCUUUUUUAUUUUAUCACAUAUUGUACACUUUGUGUUUGUAUCUUUGUUUUGUUGAUUAUAAUAGUUUUGUACUGUCUCUACAGCUGGAAAGAUGGUCUUGGCUUCUGCGCACUCAUUCAUAGACAUCGGCCAGAACUCAUAGACUACGGCAAGUUACGGAAGGUACAUUUAUGCCCUUUGCUGUAAAUUCUGUAAUCCUGGAACAAAAUGAGUGUAGGUUCUAUACUUUUCAUAUUGCUAAAAUCUAUACAUUUUGAUUAUUGUUCAUAUUAAAUGAACCUACAGCUAAAUCUUUUAUGUUAAAAUGCAAUUUCAAGAAAAUCAUUGCGCUGUACAAUGAAAAUAAAUAUUUGUACAUGAAAUAAAAUAUAUUCUGGUAUUUAGAUUCACAAUUUUAUGUUAUUUAUGGCACAGUGUAAUUCUUAUAUAUUCCUGAAUCAAAGGAAGCAAGGUAUUUAAUUUUUUUUUGCGUAUUUAAAAAAAAAAAAAAAAAAGUAUUUAGUUUUUACCAGGAGGACUAAAUCCAUUUAUUAUUAUUAUUAUUAUUAUUAUUAUUAUUAUUAUUGCCAUUUAUAGAAAGCCAACAGAUUCCGUAGCGCUUUACAAUAUUAUGAGAGGCGGGAUGUAACUAUAAAUAGGACAAUUACAAGAGAACUUACAGGAACGAUAGGUUGAAGAGGACCCUGCUCCAACAAGCUUACAGUCUAUAGGAGGUGGGGUGUAAAACAUAUUAGGACAGGAAAUAGCAAUCAAAUAAGGUGGGAGUGAAGCAGAGCUGGAGAAGAGAGUAGAGUGCUGCCCUUUUAGGAGAGUGCAUGAGACAGGUAUGUGAGGUAGAGGUUACUCUGGGAGGCCAUAAGCUUUCCUAAAGAGAUGGGUUUGAAGGCACUUCUUGAACGAUUGAAGGACUAGGGGACAGUCUGAUGGCAGUAGGCAGGCUAUUCCAUAGGAAGAGAGCCGCCCGCGAGGAGUCCUGCAAACGUGAGUUGGCCGUACGGGUUUGAGUAGCGGACAGGAUAAUGUCACGGGCAGAGCGGAUAGACUGAGAAGGGGCAUACCUAUGGAUCAUUGAGGAGAUAUGAGGGGCUAGAAUUGGUCAAUGCUUUAUAGGUAAGGGUUAGCACUUUGAAUUGACUCCUAUAGUAUACAGAAGGCCAAUAUAAUUACUGACAGAGGGGUGAGGUGUGAGAGGACCGACUAGAGAGGAAAAUCAGUCUGGCGGCAGCAUUCAUUACAGACUGUAGUGGGGCAAUACGGCUUUUGGGAUGACUAUAGUUCUCAUUCCCACAAACGUUGCUUAGAGUCCCUUAAAAUCUGUUUAAGAUAAUGUUUCAUGGGAUUGCAUGUCCGCUGUUUUUUGUCUUGCAGAAGCAUAAUUCUUAGACUUUUUUUUUUUUUUUUGUUAGAAUUACUAAUGUUUGCAUAAUGAGAUCAGCUUCAAAAGUAUACAGACAACAUGCAUUAUUUGAUUAUACAAGAUGCUUGGAUUUAUUAGCAUAACUGCAUCGGAUGCUGAGCAUUGAUCUAAUAAUCCCUUUUGUUGUUAGGAUGAUCCCCUGACAAAUCUGAACACUGCUUUCGAUGUAGCAGAGCGGUUCCUUGACAUUCCCAAGAUGUUGGAUGCUGAAGGUAAUUGAGAACUGUAAUGAGCUAUUUUUAUACUUUUGCAUCUAUGCCUUGCAAGUAGUUAUUUACAGAUGUCUGCUAGAGCGGGCAUAUGUUUAAAAAGUUAAACGCCUUGCUGGGUGGAAACUUGGUUUUACCAUGCAUGUACUCAUUUGCAUGCAUCAACCCAUAAUCCUUUGUUUAGUGGCAAAUGCAGCUAUAACUAUACUGGAUGUGUCUUUGUCUAUAUGUAUAUAUGUGUGUGGGUUGUUUUUUUAUUUUUUGCAUAUGGAUGUAAUUUUUAAAAAAUAUAACUUUUUUUUUUGCAUAUGUGUGCGCGUAUUUAUAUGUCCAUUUUUAUACUCCUCUAUAAAGUAUACUUUUGUUUUUUUGCAUUUUGCUAUAUAUUGUAAAAUCAUCAUGAAUGUUAUUGCUCAUUUAGCCAGGCUAAUCUAAAUAUAAAUCCUACAAAUGUUUUAUUUUUUCUACUAAAUGUUAUACAUUUUUAUUUACAUUUUUUUUUUAAAUUGGAGCAUAGUAUGUAGAAUUCAGUAGAUUUGAAAGUUACCAUUGAGCCAUCUGUAGAUAUCUGCGAAGUUUUACAUAUAAUUCAAUGACAGAGUUGCUAUAAUCAGAAGUCCAUUUCCAGGGUGACCAGAUCCACCAUGUUUUCUAUAUAUAUAUUUUGAUGGGGAGCACGUGAAAAGGGUAGCCCUGAAAUGUGUAGAAUUCAGAAGAAGGUGUAGAAGAGUAAGUAAUUAGCCAGUGAAGAAUCCUGUAGAAUGUGCAUUAUGCAUACGGCAGGGCAACCCUUUUCAUGCAUUUUCAUACAUUUGUCAAAAUUAUAUGUGUGUCCUGGUAAAUAUUGUGGAUCUGUUCACCCUGUCCAUUUCCCUCCAGGCAAACUAAGUACCUACCUGGAACUCCACUCUUUCUCAAGAGUGCCAUGGGCAACUAAUACAUGUUUGUUUGUUUGUUUAUUACGAAUCCCAGUUCUACCCAUGCCUUAAAUAAGGAAGUAAUUUUAUUUUAUUCCCCCGUAGUCUUUUUGUCCUAGCCAAGUGGCCAACACGUAUGCACUUCUUACCAACCGUGCUUUAGGAGAGUUGAUGGUUGAUUUAGGUGGUCUUUUGAUAAAUAUGUAUCCCACUGCAGUCCAUUUUGUUUAAGUAUCUGUUAUUCACCUUGUCCAUCUCAUUCAUUAAAACGACCUGCUCUAAACCUUCUCUUGACAGACAUUGUUGGAACUGCACGUCCAGAUGAGAAGGCCAUCAUGACCUAUGUUUCUAGCUUCUACCACGCCUUUUCAGGAGCCCAGAAGGUAUCUCAGGAUCUCUCCAGCCAGCAUUGUACUCCUGCGGCUAAUGUGCAAAUCUUUCUCUCCCUUUUUCCGUUUUAGCGCCAGGAAAGUUCUCCUUUCUGCUUCAUAGGGUUGGCAGUCUUUCAAAGUGGUAGCCAAGCACAGUUGCUUCUAUUACCUUAAUCAUGUUUAUUUUUUGAUCAUAGAUUCACAAUAUGACCAUGCUUUUUCUAACAAGAGCGUGUAUUAGAGCACUAAUGUUGGUUAUUACAUGGCUGGUUUGUUUUGACAAUCUGUAAAAGUCGCUAAUUCUAAUUCCUGUUAGGUCUGCUGACACCCCUAGUCUGAAUUGUAGAUGUUCUGGCAUACGUCAGGAUGUGUCUACAGUUUGUCAGAUUGUGGACAGUCUCUAAUUAUUGAACCUCCCAGUUUGCUCUUCUAAAAUGAUCCCUCUGUCCUGUCCUUAAUAAAAAAAAAAAAUUAAAAAAAAAAUUAAAAGUGAAACGUAGUAAAAAACAUGCCUUAAAUUUCACAUCUUUGAAAGCAUUUCUGGCUUUUAUGAAUUCCUUAAACAAAAAUGUUGUGGUUCCAGAGAUUUUAGAUUUAUUGACUUAUUUAUUUAACUUAAGUUUUUUUUAUGGGGUGGAGAGCAAACUGUCACUAUAAUGCCAUUGCCAUUGUCAUUUUUUCCAAAGCCAAAAUGCUCAACAAAUGAAAUGUAAGUUGGUACGCUCCGUUUUUAAGUGAAUAGGAAAAAAAGAUUGCAAAAGCACACAAUGCUCAUGGCAAAUCACUCAUGAAUGCGAGCAUCUCUCGAGUGACUGAACUUACCAUGUGUGAAUAUGGUUUCGUUCUCCAGCUAUUUUUCAGAUAGAUUAAAUGGAAAACCAAGGAUUGACUGGGAUAAUCUUGGUCAGUUCCCGAUAGAGGCGUUCGUCACUGAACGAGGAUCAGAUCAAAGUUUUGAAGCAUAAAAAUGGGAAGUUGGGAGUUAACAAGUAUAAAUUGUUAUUUAUUUAGUUUUGAAUAAUCUUUAGUGCCUUAAAAUGAGUGCUUUAAAUUCCUCCCUGGCCUGACAAUUAUUUCCCCAUGGCCAAGUGAACUUCGUACCCUCUGAAGCUAGACAGGAAAUGGGCUCAGUCAUACCAUCAUUGUGGGCGGUUUGUAGAAAAAAAUGCACAAUAUCUCUACAAUCAGGGAACUAUAAAGCGUUGGAUAGAAGCCAGACAACCAUUUAGAAAAUUUCUGUUACUUAUAGAAGCAAUUUGGAUUAACGUAUCAUCUUUUUUAACUUCCUUACAAAUCCCAUAAACAUAACAGGAUAAAUCCCGGUGACAGAUCUGACCACAAAUAGCAUGUACUUUGUACAAUACACAAACUUUACUCACAUAUAUUUCUAUUAUGACUUUUGUUUAUGCAUCUUUAAUGCAUAUCUAAGCCUGGAUGUUAUAUUUUAUUUAAUUGUGGGGACAGGGGUGUAUUACUGGGUUAAAUAAUUUCUUCUUAAAAACCAUCAAUUCAUUGCAAACCAUUGUAGAGUUAGUUCAUUUUCUGCACUGUCUCAACUACACAUUUCCUAUGAAAGUAACCAUAAAUUUCUGUUGACAUAUUAAUUAAGAAUGGCGAUAUCUAAUUUUAGCUGCAUUGGAACCAUCUUUUCAUGUGAAAGUCUCUAUGUAUCCCAGGCUAUGGCUCAAAUAAUUAAUUGUAUCUGCUGCAUGAGAUAAGCUCUUUGCUUUGUAUUUUAUAUAUGUUUUAUUUUUAUUUAUUAAUUUUUUUAUUUAAGUUACGUGUCUUAGUAUUUUUUUAUUCUUCUCCUUCAAGAGACCAGUUACAAAGUUACUUUCUUUUAGGGAGACUAAUAGUUGUUGUCCAAUAGCACAUGUGGACCUAUUUAUUGUUGUUCUAGUUCGAAAUCUGGAUGAUAAGUGUUGGUCACUCGUUAUUUGUAACUUGUCCUAUUUCACUAAAAUGUUUUUUGUCUUGUCGUCUUAAGAAAUCCCUUUUUUCAUUACUCGGGUUAUAUGUCGUUACGUUGGAUGUGUUAUUUGUAAGUGUGUCUCUUGAUGUCAUGGUUAUGUGUACGUGAAUUACCUUAUCGUUGUUUGUUUGUUUUUUGGUUGUUUUACGAAUUAAAGUGCCACAUUUUGGCAUUCACAGCAUUUUUGUGUAUUUUGAAUUCUACCGCACCCAGUAAACUGCAUGUUCUUUACUGUUUUGUGCUCUGUAGUGAUGGACACUAAAUGCAGUGAGAUGGAUGGGGGAGAAAUGAGUGGAUACCAUUUUGAAUGCUGUACCAACCCUACAAGUGUCAUAUUUUUUAUUUUUUUUUCCAUUUUUUAUUUUUUUAUUUUGGCCGUAAAAUCAUUGCAUAAACUGUGUCUGGCCCGCCCUAUAAUGCAUGCUGGGGAGACCAUUUUUUUUCCCUCAUGUCAUGUGACUGUUUAAAUUCUGUGCUCUUUGCUUCUCACUGUAUCCUUUCAACCUCUUCUUUUCCUUUUUCUGUGCAGAUAUUAUAGGGACGCUAAAGCCGGAUAAGAAGGCUAUUAUGACAUAUGUGUCAUGUUAUUACCACGCCUUCUCAGGUGCACAGAAGGUGAGAUUCCACUCAUAACAGACAUGCCUCUGCCCAAUAUGCACCCUCAAUUAAGACCCUAAGUCUCGAAAAGGCAGAGGUACAUUAUACAUCUCCAUAUUUUUUUGUGCGUGGUUACACUUUACCUCUACCCCAUUAUUCACUUAUCAUUUGAGUGUCAAAAAUGCUGUGCUGAUCACUGUUCUCACUGACAUCUUUCUUUAAAAGAGUUGUCAAACCGUUGUGUGUGUGCGCCUCGACCCUUUAGUUUGCGGACAGCAGUCACAUGCCUUCGAAUAGCGCCAUAUAUUAUAAAAAAAAAAUUAAAUUCUUUUUAAAAUUGUGACCCGCACAAGUCGUCCCAGAGGUGUAUAGUGUUUAACAAAUUUAUACUGAUUCACCCCCGUCAUGGACCCUCCAAGACUUUUAGGCAUGCUUAAUAGUGUAGGAAUUGACAUUGAGUGUUGCUUCUUCCAAAACUUGGAGAUGCACAGGAUAGAACGUCCACUUUUAUUUAUCGAAGAAUGGUUGGUUGGCACCCACCUAAUUGAUUUGUAUGAGAGAGUGCCAUGAACCCCAGUUUUGAUUAAAUAUAAUUCGAAAUAUCCAGCAUUUCAUAUCAAUCCCUUUUUGUUUAAAUCAGGUUUGAGGUUACAAUAAAAAGUAUUACACCUGCGAAAUAUAGUCCUAGGGCAUUAUGCAUUGAUAAAAGGGUGAAUCCAGAACAUCUGUCCUUUUUAUAUGUUCUUCAAAUAAAUGUGUAGCACUGGUGUGCACUUAAGUCGCACUUUGCAUUUUUUUUUUUAAAUGUUUUGGAACCCACUGACUGAGCAACAGUGAGUAAGAGUGUAAGCAGUACAGGGGGAGUUCAGUUUUAUAAUCAGUACUGAAUUAUCCUAUCCUCAGUUUUUGUGUAUUUUUUUUGGAGUCACAAGGGUAGUUUAGAGAUAAUCCAAUCAGUCUAUCGACGCUGUCCAAAUGUGCAUGAAAGUAAAAUUGCUAAUACAGAAAUUAAACUUUGUGUUGGCAAUAGGGGACUGGGCGGUGGGGGCCUUGGAGACCCUCUGUUGUGGUCAAUCUGCUCAAAUAGUCAAACCUAGAAGGCAGCACCUGCAUCAGUGUGUAGUGGUUAUGGUAUUUAGACUGUCCCUUUUAACAUGUUAAGCUACUUACAUGUUGGUGACCUUGUGAAGAUAAAUGGAAUUUUAUGUAAACCAUAAAAAAAAAAAAAAAGACAUUGAACUAAAAAUCUCAAAUUACAGACAUCCGGCAACUCGUAAAAUGUAUUUUGUGCUGUCUGUGUUUGGAUAUAAUUCUAGCAUUAUUUUAUGACGAAGAUCCAAAAAUGAUUCUGUAAAUAUUUUUGUUCCUGUCUAACUUACACGUGAUGUUUGAUGCUACUUUCAGACAAUGAGGCUACAGGAAUCCUGACAUUAUUUCAUUUGAGGUUUUUAAAGGUAUAGGGCAGUGAGCCUUAUGAUAUUUAUGUGUGGAUUUGAAUUUUCUUUUUCUUUUUUUUUUUUUUUUUACUCUUAAAGCGGUUUGUCAGUUUUUUUUUCUAGCAUAAUACAAUUAUGUAGCUAUAUUUUCUUUGAAGAAAAAAUUGAAGCGGCGCUUUCUCUCUCUCUCUCUCUCUCUCUCUCUCUCUCUCUCUCUCUCUCUCUCUCUCUCUCUCUCUCUCUCUCUCUCUCUCUCUCUCUCUCUCUCUCUCUCUCUCUCUCUCUCUCUAUUUUUAUUUUUUUUAUAUAUAUAUAUAUAUAUAAUAUAAUUUUUUUUUAUAUAUAUGUGUGUAUGUUGGCUGAAUUCCACAAUAAUUCAGGUUAGAAAUCGAGAAGCCAACUAAUAUCUGAAAGUGUAACUAUAAUGAGAAGCCCAUAUUGGCUCUACGUAGAUUUUUUACCAUUUACAUAGUGAUAACGUGAAAAUGGGACAUUUUAAUGAAAAAAGUUUUUCUUUAUUUUUAUCCCAUAUCACCAUGACAAAUCCGCUUUCAAUGAAUUUCAUUUUGCAUUAAAUUCAAAUUAAACCUGCAUGAGUUUUGCAGUUUUUAUGAAAUUCUAACACCAUAAUGCCCCAGUGUUUUUUCUCACCUAUUAUUAAAAAAAAAAAAAAACCUUCCCCCUCCUCUUUCCCCCAAACAUCUAAGCAAGCUUAUAUCCUGGUUUAUGCCAAUGUUUCUAAAUACAAGUGAGAUAUUGUUCAUGUAGUGGUAAGUUGCAUGGCCUGACUCAAGAUGAUUAGCUGAUUUAAACCGGCAAUAAUGUUUUAUAAUAAUUCAGUUGACGGUGAAGAAUUUUGUGCAGAUAAUGUUGGAAAAUAUUUUUGUGUUUCCUACUCCUUUCCGUAUGAGGUUAUCUGCCCUAAAUCAGAAUACUCUUUUCCAACUGUGUGCGUUUUGUAUACUACCUGAGCCAUCUGGUCUUUGUAAUCUUGUCAGAAUAAUAAAGUAGUGUUGGCAUGAGUGGGCCCCAUCAUAAUGGGCACUUCUUCAAAGUACAUAUAUAUGCUGCAUCAAAAAUAGCCUACAUUCUUAUCCAAUGUAAUGUUUUAUUGAAUAUAAUGUUUGACAAACUUUAUUUUUUUGUGAUUGACUUUUCCCCUCCAAUUAUGUGUAUAAAAGUAUAAUAAAUAGAUAGAACCUGCUCAGGGUUGUGUAUUUAGUCUGGUUUUGAUCACUUACAAUUGCUGUUUAAAUUUUAUUCUGGGUAUCCAUGAUAUAAUGCACCAUGUACGUGAAAUACUAAUAAUGAGGUUGCGAUGACCGAGUUGUGCCAGAACAACCUGCUAAUUUAGAUAAUUUCUCUAAAUCCUAUUGUGUAACAUUUACCUUUCGUUUGGCAAAACAAAUUAAAAACAAAAAUCAAACUUACUCUGAAACUAGCACCCCUGAUAGAUUGUGUCACCCUCACACUCCCAGAAUGCCGUGCAGAGUUGGAACGUUAGAUUUUCUACCCACAUUGCUUUAGACCUGAUUUAUGGAACACCCUGCUCUUGGUCCGAACCACUGAUUAGAAUCUAAUUUUAAAAAAAAUGUUGCCCAGAAAUCCAAUGUUCUUUAUCCAUUAAGUUGCUGUGUACAGGGCAUAUUUUCUUGUUUGUUUGAUAUAGUACUGUGAGAAAUGUCUUAAAAUUCUUGACAUUUCUCUAGAGUGUGCAAUCACGUGUGCAUUAAAACCUUAUAAGUGUGCAUAGUCUGGCGAGGGUUGAUAUUGUUAAUCCCUGCAACUUCCAUCAUUAUGACCUGAACUUCAUGAUGGAGCAUACUCAGAGAUUUCUGCAUGCCUUCAAAAACCUAGACUAUAUUUCUUGUUCUGACUUGUUUGCACCAGUGCCACAUGCGCGAGAGUACAUCAAUGACCUGAGCUCCUCGCAGAUGAAGCACCAGGAGCAAUGGACAUGGCGUACCUUCUCCUGGAACCACUGAAGUGGCAAAGUUUAACACAGUGAAGAAGUUUAAGCAUGCGUGGGAUAUGCAGAAGGCUAUACUAGAUAUAAGAUAAGGCCAGGGACUAAUUAAAAGUAUUUAGAAAUAUUGGGCAGACUAGAUGAGCCGAAUGGUUCUAAUCUGCCGUCACAUUCUAUGUUUCACUGGGCCACCAGAGUAGGUGACAAUGUCCCCAUCGCGGUUUCACUAAAUCUGCAAGGACACCUGAAGGUGACCGAGACACUCACCCACAGCCAUUUGUAAAACGCAUCCCUAGUCGCCAUGCAAACUCGUCGUAGCCUAGCAGCAUUGUCAACCUAAGAUACUGCAGUGUCCCAGGAAAUGUCCCACUUGACCAGUCCAGGUCUGGAGAGCAAUGAGAUUGCAGGCUAAGUACAAACUCACAUAGUGUUAUUUUAUGGCCCACAAAACCUGUGUGCCAAUACUUUGGAUGGCAUUACCCUUCUGCUCCCCUUGUCUGCCCUCCCAUGCGCUCAGCCAGUUUUAGGUCGUAAGUCUCUGCAGUGCCAAUAUUUGCCAUCACUGCUGUAGGGUGUCUUACUUUGUUUGGCCUAUAGGCAACAGCUCUAUGGAAUCUAUUUUCUUUGAAGGCUUAUAUCUAGAGCAUUCAUCGAACUAGAAACAUCUGCCCCUUAAAAUUACAAGGGAACCAAUACACAAACUUGGCAGUUAUAAACUGUUUAAAAGCUACACAUGUUUUUGGAAAGAUAAAAAAUUGUGCUGUGGGAGGGGCGGAGCCUAACAGCGGAGGCAAGCAGACGCAAGUCUAAGGAGCUCCGAGCAAAAACGGACGAAAAUACGCUCAAAAUCGACCGAUACUACCCCCCACAACCACUAACUGAAGGCGGGAACCCCUUAAGCCCUAAUGGGACGCAAACACAAGAAACAGAUGCCGGAUAAUCCAGCCCCAGGACUCACAAUAGGGGAAAUGUGGCGGCAAGCAUGCGGCCCGAGCGGAUCCAAUAUGGCGGCGCUCCACAGAGGCUGCUCGGAUUUCUCCGAUGGCUACUCAGAGGGAGCUGAAGAUGAAUGCCUCCUAACCCCAGACCCAAAGCCCAGGGCAAAACCCAGCAAACCAAGGAAGGACCCAGAUGCCGACCUGGUAACCACUUGGGUGUUAAAGACCCUACUAGCCGACCUCCAAAAAAACAUCCUUGCGGAUGUCACCGCACUAAGGGGAGAGCUGCAGGGCCUGACGGGGCGCAUAGCAGUACUGGAGGCCACCUCCCAAGAACAGCAGAGCACUAUCGCCUCACUGAGAAGCGACAUUCAGGACCUGCGCAGCCAAAAUAUGCUGCAUGAACGGCGCUUCGCAACCCAGGAAGACUCAAGACGGAGACUCAAUAUCAAAGUCAGGGGACUCCCAGAGGGGUUGCCGGAGACUGACCUACCGCACAUGAUCAAGCGCCUGCUAACCAGCAUACUGCCCACAGACCAAGCUAAAGCCAUAACACCAACAGAUCUCUUCCGGAUUCCGAAACCUGCUGGGGCCCCAGACAUGGCCACAAGGGACACCGUACUCACCUUCAAAAAUGGGACUGACAAAUCGGCGGUCCUCACAGCCGUCCGGGGUAAAGCCCCCAUACAAUUUGAAAAUGCUAAACUAACCUUCUAUGCUGACCUGUCCAGUGGAACUCUGGCGUGGCGCAGGUCACUUAGGCCUCUUACCUCCACACUCCAGCGCAACAACAUUCCGUAUCGCUGGCGGCCCUCGCACACGCUCCUGAUACAGCAAGGUGAAACAACACACCAAAUCUACAGCAUGCAAGAUGCAGCGGCCCUUCUCCGAACCCUGGGCCUGCCACAGGAUUCACUCCCCCAAGCGGGACCCGGUGUUCCCACCACCCCGAGCCACAGCUGGGAUCCAGCAAAAAGUGCCCCAUUCAGACCACGGAGCACCACACCGGUCACCUACGCCUCAGUUACCACAUAGAUGGAGCCUAAGGGCGCACCCUCCAAGCUCCGCAACACCAUGACCUGCCUACACUGAACUGCCGAGAAGGGGAAUACUGCUCCAGGGCACCACCAAUACCCCGCAAGGCAUCGGUUGAUGAAAUCCACUAUCAAGUCCUUGGGGACUCUACUUUCCUCUUCUCCCCUUUUAUCUCUCAUUAAAUACGCCAUCACAUGAUUCAGGACUCUGACCUGGAGAACACCAGGGAACUUUGUAACUCUGUUUGGCAAGUUUGAGAUUGUUCACCUGCAGUAACACGUUCAUAGCCACUGUCUGUUUAAUAAUUAAUCUACUAAUACUUCACACUUAUAAGGCACAUAACUGUUAUUUUUCACCGUUUUUUUUUUUUUUUGUAGCCUUUGUUUCCCUGAAAUGAGAAUCUAUACUGAGCUCCAUGUGCGGUAUAUUACGCGAUGGCUAACACACAAAUACUCGCCUCCUUAGCAAGUACCCCUAAGCAAGAAUUCCCAUGUAACAUUGUUACCCAGAAAAGUACAGGGAAAUCCCACCUAGCAGACGAGAGUAGCUUCUUAGGAUAUCACCCGGGAAUCGGCCAUACGCAAAAUAGAAAACACCACAACUUUACCCUACUACCUUAAGCCUAGCGACCCCUCAACCCCCAAUCACGCAUUAACCAUGACCUUAAGGGUCCCUACCACAUAAACAGGGGGAUUUAUGUAUGCAUCGGACAGCUUGAAUUUAGUCUACCCCGGCGGGCCCACUUCCAUUCCCAGCGAAGCAUUUAAGCGGCACAGCUAACAUAGCCCUAAGGUGCCCCCUCGGACCACUUCACAGGAGUACCUUCAAUAGCGCGGCACAAUUAAAAUCGCAGCUCUGAUCAGACAUACUGUACUAAACGCAUAAAACUGUAUAACCCAAGACAAAGAUAAGAGCGAACAGCUAUGGUCUGUAAUGCAAUGUUCUAGCCUAACUGUUAACCUUAAUCUUAAUGUGACUACUAAGUGACAGAUAUCUGUGAAACAAAAUACUACUUUUACUUGUCUCUAUAAGUGUAAGUUAUUAUCCUGUUUAUAUAACUACUCUAAAAAAAAAAGUGCAAUGUUAUUACUGCCAUGUGAUGAAACGUGUAUUUGAACUUGAGCGCACCAGCUAUUGUGGCUGUGCAACUCCGCCUGUUAACCUUAUGCACGACCAAAAAUAAAGAAUUAUUAAAAAAAAUUAAAAAAAUUGUGCUGUGGUACUUUUUAUCUGACCAUAUGGCCAUGACAUUCGUAGCCCUUUGCUACUUCCAUUUAAUGAUUGUUUUAUCGAUCUAAGAAUGCAUGACCUAUAAAUCUGCCAAGCUUUGACAGUUUAGCCCAAAUAAUAAACUCAUUGCAAUUUCUAUUGCAAAUAGUGUCAUGUUUCCUGAUACAGGUAUAUUCUCAGAUCUGUAGAAUAUAUGGAAUAGAAACCACGAUUGAAAAAUCCAGACUAUUAUAACCCAGCUGUGAGUCGCGUUUUCUUUAUUUCCUCAUCAGAGCCGUGCACUUCAUGUGCCACGAUGUUGACUUUCUGGCACUCAUAUAGUUAAUGGUUAUAUUUAAUAUUUGACUGUGCUGUAGAAUCAUAGAUUGGUGAAGUUGAACACGUAUUGUUACAGGGACACGGAGUUGCGAAAUCAGGCUUUGUGUGUGUUAGUUACGGUGUUUUGAGUCCUUUUCAUGCCUAUGAUUCCCAACCACUACAUAAAUCUGUGCUAUAGAAGAGUUAACAUUUUAUUUGUGUGAAUGUAGCAAUUCUGUUAGUUUAAGUCUUUUACGGUUAGCGACAGGUUGGUUAACCAAUGCCUCUCAUGGAUCUACAUUUUUAAAGCAAAGUUGAUAAACUACAGCCCCCAUUGUUAAUAAUUUGGCAUUCGGCAAUUAAAAAGAAUCAUGGGUUUUGUAGUCCAACAGCAGCUAAACCGUGCCAUUUAACAUGUCUACGUGAUAUUGUGCCAUGUAUGUAUUAUGCAGAUACCUUCUCUAUGAUGGCAAUUGUUUUUAUUUUUUUAUUUGUUUUUUUUUUUAAUGUAUUUUUUUUUUUUAUUGUUUUUAAAAUGUAUAGGGAGAGGGUACAGAAGGAAAAAGGGUGGUGGGGGUGGAUAAUAACGUGUGUUUUAUCACGUCCCACAUUUAAACAUUUAUUUUUUUAAAUAUUUUAUUUGACAUUGAUUAGCAUUAACAAGCAAUGAUGCAUUGUCAGUGAAGUAUAUAACAUAUGAACAUUUGCAAUAAAGUACAGUAACAAACGCUUACAUCAAUGCGGUAAUUAUUUUUAUCAACAGUGCAGCAGUGAUAGUUAGGCUAUAGUUAUCUACAUGAUACUCUGAAAUCUGAGGUGUCCAAUACCUGGACUCAUUCCCUGUUGUCUACAACUAGCCUGAGGGUCUGCAUACUUUAGUUGUUUUUUAGUGUUCGUGGCUUGUCGUCUAUGAUUCUGUAUCGUGUCAAUUGGCAGUGUCUUAUCAAUUAUCUCGCACGUAUCCCUGGCCUCCUUUCUAGGUAGGUGGGGGGGGGAGGGUGGAAGGCGAUUGCCUUGAAUGUCGGGGGACGUUGCAGUGUUAGGGCGGAUAAAGGAUAACCAGGUACCCCAAGCAUUAGUGUGUCUGGUGUAUUUUUUGGAGUUGGCAUAUGUGAUUUCCUCCAUCACCCAUAUGGAUUCUACCUUGUCUAUCCAUUCCCUUAUAGAGGGGGAGUCAGCCCGUUUCCACUGUUCUGAGAUGAGCAGGUUUGCUGCCGUGAGAAGGAAGAGUACCAGGGGCAAUAUACUUUUUGGUACCGAUAAAGGCAAAAGGAGGAACCUCAUACAUUCUGGAGUAAGUGGAAACGGUGUGCAGGUGAUAGUUUGGGUUAGUGUGUGUGUAUACAUUUCCAGACGUUAGAAAUCAGGGGGCAUUGCCACCAUAUGUGAGAGGUGUGAGUGUCAGGUAAGGUUGUUGGCAUCGCCAACAUUUUUCGUCUGCUUGAGAGUAGUGUUUGUAUAUUUUUGAUGGUGUGUAGUGCCAGUGUGUUGUUCGUUUGUAAUUGCUCUCUUGCAUACUUAGAUUCGCAGAGGAUUUGUACCCUUGAAAAAAUAUUUUUCUGCUUUGCUCUAAUGAAAGAGAGAUCAGCAUUUCCGUCGCCCAUUUGGAUAUGCAGGGCAGGAGUUUCUGAUCCUGUGUCAGCUGUAUGAGUGUGUGCAUUGUGGAGAGUAGCUUCCUCCUCAGGGGGCGAGUCGAGCGUAGCUGCUCAAAUUUGGUCAGGUCCCGGUUACCUGCUGGUAACAGGUUGUUGCAGUGAACAAAGUGGGUUGUUUGGUUGUAAUGCAGGUGCCGGAGGCCUGUUGGUUCUUGUUGGUUGAGAAUCUCGGGAAGGGGUUUUAUCGAUUGUAAUGUGAGAUAUGCACUGGAGUGGAAGGCCUGGAAUGCCCUACCUGAAAUCUCUUCUUUGAAUUUGGGAUUGUGUCUGAUAGGGGAGAGGGUUUAGGAGAUAUUGUCUCUGUUUGUCGUAUGAGCGACCAGAUUCGGAGGCAAUGGUCGGGUGGUCCUUGUAUUUGGACACCAGUUGAUAGGAGUCUUGCCAUGGGUUUGUGUAAAGGGGGAGAGUAAAGAACGAGGCUUCAAGUUUAACCCAUUGGUGUGUAUUGUUGGCGUUCGUCCACUCUUAUAUCCUGGUUAAAUGUAUUGCCUUGUGAUAAAAGUCUAUAUUGGGGAGUCCCAAGCCUCCCUCCGUACGUCACACAUUUUAUUACUUCUGAUUGCAUUCGAGAGGCACAGAUACAUCUUUAGAACAGUCCAAACAGUAAGUGCAGUAAAACAUUUAGAACAGCUAAUCUACAUCUCUAGAUGUCUGGGGUAUUUCAAAACUUAGGCCACAGGCAGUCCGUUUGAUAUGCUGGUGUUUGUGGGUUUUGGGCGUAUGAGGUUUGUAGGGGGUUUCGCUAUCAGGGGGAGGGAACAUUUGGGUACCUUUGCCCAUAGUCAUGCUAGCGUAUACAUGAGUACAGUGGGAUGCCAGUUAUCAUUCUUAUACCCCUAUUAGUACUACUAGUCAGUUCGGUAUCCAAUGGGCCAGGAUUACAGGUAGGUCAUGGUGGGGUGUGGGUUUAGUGCAGGUAUAUCAAGAGUGGGUUUAUAUGGACCAUUUGCGAAGCAGGUGUACACGAUUACAGUAACAUGUUUAGGGUUUAUCUGAUCUCCAUGUGUCCCACAUAUCACAGGCCAUUUGGCAAGGUGGAAGAGCAUUGUGAAGCCCUUCCCGUAAAUACGUUGUUUGUCAAGGGCAUGUACCAGUUCUCGGAAGCAACAAUACUUUUUAAUGGAUCUAUAUAGUCUUGGUGGCAUGAUAAUGUAAUCUCAAGAUUCCAGAUAUUAUUGGUGCACAUAUUUGUUUUAUAUUAGCAGUGGAUAAUGUCUUCUUAGGCUCCCAGAAGGCAUCUGUUUGUUCAGACAUUUUUCAAUGGUCCUGUCAUAAUCAGUUACAUAUUUACUUCAGAGGAAAAUAUCCUUAUGUGCCUGCUGAGAAGUCAGUGCAAUUUUGCAAAGUUAUUAUGAUACUUAUUGAAUAAAAACCACUACUGUUGACUGGAAAGAGUUGGAGAAACACAUGUAUACUUGGGACAUUUUCUGAUUUAUUUAUCAGACUAAAACGUCAUGUUUAGGACUAGUAAUUGUGUUGGAUAGAUUAAUUUUAAGGGCCCCUACAAAUGGCUAAAUGGCAUUGGGAAAUAAAAAGGAAUGUAGUCUUUUUGAAGCCAUGUCUGUUUGCUGCAGGGUAAAUGUGUUUUCCAGAUGGACAUUAAGUGUGAAUACUCACUGAUGGUUCAAAUCCAUCUUCUUUUCCUGUUUACAGUCAUAAGCACAAGCAAAGGGUGGGAUGCAUACCUCCUAUCAAUGAGGGGUACGGAUGAGGAAUAGAGGGAUGAGCAUUACAUGGUUAAAAAAAUACUACAAUAAUAAUAAUUAAAAUGGACAGUUUCAUUGUAAAUGCCUGAUCUAUACAGUCCCAAAAUUUUUUAAUCUUGUUUGUAGUUUUAAUAUUAACGGGGGAAACUUUGUCAAAAAAUACCCCCUAGUUUUUAACCAAUGCAGUAAAGGAAAGUAUAAAAUACUCUUACCUACCGCAGCACUUUCAUCGUCCUAAAGUGCUCUGGGUGCAUACAUGCGCGCUGUAGAAAUGCGGAGAAAGUAUGACACAAGUGUGUGUGUGGUUGGGAAUUCCUUCCUUAGUGAUGUGCGCACUCACGGUCAUGGGAGUCACACUCAUUUGCGUUGUUAUCUGGCUGUACGAUAUAAAUAAAAAUGGAUAUUUAUUGUUCUAUCACAAUCCUUAUAUACUUCGUGGCAGCUAUUUGAUCAUGCAAGAAAAGAAGACGUUCUUCUUAUUUUAGUUUUAUAAAUAAAACAAAAUGUCCCAUAUUAGCAGUAUUUAUUUUAACAAAUGUUUCUGAUAAAGGUAAAAAAAAACUACUUUAGGGUUCAAAUGGGCAACAUGCGCCUGUGUUCAAGUUCAUCUUCAUCAUUCCACCUUCCCUCACUUAAAGAGCUACGCCAUUUCCUGCUACUAUCUUGUGUGUCAGGAGGCAUAUUCUAUACUACAAGGGGUCUUUCCUAAUUUUGUUUCAUUUAAGCCUUUUUUUAUUUUAAUUGUUUUGUCCCUAUGGUGUGAUCUAGUCCUUUCCCUUUUUAAUUUUGUUUUGUCAUGUCUGUAGUAACUGCAUCAUGUAUGAUUUACUAUGAAAAAUGUAUACUAACAAUUUUGAUAUUAAAACAACAAUUUGAGGCUUUGUACAAAAAACUUUUUUUUUUCUUCAUUUCCCAUGCUCUUUGAUGUGUUUUUGUGCGUGUGUUAAGCAAUAAUAUGCAUUUAGUGAUUUAAACUCGUAUGGCUUCACCAAUUUUUUUUUUUAUGUUCUUUUUCGACAGGCCGAGACCGCAGCCAAUCGUAUCUGCAAAGUGCUCGCCGUGAAUCAAGAGAAUGAACAACUCAUGGAAGACUAUGAAAAAUUGGCUAGCGAUGUACGUAUUAAAAAAAUAAAUAAAUAAAAAGACUGGAAAAAAUGGCACUGGACAGAUUUCUUGAAUAACCACUCUAAUUUCUGCCAGAUUUUUGAUAGAAUAUUACAUUUAAACCAGAUUAGAUCUGCAAUUAAAAAUGCAUUUCUAGAGCAUUAAUGUUGGGUAAACUGUGAUAUAGGUGUGUGUCCAAAACUUUGACUUUUAAAUUCCCAUCUAGCUGUAGAACGCAUGUGCAAUAUUAGCUUCACAGAGACUAACCUAGCAGCACAUGAAUGCUCUAUAUUGAUUUCUUUCAAUAGGUUUUCAGGCUUAAUAUUUUAAAAUAAGCAUUAUCUUCAGAAUUUAUGAUUGAAAAUGUAUAUGAUGUCCUCUGGAUGAAAGGUACUAAUUUCUGUCACUUUGACCACACGCUCUUAGAGUAGCCAUUGCACAUGUCCAAUUUUAAUUAGGACGUCUCUGGUUACUAUGGCGACAUUCUACUUUAGAAUAGUGUACAAGAGGGUGAAUGAAUAUUACUGCCCCUAAAUGUAUGACAUCAUCAGAAUCCCCCACUGAUGCACGCAUUUGUUAAGGGUAGACGCAUUCUCAGGAUCAGGGACCGAUCAUUACGGGCAGAAACUAUGGAGACCCUUAGUGCACAAAGAUACUGCAAUUUGAGUCUCUGCCUGUGAGAUAGAAUGGAUUUAAUUGAAAGAAGUUUGGGGUGGGACACUAUGAACCCUUCGACUUGGUCUAAGGAUAAUUCCUACCACUAGAUUUCAUGUUUAAUGUACAUUGCUACGAUUAUUUCCACAUACGUUUCACUGCAUUCAGAUUUCACAUGAAAAACUGAAUAGAUUGCAGCAUAAUGUAUUUUUAUUUAAUUUUUUUUAUUUCUGACAGCUUCUCGAGUGGAUUCGUCGCACCAUCCCGUGGCUGGAGAAUCGAGCUCCGGAGAAUACCAUGCAGGCCAUGCAGCAAAAAUUGGAGGACUUCAGAGAUUACCGGCGCCAACACAAGCCCCCAAAGGUCCAAGAAAAGUGUCAGCUAGAAAUUAACUUCAACACUCUCCAAACCAAGCUGCGGCUCAGCAACCGGCCAGCGUUCAUGCCUUCGGAAGGAAAGAUGGUGUCGGUGAGCAUAUGGAGUACUCUUAAAUGUACUCGAUCUCUUUAGGAUUCAUUCACUAACUUGGUUCUGUACUGCCAUUACAGCAGAGUUUGGUUGAUAAGACGAGAAUAACUUUAAAAUGUUGUUCUUUGCAAUUGUAUUCAGCCAUAUUGCCUCGCCGUAUGUAGCAUUCAUAUGCUGCAGGAAGAAAUUCAGCUAAUUAAUCGCAGCAGUUUCUUUGGGAUUCCCUUGUUGAUAGAUUAAUGGAAUGUCACAACUGUAGCGUUUUGAUUGCACAUACUACAGGGCCUCACUUUACAUGUACUACCCUACUGCAUGUAGAAUUAAUGUGUGUCCAUGCAUCAUGCUGCAUGACUGACAGACACCCUCCCCAAUAGAAGGUCAUAGUAGAACAACCAAUCACAGGCUGUCACACUAUAAUGUUUUAACACAGGAAGUGUUAGCAGUAGUUAGUAGUAGAUAUUUAACAAAUGGGCCCUGAUCAGGUUUGUUUUAAUGGGGCCUUUGUUUACAUUGAUACUUACCGGAAUCCUAGUUUGUCUUGUAAGCAAAUUAUAGAUGUACAACACUUACAAGUCCCAUUUUUUUUCCCUUUAAUGACCAUUGAUCUGUCAUUAACAGCUGUACAAUUCAUUAACUUUAAAAUAUUAGUUAUUUGCAAAAAAAAAAAAAAAAUAGUAUAACCAAGUCAACUCCUGCCAGUUUCCAACAUCAAUCUUUUUCUCAUUCAUCCUACGCUUUAUCCUAUUAAGGAACCCUUGAGAAAAUAUCUGAAAUAUAUCAAACAUAUCUGAUAUUUUCUUUUUGUUUUUUUUUUGUUCUGUGAAGGAUUCUUCAUUCUAGAUUUUUUUAAAUGUAUUUUUAACGUUUGUUGUUUUUUUUUUGUUUGUUUUUUUUUCUCUCCUCAUAUUUGCUGGGCUACAGUUCCCUGAACUCUCUGUCUGGUGUUUCAUAGUGGAUUGUUAAAAUAUGAGCCUUUUCUCAUAGUGCAUUAUUUUCUCUGGAAAUUUUUUGACUUUAUUAUUAUUUACAUUCAUUCUAAAAUCCUACCAAGUUUUUCAGUGGAGCCUUUACAUGCGUGCACAUUAUUAUAUUUUAUAAUAUUUUAGUAAGAUACCCAAAUACUUAUUUAUAUUCAUUUUUCCUUAUGCAGGAUAUAAACAAAGCGUGGGGGGGCCUGGAGCAUGCAGAGAAAGGGUAUGAAGAGUGGAUGUUGAAUGAAAUUCGCCGGUUGGAAAGACUCGACCAUCUUGCUGAGAAGUUCCGUCAAAAGGCUUCUAUUCACGAGGCAUGGACUGAGGGUAAUGUCCUAUUGCGUUGUGCUUUUAUAUCACCUGAUUUUGAGCAACAGAACGGUUUUCACUAAUAAAAAUUAACAUGGUUGACCUAAGGAUUAACGAACGAGUAUGACGAGCUUUAAACCGCAUCUAAAUAGCACAGUCAAUUUAAUUGUAAUGAAAAAAUUAAAUUGACACUAUAAAAGUAAUUAUUUAAAAAACAAAAGAUAAAUGGAGAAGUGGCCUUCCUCUCCGUGUGUUCCUGUUCACCUUAAUGAGUUCAUUGUGUUUGCUGUUUUAUAUUCCCAUUGUACAGCGCUAUGGAAUAUAUCCGUGCUAUAUUAAUAAAAAGAUUGACAAAUAAAACUAGGCUAGUACUUUUACAUAAAAAUAUGAUAAAACUGACAUUUCUGUCCACAGUUUGAGGAAACAAAAUGCAACCCAUCCAGCUGUAAAUUUGAUAUUCAUUGUGUAAUGCCUUUUCUAGGAAGACAAAAUGGAUGCCCAAGGCCGGUGACCACUUUUCUAAAUUUAAUUUAUUAGAUACGGUCUAUAUGGAUUCAGUUAAGUGCUGGUGUGUGCUGUAUAUUUAAACACUGUCAGAAAGCACAUAAUGCAGAUAUUGAAAACUUUAUCAUUCAUUGUCUCAGAACCUAUGUUUACAUUUUAUAUCUGGCCGCUAAAUUCUCUGAUUUGUAAUAAAUGUAAAUUGAUCUGUAACUUAAAAAAAAACAAACCUAUAGUCACCAAAACAACUUUAGUUUAAUGAAUGGGUUUUGGUGUAUAGAUCACACAUCUGAAGUCUCACUGUUCAGUUCACUGCCAUUUAUAAGUUAAAUCACUUUUGCUUCUGUCCAUACAGCCCUAGCUACACCUCCCCUGGCUGUGGCUGACGCAAUCUGCAUGAAAACAAAAUGGCUUCAUUUUCAAUCAGAUGUUAACUUAUUUUAAAAGUUUUAGUCACCUGCUCUGUAAAUUGAACUUGAAUCAUAUACAGGAGGUUCUUGCAAGGUCUAACAGGCUAUCAACAGAACAGGAGAUAAUAAAUUCUAAAAUAAACAGUAUUUGGAAUAAAGGAAGUGUAAACAUUAGAUCUCACUUCACAGGAAGUGUUUAGGAGUGCUAUGUAGGUCACAUGCAGGGAUGUGUGACUAGGGCUGCAUAAACAAAGUGAUUUAACUCCUAAAUGGAAGUUAACUGAGCAGGGAGAUUGCAUAGACAUGCUCUAUACACCAAAAUAGAUUCAUUAAGUUCAAAUUGUUUUGGUGACUAAAGUGUCCCUUUAAUACAUUUAGGUUACAUGGUUCCUUUAAAUUUUCCAAUGCGAUUAGAAGGGAGUUAAGCAGGUAGCAUCAGUCUUAUGUGAUAUAGAGGAGAAGGGAAUUGAUUGAAAAAUUCUCUUUUUAAAGACCCUUCUCCCUAUGUUAAAGCUGCAUAGGCCAUAAUAAAAAUAUUUUAACCUUGAAAUCCAUGGGGGAUUAAUUGCUGCCAAAAAAAAAAAACUACCAAACCCCUGCUUUGUGGUUUUCUAGCAGUGCUCUCUGCUCCGUUGUAUAGAUAUAUGUAGUACUGUGUCCUUUAAUUUUCCCUUCUGACCUGCCUGUUCAGGAAAAGAAACCAUGCUUCAGAAGAAGGACUAUGAAACAGCUAGUCUCUCGGAAAUCAAAGCUCUCCUGAAGAAACAUGAAGCUUUUGAAAGUGACCUAGCUGCACAUCAAGAUCGAGUGGAACAGAUUGCAGCCAUAGCCCAGGAGCUAAAGUAUGUUCUCUCCAUUAUUUACUUGUACGAAAGAACACAAUGGAUUACAUUUAGUAGCCAAUUCACAAGGAUACCUCUCCUUUUUUCUUUCCUCUGGAUCGUAGUCAGAAUAGAAGUCAGAGUGCGUGGAAUAGAAAAAUUAUCCAACUAUUGACCCAAUGUGAAAUUAAUAUAUAUCGGGUUUCCAAGCCAAUUAUUUAACUUCAUUCAUCUAUGCCAGAAUUCAAUUUGCGAUUUUGUAAAUGUAUAAAAAUAUUCAGUUUCAUAGUAAAUUGGUUUAUAUUUAGAACUUGCUCUAUAUAGGGGAAAGCAAUUCAUAAAAUGCUCGUGAUUAACCAAAACUGUAUAAUAAUAAUAAUAAUUAAAAAAAAAGUUUUUUUUUUUUUUGUUUUUUUUUUUUUUUGUGAUCCUAAAACCCAUGUGAUUUGGUAAAACCACUUAGUUAUUCGCUAAACUCAACAUUGCAGCAAAUUAAAAUGAGAGGAAAAUGAAGGCAAACAUUGCAGACCUAAGGAGGGGGGUGGGGGAGGGGAAUCAAACUCCAGCGUAACUGCAUGGCUAUUUGAGUCUAAAUGGUGAUAUUUGGAUUUUAACUUGCUACAGUGCAGAGUUUAGUGAAUAAUCCUGUUUUUUAAGGUUUAUAAAAGCUUUAGCCAUUCCAGACUUACCCCACUUCACCCUCACCACCCCUUAACCCCCAAUGAGGUCAGUGUAUUUUGUAAAAGUAGAUCUUGUUUGCUUGUUUUGUUUGUGCGAUCUUUUGUUUGUUUGUGUGUUUACAGGUGUAGUGUUUCAUGCUUUCUGAUGCAUGUUUAAAUUUUUUUUUUUUUUUACCUUCUCCCAUCUUGCACAACUCUGUUUUAUUGACGCUAUAUUGUUUUUUAUUUUGUUAAAGGGACAUUGAAGUGGUCAGGGUGCAGGGUCCCAGGUCCCUUAAAGGGACACUCCAGGCAUCCAGACUACUUCUGCCCAUUGGAGUGGUCAGGGUGCCAACUCCCACUACCUUUAACCCUGCAAGUGUAAUUAUUGCAGUUUUUUAUAAAUUGCAAUAAUUACCUUGCAGGGUUAAAUUCUUCUCUAGUGGCUGUCCACUAGACGGCCACUAGAGGGCACUUCCGUGUCUAUAGCACAGGCUUUCUGUUCUAGAGCGUCGCUGGACAUCCUCACGCUGUAUGAGGACCUCCAGCGUCGCUCAAUUCCCCAAAGGAAAGCAUUGAAAAGCAUUUUCAAUGCUUUCCUAUGGAGAGCUCUAAUGUGCGUGUGCGGCAUAGCCGCGCAUGCGCAUUAGGUCUCGCCGGCGGGCGGGCAGGAUCAGUCUCGCCCACCGGCUGACGUAAGGCAGGGGAGGAGCGGCGGCGACCCGAAACCACCGGCAAGGGACAUCGGUGGGGGACUCAGGUAAGUGACUGAAGGAGGUUUUCACCCCUUCAGCAACCGGGGAUGGGGGGUGGGAGGGAGAUGGGACCUGCAGUGCCAGGAAAACUGAUUGUUUUCCUGGCACUGGAGUAUCCCUUUAACCCUGCAAAGAUAAUUAUUGCAGUUUUUAAUAAACUGCAAUGAUUACCUUUUGAGGGUUAAAUUUACCUCUAGUGGUUAUCUACCAGACAGCCACUAGAGUGACUUCCGGGUCGUUGGGUGACUUUUGGUUGCCUAACUGACGCUGGACAUCCUCAUGCUAUGCGUCAGGGCAUCCAGUGUCACCCAAACCACGUAGGAAAGCAUUUUUACAAUGCUUUCCUUUGGAGGAAGUCCUAAUACGAACGGCCAUCACUGCGCAUGUUCAUAAGGUCUCCCGUGCCGGCUAAGAUAGGCAGGGGAGGUGCCUGAACCAGCACCGAGGGGCAUCAAUGCUUGAAUCAGGUAAAUGGGGGGGGGGGAGGGCUAUAGUGCCAGGAAAACAACUUUGUUUGUCUUGUUUAUAUAUCAAAUUUGGUUCCGUGAGUGGGUAGUAAACCUUGAGUCAUCCAUUUUAUUCAUGAAACUGAGAAUUGUCAGGAGAAAUUAAACAUUUUUUUUAAAUUUGGCCUUCAAUUUGGCUUUUAAAUUUUGGUCUUAAAUUUUAAAUUUGCUUUGAAUUCCUGAUAGAUCUCACCUUGAAUUAAUCCUGAUUAUAUAGGUGCCAAAUGAUGUUACAUGUUGUAAGACAAUUGAUUUUAAACUAUAAUGCUAAAACUUGCUUCUAAUUUUUUUUUUCUUCUUCUGCAUGAAGUGUUUGUAUAGCUUGAUUUGGAAUUAGAAUGUUGGCUAUUUAUCUGCAGGCUAUUUAUUCUAUGUUGUUCUCAAGAUCAUAAAAAAGGAUUUAGACAAUUAUUCUAAAGAAUAAAUAAAUAGAGCUUACACACAAUCACAGGGAGCUACCACAUCCUGAUUUAAUGAGAAUGUAUUGGAGCUGUGGGUUCCUUGCCCAAGGCACCAUCAGGCUUGUUGUGUUGAAUCUAAGCUGUCGGAGUGGAAAAGUCAAUAGAAGAUAAUCGCUAACUAUGUGUUCCUCUGUCAGCCUGCUUAUAAUUAGAUGCGUGUGUCACAUUGAUCUGCAUGUGGUCAACAUGAUUCCAGUUUUGCUUAACUCUUGCCUUUCUGUCCCUGUUUAGUGAACUAAAUUACUAUGACUCUCCGAGCGUCAAUGCCAGGUGCCAACGAAUCUGUGAUCAGUGGGAUAACCUAGGGGCUCUAACCCAGAAGCGCAGAGAGGCAUUGGAGGUAUGACUUGUUUGUUGGGACCAAUGCGUGCGCCCUAAUAUUUAAAGAAGCUUCCCCUUAGCCGCCCAAAACAUGUAUUUAAAUGUUGGUUAUAUUGGCUGGUUAGAGCAGGGGUAACAUCACUGCCUUGAACUUGAAAGCCACUUAAUAGAUUGUUAGCUCUUGUAAGCAAAGCCUUCUUCAUAUCCCCUUUCUAGAACGGUUGGCGCUAAUAAUACAUAGUACGUAGGGUUUCCAGAUUCACAAUGCUUUCUUUAACACACAUCCGUUCUAGAGGGUGAUGGGCAGUAUAUUUUGAAGAAGGGAUUGGUGGGACCAGUACAUGAAAAGCGCUGACCUGCAAAUUGUAGUAUUUUUAUGCUGCAGACACAGCUGCACUUAGAUUUAGCAACUUUGUCCCUGCAACCUAUUAAUGCUAUAUUUUAUGGAUUGGCACUUUUCAUGUCCUACCCAAUAGAUCGAAGACAUUAUGUGUCCAGGAAAACAUGACAAACAUGCAAACUCCCUCUACUACUUGAGUAGUAGUUUUUUUUAUUUUUUUAUUAUUAAUUAAGACUUUUUUUUGGUUUUCUUAUUGCAUUCCCUCUGUGUGUUUGGCCAUGCAGAGAACAGAAAAGUUGCUUGAAACUAUUGAUCAGCUCUAUCUGGAGUACGCCAAGAGAGCCGCUCCUUUCAACAACUGGAUGGAGGGAGCCAUGGAAGAUCUGCAGGACACAUUCAUUGUUCAUACUAUUGAGGAAAUUCAGGUAUUCUCACACAUUCCAUAAUAUACCGCUGUGGACACUACCGUGCUAGUGCUGUUACCUGCAUGUGAAAAUGUAACUUGGCCCCUACCAUAAAGAUUCAUUUCAAUACUCUAAAGUUUAGCUCUGUUUAGCAUGUCUUUUAAAGUCAUUCACGUGGAUCAAGAUGGAGGGUUAGAGAUACACUGGCAAAUCUGUUCAGCAAUCGGAAGAAUCUUGGCCCUUUUUGUCUUCUAACCUGUUCUUUAAAUGUUUAAUACUUUAAAUUGUGUGCUUUUGAAUUGUUCUGAAUCUCAACAGUUGACAUAUCUAAGCAGUACUAGUAUUUUCUAGUCUUGUUAUUCUUUUGUUUUUAUGUAAUCUACAUCCUUUUUAUAGAUAUUGCUUACAAAAUAUUUUGCUCAUUUCGCAUCCAGGUAUUUUAAAUGUAUUAGAGUCAUUAUUUUGUCUUUAACCCCGUAAGGACCAAACUUCUGGAAUAAAAGGGAAUCAUGACAUGUCACACAUGUCAUGUGUCCUUAAGGGGUUAAAUGAAUGUUCUUGCAAAGGCAAAGUAGAGUUACUGUCAAUAGUGUGUUGCAUAGUUCCUUUGUUUAGUGUACAGAUCCUGUUUGUCUAUAGCCACCUAUAAAUGUUUGUAAUAAAUUACGUUUCUGAUCAUUUUUUGUUUAUUUUUCUGCCUAGGGAUUGACAUCUGCACAUGAGCAGUUCAAGGCAACCUUACCGGAAGCCGACAAAGAGCGACAAGCAAUACUUGGGAUCCAUAAUGAGGUUUCAAAGAUCGCACAGACUUACCACGUUAAUAUGUCUGGAACGAACCCCUAUACUGCGAUCUCACCUCAAGAAAUCAACAACAAGUGGGAUCAUGUAAGGUUAUUUCUGUUAAUCUGAAAAAAAAAUUUGUCUAGUAUAAUUACUUAUUUUUUUCCCCUUUCCUAUCAUUUUUUAUAAAAUUAUGUCGAUCCAUGUAUAGGUGCAUCAACUUUGCUAGUCAUUGUUUACAAUUGAAUGAUUCGGGGAUGUGGGCGCUAUUUGGAAGUAAUGUGGUGUCUCUUGUGUUGCUCGCAGGUCAGACAGCUGGUGCCUCGCAGAGACCAGGCUCUCAUGGAGGAACAUGCCCGACAACAGCAGAAUGAACGCCUGCGCAAACAAUUUGCCGCACAAGCCAACGUCAUUGGACCGUGGAUUCAAACAAAGAUGCAGGUGCAGACAAAUAACUUUAAAUAUUCGUGGAAUCAAUGGAAAAUUUUAGACCAAAAUAGCUGAGCUGAAAAAAUUUGUAGAUUUGGAGAAUUUUUUUUUUGUAAUUUUUUUUUUUUUUUUCACUUCAGGUAUUUCGGUCUGAAAUCUUUUUAAAAACAAAUAUAUAAAAUCAUAGGUUAGAACCCUUUAGGUUAUAUAUAUAUAUAUAUAUAUAUUCUUAUUAUUUAUUUCACUUCAUUGGUCAUAUUCUUUGUUUAUAUUGAGCUAAAUCGGUUUUAAGAAAAGCUGGAUUGAGGACAGAGUAGCUAUUAUAUGGAUUAGGUUAUAAUAUAGUGUAUGUAACAUUUAUUUGUUUAAUUGUUCAAUGCACAGUAGGAUACAGAAAUAAAGAGGAGGGUUUGCACAUAAGAUGAGAAACAGGAGUCUUCAUUUGACCGGAUAGAGGUAUGUGUUGCAGCAGUAUUUAAAGGACCACUAUAGUGCCCUGAGGGUGCUUCCGUGGCGCUGAAGGGGGAAGAAAGGGUUAAUCCCUUACCUUUUUUCCAGCGCCGGGCUCCCUCGGCGCUGGGACUCUCCUCCCUGUUCUUCCGUCAUCAGGUGAAUGCGCAUGCGCGGCAAGAGCCGCACGCGCAUUCAGCCAGUCUCAUAGGAAAGCAUUAUCAGUGCUUUCCUAUGGACGCUGGCAUCUACUCACUGUGAAAAUCACAGUGAGAAGCGCGGAAGUGCCUUUAGCGGCUGUCAAUGAGACAGCCACUAGAGGCUGGAUUAACCCAUAGGUAAACAUAGCAGUUUCUCUGAAACAGCUAUGUUUACUGCAAAAAGGGUUAAACCUAGCUGGACCUGGUACCCAGACCACUUCAUUAAGAUGAAGUGGUCUGGGUGCCUAUAGUGGUCCUUUAAUUUAAACAUCGAAAUUUAUUCAAGAGGGUACUAAGUGCAUAGGGAAAUCGGCCAUAUGGUGGCUAUGGACAGAAUUGUAUCCGAAGCAGGGUGAUAGUGUCAGGCCGUCUUCUAGGUGUGCCCCUAACCGCAGUGGGGGGGUGUUUGUUUGAGUGGUGAUAUGUGUGAGGUAUCACCCCUUCGCAUUUGGGCAGUGCCCUAUCAUGUGGAAGCAGGAGCGUGUUGUUAAGGUGAGUGUACACCGUUCAUGUGUCAACCAAUUAAACUUAGGAUAGUUGUAAAAAGAUUAACGAAAACAAACAUGACAUAGCAUAAGCAUUCAAGCCGCAGGUGGGUGUUAAGUCCCUCUGUGUAGUCCGGUUUCAGGGUGUAGGAUCAGAUGAUCCUUUGAUGUACAGGGUGCAGCCAUUUCCGCGUCCCAUCUAUUCGAUUUGGUGUGUCAGUCUGGAGGGAUCUUUGGGCCGGAAUACCCAUAGCUUUAAAGAAGGUAGGUGCCUCUGCUAGUGAGGAGAUUUUAUGUACAGUCCCAUUGUGAGUGGCCACUAUGAACCUGGUGAUCCCCAGUGGUAUUCCACACCUGCUUUUCUCAGGUGACUGGUUACGAUAUUCAAGGAUCUUCUCCACUGUAGCUUGGACCUAGUGCGAUCCUGGUAGAAGGAGAGACUUGUCCCUUCAAAGGAUAGUGGCGCCAUGCCUUGGAGCGCUGACAUCAGGAGUCUUUUAUCCUGUGAUGUGGAACAUCUGACAUUCACAUCCUGAACCACAGUAGAGGUAGCUCUGCCUGAUGCUGGUAGUCGGUAGAUGCCAUCUAUGGUGAAUUUCUUGGCGUGAGUCGGGGGUAGUAUGGAGGCUACAAGUCGCCUCAUAUAGUGAGGGAGUUCGUCAGGUGUGAUUGUGUCAGGUACCCCUCUGAUCUUCCGGUGGUUGCGCUGUGACCUGACGUCCAGUGCUAUAUAAUGGAGUGAGAGAGCCUGUUGAUGGAUUUGCAUUGCUAGGAUUGAGUCUUGGAGGUCUGAAAGUCCCUGAUUAAUUUUAGCUAUGUCCUCUUCUGAGGCCUACACACUGUUGUCAACUGCAUGCAUGUCUGCUCUGACAACUGCCACGUCAGCAGCUAGGCGAGUCUUGAUCUCCUGAACCAAGUUGUGGAAGUCCUGCUGUGUGACCAGUGCAGACCCAUCUGGGCCCUCAGUUGUGCAAGGUACCUGCUCAGGUGGUGGGUCCGGUUGUACAGGUUCCGCAGGUGUCAUUGCAGUUCCGUGAUCUGCCAUUUUGGCUGGAUGGUGCCACUGCAAUAAUGCCCCUAUGUCUCUGGACCCUGAUGGUGGAUCCAGGGGGGACUUCUGGGACUGUCUGCCCAUCUGUGCCAAGGGUGUUGGGUUAACGUCUGGAUAAUGUUCAGGCUCCAAACUGUUUAGCAGGUCUGACCAUUUCAGGUUGCUUUUUUCGGUGAUUGGGCCAACAGCAGAAUCUUUUAUAUGGUCUGGAUAUUCAUGAGAACCAUGUGUGGAGAGACAGAGAAAUAUGCCAAUUACUUUGUAAAAUGGCAGUUCUAAGGCAUCCGGUGAAUCAUAUCUUUGCAAACUCUGAUAAGCUGUCAGUGAAUUAUAACAUGCCUCAUCAAUCCUAAACUAAAGGGACUUUUAGUAGCUGGUCGAAUCCAGUAAAAGGACAUGUUUUUUGAAAAGAGGAAAUGCAAGCAUGAAUUCCAAAUUACAAUUGUAGCCUAUUGUGUAGUGAAUACACUGACUCACCAAACCCAGAAUUCCUUGCGGCUGCAUGUAAAUCACUGCGGCCAUUCAUGAUUUAUCUAUUAGAACUCUAAUCCAUGUACAACUUCAAUAGAAUCAUUCUAAGCUAUAUUUCUAAAUAUGGGAUCUAAGCAGUUAUCAAAAACAAUCCAGGCCCUGUUCAUCUGCCGAAGCUUAAUUUAGGGAUUUCCCAAAAAGUAUGCAUUAGUACAUUUCUGUAUUUUUACAAUGUUGCUUAUUCGGUAUAUAUGUAUUUCAGAAGUUGCCAUCACAUGAGGAAAUGGUUAUUUUUUGUAAACAAUUGAGUGAUUUGUAGAAGUUUGUUCACUGAGCAAGUUUUUGAAUCGGAAAUUGAAAAUUCAAAAUGUUGUCUAAAACGGCCAUAUUGUGAAUGUGUACAGAUAUAGCAUUUGGGGUAACAGCUGUGUAUCUAAAAACCAAAUACACGAAUUGCAAGUAGCAUAACACUGUUUUCAAUGAUCACACAGUCUUCUAAUGAUUGCACUCGCCGAAUAUAAUAGAUUAUAUAAUAGAUUUAUAGCACCCACAAGUGCCUCGCCAAGAUGUAGAUGGGGGGGCGGUAUUCGCACCUUUAACCUGCUCUUUGUACAACCAAAGAUCUAUCGAUGGUUGAGAGGAUUUCUGGGGGGAUACAAGCCUAAAGGGUAGCUGCCACACACAGACAACUUAAACACACACAAAAAAAGUUAAAGAAACACUGUAGUGUUAGGAAUGCAAAACUGUUUUACAUUGCAGGGUUAAAGGGAUACGUUAGGCACCCAGACCACUUCAGCUCAUUGAAGGGGCCUGGGUGCAGUUUUCCAGGCCCCGUAACCCUGCAAUUGUAUUUAUUGCAGUUUCUGAGAAGCUGCAAAAAUUAUCUUGGAGGGUUAACUCCACCUCUGCAUGAGGACAUCCUUUGUCACCCAAAACCCAGUAUGAAAUCAUUAUAAAAUGCUUUCCAAUUGUGAUAGUCCUAAUGCAAUCACUUGCCACGCAUGGACAUUAGGUCCCCCUGCAGGCUGGAAUCAGGUAUGUGAUGAAGGGGUUUUUAUAGAUGGCUAUAGUGCUAGGAAAGAAACUGUUUUCUUAGCAGUAUUUUUUCCUUUUAAGAAAACAGGGGCACUGCCCCCAGACCACUCUAAUGAGAUGAAAUGAUCUGGGUGGCUAUAGUCUCCCUUUAAAGGACCACUAUAGUGCCAGGAAAAACACUAGUUUUCCUGGCACUAUAGUGCCUUGAGGGUGCCCCCACCCUCAGGGUCCCCCUCCCGCCCGGCUCUGGGGAGAGGAAAGGGGUUAAACUUACCUUUUUUCCAGUGCCGGGCGGGGAGCUCUCCACCUCCGAUCCUCCUCCUCUCCUCCCUUUCGGCUGAAUGCGCACGCGCGGCAAGAGCUGCGCGCGCACUCAGCCGGUCUCAUAGGAAAGCAUUUACAAUGCUUUCCUAUGGACGCUUGCGUGCUCUCACUGUGAUUUUCACAGUGAGAAUCACGCAAGCGCCUCUAGGGGCUGUCAAUGAGACAGCCACUAGAGGAUUUGGAGGCUGGAGGCUGGAUUAACCCUAUUAUAAACUGCUAUGUUUAUUAAAAAAAAGGGUUAAUCCUAGAGGGACCUGGCACCCAGACCACUUCAUUAAGCUGAAGUGGUCUGGGUGCCUAGAGUGGUCCGUUAAGUAUAUGUGUUGGCUUUUGUCUCUGUACUGUGAUGUAGCUCACUUGAAGAGUUUUUGCAAUUAAGUUUCAGUUCGCUGCAGUUUGUUGUUUAGUCCAUAAACCAUAUUACGUUGUUGCUUGGCAUUGUUUGUAAUUAUCUGUAACGCAUGUCGUUCCUAGGAGAUUGGCCGCAUUGCCAUUGAAAUGCAUGGGACUCUGGAGGACCAGAUAAAUCAUUUGCGACAGUAUGAGAAAAGCAUUGUUAACUACAAACCAAAGAUUGAUCAGUUGGAGAGUGACCACCAGCAAAUACAAGAAGCACUUAUAUUUGAUAACAAGCACACUAAUUAUACAAUGGAGGUAAGUCUCUGCUCGUCUCGUAAAACGGAUGACAAGAUAAAUAUUUGUUCUUCAUGCCCAAUACCCAACAUGCUAGGUAUCUGCUUGGGACAGAGAUUUAAGUGAUUUGGGAUUUAGGGAUUUUGGCUUGCUAAAGUGCCCGUGCAUGCAAUGCUGACAUGGAGGCACUCUGCCCACUAAGGAAAGCACUCUGCCCAGAGCAUUCAAGCCAUGAGCAGAGUGCAGAUGGCAAAAAAUGUCUAAAGCGCUCAGGUCAUGGGCAAAAUGCUCUAGGAGCACAUAUAGCUUUCUAGUACAAUUUCUUAAUGUCCCUUGAUGGGGGACACCAUGGAACAAACCCAGGACAGUGCGGCAGGAGCAGAAUUGGGGACUGGAUCUGGUAGUGUUGUAAAGCGUGUUCUUGUAGAAAGAGAAAUAUGAAAUGAGCUUUUGAUCCUCUGUUAGGGAUGAGUGACCUGAAUCCUUAUUUGUUGAGGCCAUGUCUUGGUUUUGUGUUGAUGUUCUCCUGUUAUUUAUCAAAUUUUGGUUAAUAAGAAUAUUUCUUCACAGUGGCGUUAUGCACUUCUAAACCCCUAGUUUCAUACAGGUUUCUUAGAUUACAGCUGUGACAAUUCUUCAUUUUUAGACAUCUUCCUAAUUCUUAUUUUUAUUAUAAUCAUUAGUAUUAUACCCUUUAUUGGAGGAGGGGCAUCAAGUCCAAACAUCUAACAGAAACUUGUAGCAUAUGUUCUUUAAUUUCAGCACAUCCGCGUGGGCUGGGAACAGCUUCUGACCACCAUUGCUAGAACUAUCAAUGAGGUGGAAAAUCAGAUCCUUACAAGGGAUGCAAAAGGCAUCAGCCAGGAACAAAUGAAUGAAUUCAGGAACUCAUUCAAUCAUUUUGAUCGGGUAAGUUUGACUCUGUCCAUAAAACCCAUUGUUGUGUCAGUAACUCCUAACAUAGUGCACGAGGGACGUUUGGUUAUUGCAUGCUUGCCAACAAUUCUGUACAUCCAGACCGCUCGUAGUCAAUUGCUGUGCCCACAAUCCGUUAAACCAGGUGUGGCCAACAGGCCCUCUAUUCUAAAACUACAAGUCCCAAGAUUCCUGUCGACCUUAAAGGGUCACUAUAGCCACCAUACAACUUUAGCUUAAUGAAACCAUUUUGGUGUAAUGGUCAUGCCCCUACAGUCUCGCUUUCAUUAAAACCGAAUUUGAAAGUGGUGUUAUGUCCUUGUAAUUCUUUAUUAAAAGCUUAUGUUUUGGGAAGGGGGUGGAUUUAUAUUUAUUUAUUAAAUGUUGGCAAGUAUCUAAUGCUUGCCAUUAACUAGUAAGUGCAGUAGUGUGCAUGUGUCCAUAGAUAUGACAUUGUUAUACAUGUGACCUUCAUGUCAAUGUUGAUGUGCAUGUAUGUAAAUGUUAAAUGGCGUGAUUCUGUGCAUUGCGGUUUCUGCUGCUCAUGGUAAGUGUGCAUGUGUUUACAUACUAACCAGUAUUAAAUCCCUCAGCUGCUUGAAAUGCUAUAUUAUAAGAAUAAAGUUCUUCCCUGGCUCAGGUUGUAGUCCUCACUGUUAUCCCUAGUGGACUCAAUCAUUCCCCACACUCAGACUCUGUUACUAGUCGCUGUGAAAACUCUAUUACAUUACAGCGUCAUAGGUUUUGGUAAACUACAAUUCCCUAAUGCUGGUCAAGCAUCUUUUAAUUUAUAUAGAGUAUAUAAGAGGUGGUCCCUUUUAGAAUGUACACAUUCGAACAAUGGGUCCUCACCCUGUUUUGAAUUGCUGGAGCUAUCCAGUCUGCCAGUCUGGACACAAAUGGUGAUUUUAAUGCGAACAUCGGGUGGCAAACAGAUUAAUAUGCAGAGUGCAUGUUAUAGAGUGAAUUAUCAUGGUGACCAUUCUGCUGCCCCUUUAAAUCUAUUGUAGCAGGGAAGGUUGAAUGCAUGCAUCUAGACAUGGGCAAGGUUUAGAUUAGUAAAAAUUUGUCUAUUUUUGUUGUUGCACCCCUGAUUAUGGUAUUUUCUAACCUCACUGUUUCAUACUGAAUACAAGGUAACUAUGCUUGUAUGCCGCAUGAUAAUAUGCAGAUAAUAUGCUGUAUGCAGCAAAGAAUUCUGGGUACUCACAAAAAAUAAUGGCUAACUGCAUAACUAAUCCUCAAACAUUCUCUGAAAGUGAAUGUAAUAUACUGAGAGGCCCUUCCUUUGUUCAAAGUAAUACCAUCACUUUUCUAGAAGUUACACCAUUGAAAACAAAACUUUGAAAAUCAUUAUCAGUUUUCUGUUACUUGUCAGUUUCUACAUUUUUAACUUACAUUACAAUCCAGUUCAGUCAAGGCACGGUCAGGGCACAGAUUACAUUGGAGGAGGAGAAGCGGAGACAUUGUUUCUGUUCCUUUUCCUCUCUCUGUGUUUAGUGAUGGAGAGGUGCUAAGGGCAGAGCUUGUAACAAUGAAUUAGAGGGAGCCAAAAUUGUAACUCUGAUUUCCAAGAUAGAGGUAAAUACAGAGGUGUCAAUUUUCUACAUUUAAUAUAAUUUUUGUAUUUCACGAACGUAUUUGUUAACUAUAGAGGGCAAGUAUGAUCAUAUUAAAAAUGAAGUGAUGGUUCCCCUUUUAAGUUUCAUACAUUGGUCCUCGUACCUGUUAAAGUGAGAGCAUAUUACCAGGGUAACAAUGCAUUGUUUGCCCUCUUUUCCUGCAUUUAACCUGGCGUUGAUAAAUAUUCUUUCCCCCAGUGUGGUCUUACCCAGAAUUCCUUGUAAGACUAUUAACAUAUACCUAAGCAGUCAGGUUGCUAAAGCCCAUACUGUAAUUUGUUUUACGCAUCCAGACCACAAUAUAAAUUUUAACUGUGUUUUGUUCUGUUUUCUUGUUCGUCUGUCAUCUGCAUGUCUUUUCCUGCUGCUCCCACUGCAUGGUACACAAAUCACAAUCAAUCAUGCCACCAUGCCUUACCCCCUCCAUAUUGCUUUCACCCUUCUCACCCAUCUUUGGCAUGGCAUGCCCUGGACACAUCACUUAAUGUAUCAAGGAGCACUCCGGCACGCUUGGCCCUGAGGAGUUUAAAGCCUGUCUCAUCAGCCUUGGUUACGAUAUUGGAAACGACCCACAGGUACUGAAAAAAAUAUUGUAUGCUUGUUUUUAUAUAACACCAGGGACAGAACAAUACUGUGUUUUCCUCCAGGAACUGAAGAUUAAUCUUGGUUAAUUUGCCUACUUAAAAGAAAUAAUGUUUCUCUCGUUUCUUUCGUUCCUUGUUUCCUCUUACCUUCCAAAUGUUGUCCUUUCUAUCCUUUGACCCAAUGGCUUCCAUUGCUACCAUUGUAAUCCUAUUCCAAUAAAUCCCCCUUUGGUUUCCCCAUCACAAUGUGUUAUACCAUUGACUUGUAUCCUUGUCAACUGGUGCCAUUUAUGUGAUAUUAACACUCCCAUUUGUUUCCAUUCUAUAUUCAUUCACUCUAUGGUUUUCACUUGCCAUUGGGUCUAAAAUAUUGCCUGUUUUCUGCCUGUCUUGUUUUCUGAACUUCCUUGCACUUUCUGUACUCUCCUUCCUUUUUUCUUUGCUAUUGAACAGAAGAAGACUGGUAUGAUGGAUAGCGAUGAUUUCCGAGCCUGUCUUAUCUCCAUGGGUUACAAUAUGGUAAAGUAAAGCUGUUUUUAGUCCAGAUUUGUGUGAGUUCAAUAUGAUGCCUAGCACACACCCAAUAUAUAUUGGAAUUAUUAUAUUAUCCUGUAUAAUUAGCAGUACUAAAUCCUGUGCUCAAUUAACAAGAUUAAUAAAAACAAACCUAUAUAUGCACAGCAUUUCAAUUAUCUAUAACCUUUUGCGUUUAUCAAUGUCUGUUUUGUCCAGCCUGGGUGGCAUUGAUUAGCUGAUUGUGCUGGACGAACUUACAAAGCUCUCUGUCUAUCAUUGCUGUGUAUAUGUAUGUGUGUGUAUAUACAAGGGCUUACAAUUUGAAGUCCUUUGCCACUAGCUAGACCUUAAAAGUUACUAGCCACUGCAAGCCAAAGUAUGCUCAACAGGAGUGAAUUUCUACUUGCCACUGCUACAUUUUCACUCAUGGUGAGUAGAAAUUUUGAGCCCUGAUAUAUUGGAUUUUAUUGUAUUAUAUUAAACCUGUAUCAUACCAUGAGUCCUCAAAGAAAUUGGGAUUUAGAAAUGUAUAAUAUCAUAAUAAAAGUGUUUAACCAGGAAAGGUACAUUCAGCUAAUUCUGGUUUCCAAGUACGUCCUGGGGAUGCUACUUUUGCCCAACAUUCAGGGGAUGUUACGAUUACCUAAUUUAAUGGUACUCCUCUUCUUUGGUAUACAUUUGCAGAAGCAACUGUAUAUUUUAGAAAAUCAUAUUUUGUAUUUUCUUUUUUUUUUGUAAUGUGUUUAUUGAGGGUUUUUUCAAAGUAAAAUAUUGACAGCAUGUGUCCCAAUGAAGAAGGUCAUCAACAGAUUUUAACAGAACAAUAUUCAUGCCCAAGAACUCAAGAAUUAUAGUGUCAUCGUUUUUUUUAAGAAGAAAAGUGAAACCUAAAAUGAAGUGUGGAGGUUCAUGGGAGGGUAGGGAUGGGAAGGAAGGGGUCUCCCUGUGAGGAAAGCAGGUAGUAGACUCCCCCUUCCCUCCCCACCCCCCUGCCCUCUCACCCUUGAAUCACGCCACUAGCAGGGGUAGAGGCAUGUCCAAAGUUCUCCAUCCACAGGUUCCAAACUUUAAGAAUGUGAUCUGUAGUCUCGUUAAUGGCUGGGUUUUUUGCUCGGGGUAAGGAGAGGUUUCUUUAUUCCCUUUUGAGAAGGGCACCAGAGGUUCCAGGGGUAAGGCUAUUUAAAAGCAUUGCGACCGUUUUCCAAAUAUGGCUGCCCAGAGUGUGCAGUUUUAUGGGAGUGUGUUGCUUGUGUGUGUCUGAUUGCACACUCUUGUGCAUGUGUCUGGGAGCAGGGAUCUGUGACUCCUAUAGGAGUAAAUGACUGGCCCCCUCGGUAAGUUGACUUUGAGACCCUGCUCUAGAUAAAUCAAUGGCUGGAUUUUGGUUGUACUGUGAACUUUCCAGCAGUAAAAUAUCUCAACCCAAAUCCGGUCUUUCAUACAGAGAUUAAUGCAAACUUCUUAAAAUAGGUUUUCUUUUAGUUUGGUUAUUGGUGGUGGUAAACAUGUGGACUAUGGUCUCUUGUUGCUAAGGAAAACAAGCUGUGUAAGAAUGCUUAGUCACAAUGGAAAGUAAAAUAUUUAAUAGUUUCAAUAACGUUGGAAUAUACCAGGGAUGGCCAACUGGUGUCAAGUGAAAUAUACGAUGCUCUGCCGCUAACAAAGCCUGGCAAAGGAUCAUGGGUAAUUUCACAGAAACCUGUCAGGGUUAGGGUAAACUCAUUCACAACUGUUGGCUCCUUAGAUACCAAUGGUGAACCAUGCGUUCAUCCCAGUUUGGUCCCUAUAAACCAUCUGCCAGCAUGGAAUUUCCUACUAAUAUAGCAGACGGAGCGCAACUGUUUGAACACCCAGGCCCUCAUUGGUGUUUAAGGGGUUAAAAUCAUGGAGUUCAAAGAAAGAAUGCUACUAGAAGCAUAAUUUUAUUAUCCCAUUUUUUUAAUGUUUUUUGGGGUUUUUUGCCAUUUUUUUAAUUUAUUUUUUUCCAACAAAUAAUUUUUAUUUUUUUUAGAAUUCAAUAUUUUAUUGAGGUUUUUCUAAGUGUAUAUUGCAAAUGAUGCAAAUUAAUAUACAGUUUAAAAGCACGAUUAUGUUUUACUGGAGUGCUGUGAAAGAUGGGUUUAGCUGCAAUUUGUAAUUUGAAUUAAGUGCGUGUAGUUCUACAAUUAAUAACAGAGAUCUAAAUGUCCUCCUCCCAGGGUGAAGCGGAAUUUACUCGUAUUAUGAGCAUCGUUGAUCCUAACAGACUUGGAGUGGUAACAUUUCAAGCAUUUAUUGACUUUAUGUCUCGUGAGACUGCAGACACGGACACGGCAGACCAGGUUAUGGCUUCUUUCAAGGUUCUGGCUGGUGAUAAGGUUUGUAUGAAGUUAUUUACUGUUUGAAGAACCUGCAGCACAAAGAUGUUUUUAACUUUUUCAUGUGCUUUCUAAAUUAUUAACUAUAUUAAGUAGAACUUUACGAUGCAUUUAAAUCAUUAAGAACACUACACAAUUGAGAAGGUCAUUGCACAUUGAUUGGUACUCAAAUCAUUAAUCUUCUUCAAUACAAACAUGUUAUUAAAAGAAAUCUUAAACAAUUUUUAAUUUCCCAAUUAUCAUCAUCCCUGUUAUGUGGAUAUUGUUCUCAUUCUAGAGUGGUUUACUUAAGGUGAGCAAUAUGUUGUCCCAACUCUAGAACAAACGGAGAGUGAUAGCCACAGUCAUUUAAGAAUUUACCAACUUGCCAGUCCUGUUCAAGACAUAUUUGACCACUCAACACAAAAAACUAUUCUAGUGUUUGUGUUUUCUAUUUGACUUACCGCCACAUGCAGGAAAAAGCAAGAAGUGUCUGUAGAUAGAGAGAACAUAUAACACCAAUAGACUCUUCUUGUUCACGGACUGCUGAGUGUAGGAAAGAGCAGCAAGUGAUGGUCUGGAAGCGGAAGAUCGGAACUGUCAUUGUGCACAAUACCACCCAUGGUAUGGCAGGGCCGUUUUUGAGCACAUUACCCUUAGUUCUAGCUGACAACUUAAAGGUCGUGGGCAGAAGCAACCAUGGAAAUAAUACCCACGCAAGCGUCUUUUAUGCUGCCAAUAUUGUUAUUAUUAUUAUCGUCAUUUAUAUAGCGCCAACAGAUUCCGUAGCAGUUUACAAUAUUAUGAGAGGGGGAAUUUAACUGUAAGUAGGACAAUUACAAGAAAACUUACAGGAGCAAUAGGUUGAAGAUGACCCUGCUCGAGCUUACUCUAUAGGAGGUGGGGUAAACGCAAUAGGACAGGAAAUGGAAAUCAAAUAAGGUGGGAAUGAAGCAGAGCUGGAGAAGAGAGUAGAAUACGGUUUUUCAUGCCACACUGCAAAUUGCUCGCUCCACAGGAGAGUCGAGGAACCAGUAGCCAUGGGAAAGGGACCUUGGAAGUUUAAAAAGUUUAGGAAUUUUUGAGUCUUCCAACAGAUUACCACCUUUAUGUCCACCUGGAAAAGCUGAUUCUAAUGUUAAAGGAACACUAUUGUGUUAGGAAUAGAAAGCUGUAUGCAAAUAAAGGGUUAAUAAAAUUCUUUACACACAUACUCUGUGAGGAUGUCCCUCAGUGUUGGGUCGUGCUCCUCCUCUGCAAGCAUCUGCUGAUGAAGGGGGAUCUGAUGCACAUGCGCAGCGAGCAACCACAUGUGCAUUAGGCCUUCUCCAAACGAAAGCAUUGCCUCAGUGCUUUCCUGUGGGGAUUUCUAACAAAUAACUCUCUUACAAAUCGACUGUAUUUGUUUUCUCUGUUUCCCUGCUGUGUUUUUACUUUUUAUCCUGUAAUAGCUUUUUAUAAAUAAACCCCCAUUACGUCACGGAGAACAGGAUAAUAAACAAUUUAAUUUAUCUUUUUUACCAUAAUAUGGUAUUUCAUUCGUUGUAAUGGGAAUACCGUACAAUUAUUACUUGCGAUUUCAUGUUACUAGGUAUUCGAAUAAGUAAUGCAUUUAAAGGGGCCUUACAAAUACUCUUGUAUGUUUUGUGCAAAUAUUAGGUCACAGUUGGUUAUUCCGGGUGUAUUUUUAUUAACCCGAGGUGGUGUCCCCUGUUAGUAACGUCAUCACUUGUAGCUGUAUUAUCCAGAUGGAUUUUGAGAAAUUUAGUUCAGCUGCUAGCUCUCAAUACCAGAGAAAAAAACUAAUGCAAGCAUUAUGAUUGGUUCAGUCGCCACCUGUUUUUAUUUUUUUUAUUUUUUUUUUUAAAUGCAUUAGCUAUGAGAUAUCUACAAAGAAUUGAUUUUAUUAUUGUGUUACUGCCCAUUGGACAAUGGGGCUGCAAGAAGAGUUUUUUGUUUUUAAAUAUUGUUUUCCGUGUUCAUAUAUAUAAUAAAACCUGAAUUUUGACGGGAAAAAAACCAUGUCAAUCCAUCCCGACACAAAAAAGUAUAUAUUAAAGAGAUUAGUUUAAUACAGUAUAUAUGUCUAUGUAUGUUCCCUUUAACACUGUAUAUUUAAUUUCUUUUUUUUUUUUUUUUUUAGAAUUACAUAACUGCAGAUGAACUGCGUCGGGAGCUCCCACCUGAUCAAGCUGAAUAUUGCAUUGCCAGGAUGGCACCAUACAUUGGACAUGAUGCUGUGCCAGGAGCGCUAGACUACAUGUCUUUCUCUACAGCAUUGUAUGGAGAAAGUGACCUUUAACCCUUCAUAAGUCCCCUCCAUGUCACUGCAGUGCUCAUUGUGCAUCUUUCGCUGUAUGCAAAAUGGUUUCAGCUUUUCACACUUUGUGUCUUUCUUAGUUCACCAAUUGAUCACUUCUUGUGUUUUGGUUUAUUACCUUACACCCCCCACCUUUACCCCAGUGCCGAAAACCAUUUCCUCUUGAGCGCUGGUAGGGUAAAUACCUGUUCAGAGUCUGUCCUAAAAAAAAACCCAACAGUUUACAAAUACAUUUUUACUAAAGACGUUUAAAAUGCAUAUUUUAUUAUGGAAUAAAAUGUUAUGGAAUGUAUUUUUUUGCCAAAACAUACAUUUAAUAAAUCUUCCGUUGUGUCAGAUAUGAGAAAUGUAAUGUUCCAUCUCUCUAUUUUUAUUUUGCUUUUUGGUACCAUGUUUUCAAAAGACAAGAACUCUCUUUCGUAUAACUUGCUUGCCCUGCUUUUUUCCCCUAUUCUCCAGAAAAGCCGUUACGUUCUUAUAGAAGUCCUAUUUACCUAUUGAGUUACAAGUGUGCUCCUUUGGCACACUUUAAGAUCCAGAAAGAGAUCCGUUUAAAAAAAAAAACAAAAAAAAAAGUUUUGUUUUUCAAUAAAAUAAAAACCACGUAAUUGCAGACUCCCCCCACCCAGUAUUUAAUUUAAAAUAAAGCAUUGCUUUGUCCUGCCCAUCAACUUAUUUUUAAUUUUGCUGAAAUGAUUGGGAAAUACAAUGCUUAAAUAAUAUGCUCUCAAUAUUGCUUGUCACAGACCUUUAUUAAAAUACUUUUAAAUUUUAACCAUUUGUUAUUGGUUACUCUUUAAUUUUUAUCUGUAAAAUAUCAGUUCAUUAAAACCUCACAGAAAGAAACCCAACAAUUUAAAGGGAUACUAAGAAUAUCAAAAAAUGUUUUCCAAUAAAAAAAUAAAUAUGCAUAUGUUUUUUUGAUUUUCUUUCAGCUCAUCAAUUUUAACAAAAUAUAUACAACAUGUGUUGUUCCUUACUUGCAGGCAUCUUAUGGGAUAUUUCCCAUAGUAUUACAGUUUCGGGUUGCACGGGUGUCAAUGUUGAGCCUACUGUUUCAAGUGGACAGAUAGUACCCUUGUAAAUGUGUGUUUUGCAUUGUGAAUUAGCAGUUCUAAAAAAAAUCUUUAUGUAAAUCCAUACGUGCACACCAGGAAUUUUUUUUUAAAUAAGAGAUUGGGUCACAGGACAGUUUGUCCACAAUAAAUCUUAG